AUGUACGCCAACCUGAUCACGGGGGAGUGCGUCUGGGACCCCCCCGCCGGCGUGCGCAUCAAGCGCACCAACGAGAACCAGUGGUGGGAGCUGUUUGACCCCAACACCUCGCGCUUCUACUACUACAAUGCCUCCACCCAGCGGACCGUGUGGCACCGGCCCCAGAACUGCGACAUCAUCCCCCUGGCCAAGCUCCAGACCCUGAAGCAGAACACCGAGUCCCCGCGGGCCUCCACCGAGAACAGCCCUGGGCGCAGCAGCAAUGUCAGCCGCGAGGGCAGCACCAGCUCCUCCCAGGAGCAGGAGCUGGAGGGCGGCGGGGAGAAGGCGCAGGAGCAGGGCCGGACGCACCGACAGCCCUCCCAGUUCGCCACCGUCAAAGAAGAAACGGAAAGGUAACCUUGCGCGGCUGGGCUUUGGGAACCUGCGGUGGAAGCCACAGGUCUCUGGUUUUCGGGGCUUGGCAGCGCGGCCUAGUGGAUGGAGCUGUCCGAACAGAGGCCGGCUGUGCUCCGAGCUCUGCCCAAGGACCCUGUGGAGCAGGGAGGAAUAUGAGAUUUGGCUGGUGGGAAGGGCGCAAUUAGGUGUUUUUAAUUUUCUUGUUUUUGCGCACUCCUCCAUUGUUUGCAAUCCGAAGCUCGCUUCAUCCCCAAAAAGUUUUUUAUUUGAGUUUCUAGUGAAAUAAGGCUGCAUUUUAAUGUGGUACUUUAAUCUUGUUUUUAAGUUGUAUUUUAAUCAAUUGUUUUUAUACCUGGUGUUAGCUGCCCUGAGCAUGGUCUUGGCUGGGGAGGGCGGGGUAUAAAUAAUAAUAAUAAUAAUAACUUUAAUCUUGUUUUUAAGUUGUAUUUUAAUCAAUUGUUUUUAUACCUGGUGUUAGCUGCCCUGAGCAUGGUCUUGGCUGGGGAGGGCGGGGUAUAAAUAAUAAUAAUAAUAAUAAUAAUAAUAAUAAUAAUAAUAAUAGUUGUUGUUGUUGUUGUAUCCGCUCUGCAGUUUGCUUGGGGUGGGGUUGGGGGUCACUGCGAUUGCCCUGCCAGUCUCAGGAUGGCACAGAUGGGGAAUUUGUAACCCAGCAGAAGUUUUGGGACUGCAACUCCCACCAGCCCGUCAGCGGUUGGGGUGAUGGCAGUUGUGGUCCAGCAAAUGUCUGGAUGGUCCCUAAGAGAGAGACUUCUAGCCACAAUGAACCAACAGGGUCUGACUCUGCAUCCAUAGGCUUCAGCCUGCCUUGCCUGUCUCUCCUGCUCCCUCUCUUUGUAUCUUCCUUCCCUUCUGAGCCUCCCCCAAACCUUUCCUAGUCUUUCCUACUACUCCCCCUCCAUCCUGUCCUUCCUGGAAUCUCCAUCCUGCGAGGAUUUUCACCUGCAUCUCUCUAGUGGGAUAGUACUGAAUCAGUGGCAAGUGCCCUUCUGACUUGCACUCUUUUAAAGACUCGAGGAACGAGGUUAUCACUCCUCUUUUAUUGUCCAUCCUGGGUCACCCAGCCACUGCCACAGUGUCCUUUCUCUUGGCAGAUCAAGAUGAGCAGGUGACAGCAAAGGUGGCAAGGAUUUCAGCAGGAGGGGAAUCAGAAUAAGAUCCACUAUGCAACUGUUGAUUCAAAACCCUAAAAUCUAUUUUAUAUAAUUGACUUUUUAUUUCUAUUAUUUGUAUAUUGUAUUGCGGUUUUGUUGCUAUAGGCGGUGGCUGGCGCAAAUAAAGAUUCAUUCAUUCAUUCUCUAGUGGGAUCCAAGAUGCCAGGGUCCCCUGUUUUGCAAAAGCGGGCCUUGUCUCUGAGGCAGUGCAAAGCUAACUGAAAUGCGGGCAGGAGACUUUAAUCUGCUGCGCAGAUGGCCCUGCUCCCUCCUCGCACCGCCUCCCCUUUUUGCAGGCUGCAGCAGUUUCCUGAAAUACACAAGGAAGAGGUGAUGGUUGUUUUCCCGUUCUCAGUUGAUGCCGGCUGGUGCAUCACAGCUCUGCCUGCUUAUGGUACCUGCCUUGUUUGCAGAUGGCUUGUGAACCAAUAAUCCUGCCCAGGCAAGGAGAGCUUCCUCAGAGCAGGCUGUGGUGAGACACAAAAGCUGGAGUGGCUUUCUGGAGGCAACUGAGAAAGAAUGGCCAGCAAAACCCCUGGUGGCUGCAGCCUCAGAGCCGCAGCGAUCUGGAUAUGGAAGGAGGAAUUCUUUCUCGCUAAUUUGAGCCGGAGUACGGCAUCUGAGCUGUGCAAUCCGCUUGAGACGGCGCACAGUGAUCAUUAAUAUAAUUAAUAAUAGCAAUUAGCCGAUCAGUGUCAGUAGUAAUUAAAGAUCAGCUGGGAGGAGGCAACAGGUGGCUUUCCACGGGGGUCUUCCCCUGUGCCCGGCGGGGUUGCCGCGAUUGCUUAAUUACAUCUGAAGGAGUGCGCAUUGCGCCCCCGGCAGGAGCAAAGUUGAUCUUGCGGGGCAGGGGGAAAGGGGUUCACUCGGGCGCAAGCGCAGCGUUGGCAGAGAAUCUGGUCUAACUGUGUGCCAAAUGGUUGGGAUGUGUAGGAACAGAGGACGCCAGCCUGGGGGCAGCUGCAAGGUGCUGCUGGUCAGGCCAACCCGCAAAAAACCGGGAGGCAGCAAAGGCAGCGGUGUUUGCAGGGGUGCAGCCCCGCUGUAAAAUCCCCACUGUGUCAUAGUUCCUGCUGAGUUGCCUAUGAAACGGCCUCCGUUCCUCUUUCUAAGGCGCAUCUUGGGAUUUGACUGAGACAAGUCUCCCUUGGUGCAUCCCACUUCAUGCGAUGGCUGGUGCUUGAUUCAUUUCGUAAAAUUUCUAUGCCACUUGGUUGUAGAAAAAACCUCAAAGCAGUUUACAGAAAAACAAAAAACAAUAACAAUAAGAAAAAUAACAAUGAUUUGACAAAGGGUUGAAAUAGCAAUGGACUAGAAACAGAUUGAAACUCAACCCAAAACCUGGGUAGGCUUGCCUGAACAAAAAUGCUUUUAUCAGGGGCUGAGAAGAAUGCAGUGAAGGAACCUGCUUGGUCUCCAUAGGUAGGGAGUUCCAAAGUGCAGGGGCUGCCACGCUAAAAGAUGAAUCUCUUAUAAACAUGGAGCGGAUAUUAUGAGGCAGCUGUAACGCUGCCAGUUCCCCUAAUCGAAGCAGUCAAGUGAGCUUCUGUGGGGUCAGACCGCCUCCUAAAUAGUUUUCUUUUGGGGCUUUUCCUCCCGUCUUCUUGUUUGUGGUGCAUUCACCCUGAUUUGUUUCCAGCAAACUUAAGGCGGAGGUUAGACUAUGCCUGGUCUUCAUUGCGCAUUUGUUCCAUUUUGCUUGCUGGGUGGUUACACGACCAUGAUUUGCUUGCGGUGUGUUCACAGGUCUUUCCAGUGACCCACUCUUUCACCGCACACUUGGCAAUCCAUGUCCCCAUCUCCUUCCUCACUGCGAAAACACAUUCCCCCCAAGCAAGUGGAUGUGUCGGGGCGACAGAGCAUUUUAAUUAUGCAAAUGUAUAUUUUUGAUAGGGAUGCGGGUGGCGCUGUGGGUUAAACCACGGAGCCUAGGACUUGCCAAUCAGAAGGUCAGCGGUUCGAAACCCCGCGACGGGGUGAGCUCCCGUUGCUCGGUCCCUGCUCCUGCCAACCUAGUAGUUCAAAAGCACGUCAAAGUGCAAGUAGAUAAAUAGGUACAGCUCCGGCGGGAAGGUAAACGGCGUUUCCGUGUGCUGCUCUGGUUCGCCAGAAGCGGCUUAGUCAUGCUGGCCACGUGACCAGGAAGCUGUACGCCAGAUCCCUCGGCCAAUAAUGCGAGAUGAGCACCACAACCCCAUAGUCAGUCAUGACUGGUCCUAAUGGUCAGGGGUUCCUUUACCUUUACCUUUAUAUUUCUGAUAGGCUCUUGAAUCACUUCCACAAAUCGUGAUGGUUCGGAGGCACCCAAAGUGAAGGACAAGGUGCUCUUGGUGGAGGAAAUGCCCUUGGCUUCUGGCCGCCCUGUGGAGCCCAGGGGGGGAUAAGCCAAAGGAUGCAACAGCUGCAAAUUGAAAAUUGAUUUUUGAUAGCCAUGAUAGCGUCUUCAUGUGCGGAUCAGCUGCCGAAGCCUUUUCUUGAUGCCUCCCCUUCCGGUUCCAGGAGGUGUGUUUGCAGUGCAGGUCUGCCUUUUAAUUUGGCUGUCGGAUUAUUACGUUUAUGAGAGUGUUUAGCACAGCCUGCAGCUGCACCUACUCAACGCGGAGGAAAAUAAGCAUUAUAAUUUCAUCACGUAUCAUUUGUCUGCCUAAGCUUUUGUUUCUGAGUGCCAGAGAACGUUCUCCUCAGUUUCUGGAACGCCAGACGGUGUAAUUUGUUUUUUUUCUAACUUGGAAAUUCUAAGAAGUAUAGCCUUUGGUGUUCAGAGGACUGAAAAACUCCAAAAUAAACCACCCCAGCUCCUGUCACACUCAAUGAAUCCAAAGCCCCACUUUUGGUACAAGAUUCCAGCCUCUUCCAUUUCUGCGCCAGGCGGCCGUGGCUCUUGGCUCAGCAACUUUCAGCGGAGAUCUCUCUCUCCUAAUUGCUCCUUGGCCAAGUUCAGAACUAAGGUCAGCGUCUCUCGGCCACAUGGCUGGAAGCAAAUUAAACCCGGGGGAAAUUACAAGGGGAAAAAAGAAGGAACACGCAAAAGGUUCCUCGCUCUCCCCCUUUCUCAGUCUCUGUUUACAGCUGGGGUUGAUGGGAGAUGGAGUCCAGAACAGCCGUAGGAAGCACCAAGUUGGGAGGAAAGGCUCAUUAUUUCCUGAUGCCCCUUUCAGCUCGCGUUUGCAGUUAUACUUUAAUUUGUCCCUCCUCGCCACAGCAGCCUCGCAGAUAGAUGAGGCUGGGGCACAGUCGACAUGUUUUGGGAGCGGGGGAUACAUGAAACUGAACAUCUCAUAAUCAACGUCAGCUCUUGCUUGCUGCGCUGAUUUUGGUGAGAGCCUCAUUUCAGUCCUCUCCCUCUUUUCCUUUCUCGUUUUGGUUUCCUCCAACUUCUUUAUGGUCGAGAAGAGCACGGAAAUGCCCUUGGUGUGGUUCUGUGGAACUCCCUGCCGCAGGAGGCAGGGGUGGCCCCAAUCUAGUGUUGGAAUGCGUCCCGGGAGACGGGGGCAUUUGGCAGGCCCCCGGCUGGCAGCCGGGCAAACUCUGGUUCUUGGAACAGCAUCAAAACUGUGGCACACAGCCUCAGAAGCCUUCAGAAACUUGAGCAUGCUCUAAUCAGCAGAGUGAAUAACUCUUCACAACGGAAGAGGCAGACAGAGGCAGAUGUAAGCAGAUGUAAGUUACAGGCAUUUAUUCCGCAUCAGGAACAAAGGAAAAACAUGUCUGCUUCCCUUCGUGUCUAAGCAAAACAGCAGUAUAGCAAAAGCAAUAUACGACGGAAGUUCCCAGCAGACUGUGCUGGAAGUAAACAGACAUGUAACAUACAACAAUCCACACAUCUGUUCUAAAGGUGGAAUGGAACUAUAUCCUAACACUUAGAUGGCUUUAAAAGAGGACGAGAGGGCUGUGAGGGUGACUAGCCAAGACGACUACUCUCUGCCUCCACAGUUGGAGGCAACAAUCUGUGAAUCCCAGUUGCUGGAAACCUCAGGAGGGGAGAGUUGCUCUUGUGUUCGAAUCCUGCUUGCUAGUUUCCCAUUGGGGCAUCUGUUUCAGUGACUGUGAGAACAGGAUUCUGGCCUACAUGGGCCAAUGGCCUGAUCCAGUAGGGAAGGCUGAGCCGGGAGACGAAUCCCAGGAGGCUUCUCUAAUCAUCACUUGAUGUAGAGCAAAAUAAAGAGGAGAUGAUGAAAAGGAGAGUGGUCAAUUAUUCAGAUGCAAAAAUAAAAGGAUUAAGGCUGCACUGAAGGAUCUGUGGCAUGUGAGAGGCCACUGUCUCGCUGAGCAGUGAACCAGGGAGUCUCAGGUUCAGAUUCUGCCGUGCCAAGAAGUUUGCAAACCUCUGUGUUUAGUGCACCCUCUGCCGUGGUCCGCUGGGUCAGGUCAAUGGCCCAUCUAGUCCAGCCUCGUGUUCUCACAGUGGCCAAACAGAUGCCUCUGUUUGGAAACCCGGAAGCAGGAUUCAAACACAAGACCCGUGGUUUCUAGCAACUGGCAUUCAGAAACAUUUCUGCCUCUGUUGUAGCUAGUGGCCAUCGACAGCCCUCUCCUCCUCCAUGGAUUUGACCAAUCCCUUUUUAAAUCCACCUGGGCUUGGCCAUCACUGCCUCCUGCAGCGGUGAGUUCCACAGUUUACGCGCUGUGUGAAGAAGUAAAUUCUUGGCAGUUGCUUCUUUCCCCCCACCUGCUCCUAGGCGUUGCCUGGUUUAUAAAAAGAGGUACUGUAGCGGGGGGACCGCCAUGCUUAGCCGUAAAUUAUUGAAAAUUCAUUCCUGCUGGGAGCUUGAGCGUGCCUAUGGUGCUGGUGGGCAAACUGUAUUUAUUUGGUGAAGGGGAAAAGAUGCCCAGUUUAUGUCCAGAGACACUCUGUUAACUUAGCAAAGACUGUGUGCAGAGUUUGGGGCUGAGCCCUGACAUAAAUGUGCCGAUUUAUGACAUGGAUGCCUCCAGAGGGUUUGCUCUGCGAGCUGUUUUUGCUGUGCUCCUGAUCCCUGCUUGAGAUGCAAGUCAGAAGAUGCAUGGAUGGAUUUCUGAGCAUGGUCUUUGCAUCCCUUUCUGUGGAUAAAAGGAACAGAUUUGGUGAUUUACUGACUCCUUUCCACUAUGUCCUACUACAUUUAUUGCUUGUAUUUUGCUUCAAAACCCUUAGACUCUUCAGGACCCUUCAGGCAUGUCCAAAGUCCUAAUCCGGCCCCAGUGGCAGUUUAUUUCCUGUGGUAAAAUCAUUAAACAAGGUCAGCAACUUCGAUCCUUCAUGGCCCUUCACUUCAUCAAAUCAUCAUCAUCAUCAAACCUUUUAUUGGCAUCACAUACAAACAUCCAAAACAAAUCAAUACAGAAUUACCAAUCUAGUGGCACAAAACAUUUGCUAAAAUAAAGGAGGAGUAUUCAUCAAAUAUAGUAAAAGCUAUGGUUUUCCCAGUAGUGAUGUAUGGAAGUGAGAGCUGGACCAUAAAGAAGGCUGAUCGCCGAAGAAUUGAUGCUUUUUAAUUCUGGUGCUGGAGGAGACUCUUGAGAGUCCCAUGGACUGCAAGAAGAUCAAACCGAUCCAUUCUGAAGGAAAUCAGCCCUGAGGGCUCACUGGAAGGACAGAUCCUGAAGCUGAGGCUCCAAGACUUUGGCCACCUCAUGAGAAGAGAAGACUCCCUGGAAAAGACCCUGAUGUUGGGAAAGAUGGAGGCACAAGGAGAAGGGGAUGACAGAGGACGAGAUGGUGGGACAGUGUUCUUGAAGCUACCAGCAUGAGUUUGACCAAACUGCGGGAGGCAGUGGAAGACAGGAGUGCCUGGCGUGCUCUGGUCCACGGGGUCACGAAGAGUCGGACACGACUAAACGACUAAACAACAACAACAUUCAUCAAAUCUUAUCAUAAUGGCCACGGGGGCUGAUGGGAGUUGUAGUCCAAAACAGCAAGGACUCCCCAGGCAGCCUCACUUGCGUCCUCAGCUCUCCUCCUCCAAUUUCCAACAUGCUCUUCAUUCCUCCUCUCCUUCCCUCCCGCCUCACCAACCUCCCUGGGAUGGCUUUUCAUUCUCUGACACCCAUCAGCGGUGACAUAACUAUUUUCUCCCCCCUGCAGGUGACAACAAAGAGGCCCUUACAAUCCCGGCACAUCCUGGGAGUUAAUUGCUUCCUCCCUUUCUCACAAAAGGCCCAUUCUGUCAUUUCUUUUGACAUGAUGCAGGUCCUUGACUUUUUCCAGGGUGCUUUUUCUUACUGCUUGUCCUGUUGUUGUCGUUUUUCCCCUCCCCCUCCCGUCUCCUGAUUUCUUGCUGCAAGAUUUUCCUUAUUGGCAAGUUUCCCCCAAAUUUCACUGUUGGCGCCAAAACCUCCAGUGCUUUUGUCUCUCUGGAGUCCUGAAAGAGGAGGUGAGGGUUGCGUGGUGAGCCUUUAGGCAGGGAGACAAGAAAGAGGAGAUCCAUCUGCUUAGCCACUGGCUGCAUGUCGUUUACAGCUGUCCAUGGAGGCGCAGGUCAAUUCUAUGUCCAGGGCAGCUGUCUAUCAGCUCCAUCUGGUACACAGGAUGAGACCUUCCCUGUCCGCAGACUGUCUCGCCCGAGUGGUGCAUGCUCUGGUUAUCUCCCGCUUGGACUACUGCAAUGCGCUCUACAUGGGGCUACCUUUGAAGGUGACCCGGAAACUACAACUAAUCCAGAAUGUGCCAGCUAGACUGGUGACUGGGAGCAGCCGCCGAGACCACUUAACACUGGUCUUGAAAGAUGUACACUGGCUUCCAGUACGUUUCUGAGCCCAGUUCAAAGUGUUGGUGAUAACCUUUAAAGCCCUAAACGGCCUUGGCCCAGUAUGUUAAAAACAAUACAGCGUCAGACAUUAACAACUUCCCUAAACAGGGCCGCCUUCAGUUUUCUUUUAAAAGUAAAAUAGUUGUUUAUUGCCUUGACAUCUGCUGGGAGGGCGUUCCACAGGGCAGGCGCCACCACCAAGAAGGCCCUCUGCCUGGUUCCCCGUAACCUCGCUUUUCGCAGUGAGGGAACCACCAGAAGGCCCUCAGCACUGGACCUCAGUGUCCAGGCUGGAUGAUGGGGGUGGAGACACUCCUUCAGGUAUACAGGACCAAGGCCAUUUAGGGCUUUCAAGGUCAGCACCAACACUUUAUAUUUGUGCCUGGAAAUGUCCUGGGAGCCAAUGAAGAUCUUUCAGGACCGGGGUUAUGUGGUCUCAGCGGCCACUCCCAGUCACCAGUCUAGCUGCCGCGUUCUGGAUUAAUUGCAGUUUCCAAGUCACCUUCAAAGGCAGCCCCACGUAGAGCGCAUUCCAGUAGUCCAUUAAGAACUUUCUGAGAGCAAGAGCUGUUUGACAGCAGCACGGACGGCCUCAGAAGGUGCUGAAUCACUUUCCUUGGAGGCUUUUAAACGGAGCUUGGAUGGUCACCUGCCAGAGAUUCUGUAGCUGUGAUUGUUGGACUAGAUGACCCUCGCAGGUCCCUUCCACCUCUACAAUUCUUUGAUCCUGUAAUGGUCUGGCUCAGCAUUCGGCAGCUUCUUAUAUAUCCCUGUCCCCUCUCGUCACCCCAUUUCUUCCUCCCAGGAGCAGAAGUUGGCCAAUUAGCAGGGCUGUGCCGAACCUCCUUGUCUCUCGCUGACCUUUUCAUCCUACUGUAGUCCCCACGCCCCAGGUGGGGUCUUGCAUCCUGUGUUUUGGGGAGGGGGUUGCGACCGCACCUGCCCUCUGUUUUGAUCUUCGGCUCUCUGAAGCUCCACAGUUGGAAGAGAUCAGAGUGCCUGUGAUGAACUGGAGGCUAAUGGUGGAGGUCUUUUUUAUUUUUGGGCUUUGCUUUGCCGUCUCGCCGCGGCUGAAGCAAUUUGACAUCAAAGAGACAAAACCAGGAACGGUUUGUAACCGAGGCUGAUUGUGCUGCUGCUGUUUCAGGGAUCCUUCCCAGCUUAUCCCCAGAGCUUCCAUUUCAUGCUGGCAAAUCCGUCAGGCUUCUUGGGGUGCAGGAGGGGAAUAAUGAAGAUUUCUGAAAGCGCUGCCGCCUAAGGAACCUUUCCCUCCCCACGUUCUCGGCCCUGCCGGGGUUGCUGUUGACAGCAGAUUGCUAUUCCUCCGCUUUCCCAAGGCUCCCCGCCGAGAAAGCAUGGUCUGUACCACUUGCUCAAACAUGUCGGGCUGUUUUCCUUCUGCCGGGCAAGCUGCCAAGCGGUGUCUGGAAAGCCAAUUGACAAGUCUCUCUCCAGCAAAGAUCUUGGAGAUCAGCUGCCGUGGCUGGGGGGGGGGUUGGGGGAAGGAAGGGAUGUGGCCGAGCGGUUCGUGGGUGGGGGCGGCGGUGGGAGGGGGUCAAGGGCGUUCUGCUGAAGGUUAGUAACACCUGCAGCAAUAUGGCACAUUUGGUUUGUAUGCCACAACUGCUGCUAGAAUUUUGCUGGCCAAAAAUUGGAAAUCACAAGAAGUACCAACAGUGGAGGAAUGGCAGAUGAAGAUGAUGGAUUUUUCGGAGCUAGCCGACCUGACCGGAAGAGUCCGCGACCAGAAGGAGGAGAAGUACCAGGAGAAUUGGAAGAAAUCUAAAGACUAUUUAGCUAAAUAUGCAAAUAUAAUUUAAAUAGAAAUACUUGCAAGUACGAGAUUGGCCUAGGAUUUAAAUAAGUGAUGUUAUAGGAUAAUAUGUUUCAAGUAAAAAUGAAAGGACAGAAAAAUGUUAAGUAAAUUACACGUGAAAAUAGUUUUGGAAAACUAUUACAAUGAUAUACACUGAAAUUCAGCCUGGGGGAGUUGAGGAAGUCACCCAACAAUGUAAAGAAAAAUGGAAUUAUUGUACUUAAGAUUUAUGUUUGUUUGUUUGUUUAUAUAUAUGGAAAACCAAUAAUUUUUUGGGGGGAAAAGUAUGGCACAUUUGGAGCUGUGCAGAAUGCGGAAAUGAUGCCUUCUCUGCUCAGAGGGAGCCUUGUGGGAUCAGGCUGCAGGCAGACAUGCAAACCCUGCAUUCCCUAAUCACAGACUUGUCGAGUUGGAAGGGGCCCGAGGGUCAUCUAGUCCAACCCGCUGCAAUGUGCCUUUAAUGUGCCUUUCCCCAUGCCUCAAGACACUAAGAGGAAGUUUUAAAGUGAAUUUCCUAUGAUGACUCCCGAUUAUUUUUCUGAUGUAAAAAAUAAAGGUACCCCUGACCAUUAGGUCCAGUCGUGGCUGACUCUGUGGUUGCGGCGCUCAUCUCGCUUUAUUGGCCGAGGGAGCCGGCGUUCAGCUUCCGGGUCAUGUGGCCAGCAUGACUAAGCCGCUUCUGGCGAACCAGAGCAGCGCAUGGAAACACCAUUUACCUUCCCCGCCAGUGGUACCUAUUUAUCUACUUGCACUUUGACGUGCUUUCAAACUGCUAGGUUGGCAGGAGCAGGGACCGAGCAACGGGAGCUCACCCCGUCGCGGGGAUUCGAAGCACCGACCUUCUGAUCAGCAAGUAGUAGGCUCUGUGGUUUAACCCACAGCGCCACCCGCAUCCCCCCCAGUUUGGGCUACUGGCCCCACUUGGGAGUUCUAGUUCAAAACUUCUGGAGGGUGCCUGGCUGGCAAAGGCUGAUUUAAAAGGUUCAAGGAUUAGCAGCCAUCAGAGCUUCCGGGCUUUGCGUCCUGUUGAGGAAGCUGACAUUUAGAUCUACCCACCUCCCAGGAGAAGAACCAGCGGCUUCCCUCCGGCCAGGCUCUCAGGCUGAGCGAUCACUUUGCGUUCUUGCAGGUCCCUGUCACUGCGAGGUGUUUUUUGUGAUUUACUACUCCUGCCUCCAUCCAUCCCUGUCCAAACCUCUUUAGCAUGUUUGCUUUCGCAAGCACAAUACCUGUCAAAGCUCAGCACUGAAGAAGGUGACAAGCAGCGUUGCCGGAGACUGGGGGGUGGAAUCAUCCAUCGGGGAAAGCAGGGUCUGUGGCAGUGAGAGGAGAUAGGAGAGCCAUCUUCAAAUAUCUCAAGGGCUGUCCCUUGGAAGAGGGAGCAAGCUUGUUUUCCCCUGUUCUUGAGGGCAGGACACGAACCCAUGGCUUCAAGUUACAAGGAAGGAGAUUCCGACGAAACAUCAGGAAGAACUUUCUGACAGUAAGAGCUGUUUGGCAGUGGAACGGAGGACCUUGGAAGAUGAUGGACUCUCCUUCCUUGGAGGUUUCUAAGCAGAGGUUGGAUGGUCUGGACUCAAUGACCAUUAGGAAUCGCUUCCAACUCUACAUUUCUAAUACGCUAUGGUUUCAACAGGGUCCUGUUGACACUGAGCUGGGCAGAUCAUGCUUUUUUUAAAUAUGAAAUUGCAUGUACAGCUGCAGCCCUGUUCAGCUCCUUGCCUUUCCUGCUUGUGAUCCGCACACAGUUGAGCUCUUUUAGCUCCCCUUUUCCAUUUCAAGGGAAGCAUUUUUUAAGGACCUGCCUGCUGGUCUCGUGGAAAUGAAACAGGACUAAUAAUAAUAAUAAUAAUAAUAAUAAUAAUAAUAAUAAAUUAUUUAUACCCCACCCUUCUGGCUACUCUGGCCAGCUGGCCAGCUCACAACACAUAAAAACCACUGGAAAAACAUCAACCAUUAAAAGCUUCCCUAAACAGGGCUGCCUUCAGAUGUCUUCUCGAAGCCAGUUGUUUAUCUCCUUGACGUCUGUUGGGAGGGCGUUCCACAGGGCAGGUGCCACCACCGAGAAGGCCCUCUGCCUGGUUCCUUGUAACUUCACUUCUCGCAGUGAGGGAACCUCCAGAAGGCCUUUGGCGCUGGACCUCAGCGUCCGGGCAGAACGAUGGGGGUGGAGACGCUCCUUUAGGUAUACUGGACCAAGGCUGUUUAGGGCUUUCAAGGUCAGCACCAACACUUUGAAUUGUGCUUGGAAACGUACUGGGAGCCAAUGUAGGUCUUUCAGGACCGGUGUUACGUGGACUCAGCAGCCGCUCCCGUCACCACUCCAGCUGCUGCAUUCUGGAUUAGUUGUAGUUUCUGAGUCACCCUCAAAGGUAGCCCCAUGUAGAGCGCAUUGCCGUAGUCCAAGCGGGAGAUAACCAUAGUAUGCACCACUCUGGCGGGACAGUCUGCGGGCAGGGAGGGUCUCAGCCUGCGUACCAGAUGGAGCUGGUAAACAGCUGCCCUGGACACAGAAUUGACUUGCGCCUCCACGGACAGCUGUCAUUCCAUUUAAUUGUUUAAUUCCCCCCAUACACUUUCAAGCCAACCAAGUUGGUGGCUUGUCGCUACACCUUGUGGUAGAAUAGCGGAAUCGUAGAUUCAUAAGGAAUUCUAGAGUUUUAACUGCAUGCACCAUGCAGUUUACCCCUUUUCUCUGCCCUGUAUCUCUGAAAUUUCAGAUUUGUUAGAUGACCCCCAUCAGGUCCUAACAUUGCGAGGGAAAGAGUCCCUCCCCCUAUUAAUUUUCUCUGCACCAUGAAUGGUUUUAAAUACCUCCAUUACGUCCCCCCCAUUCCUCCCCUUUUUCUUGUGCUGUACGAUGGGUAGAAGCUGCAAGAAUCUAAUAUCCGGCUCAGCGAUAAAAUCUGCGCGGCUGAGCUUCCGACACGGUGUCCCCCCAAAUAAUUUCAGAUCUGCUCCUGCGGAGUCAGAUGUUAUUAUGCGGGGAGCCUGCCCACAGGUUGCGAGGAUGUGCUCGAAAAUAUGGAAAAGUUUAUUAAUAAUUCCCCCCCCCCAAGCCUGCUCAGCUCCCGUGGAUAAGGCUGAAUGAGUAGUGAUCUGAUUUAAAAGCCAUAAAAAGAUAAUAAAAUGUCUGAAUGGAUGCAAAGCAUAAAACCCUGUCCGUCGAUACAGUCCAUCGGGGUUUAUAUUACUUGCAGCUGGCUUUUAAAAAUGAUUAAUAAAAAUAUUUUUAUAUCGUGCAGCCAAUUUGCUUCUCUUCUCUUCUCCACCCCCCCUCCCCGACACGAUCCAGCUUAGUGUUUUUACCUGCAGGAAUAUGCCCUCAGACACUAGCCGUUACCUCUUGGCUGCUUGGGCGGCCGAAGGAUAGAGAAAGGAGUGUGAAUUUGUGGAGAAAGUAGGCUACGUAAAAAAAUUCAUUCGUUGUUCCACCCAGUUUUGCCUCUGGCCCUGAGCGUCACUGGCCCAUGGCCCUCUGAAGGUCUCCUGGAAGGAAAUGUGGCCUGUCAGGUUCCCCACCUGACAGGAGCAAGCCAGCAGUAAAUCACACUCUGCGGAGUUAACAUUAGCAAGAACGCAACCUGCACAGACUUGUUGGAGUGCCAGGCCUAAUGAGCAGCUCAUCUCAGUAGGUCUUGCUGCAUGGAUCAGAAAGUACAAUACUUUUCCAUUGGCAGAAAUGACUGGCAGAAUCCGAGACCAGGGAGAAGAGUCGGUGGAAGAAGAUUGGAAGAAAUUUAAAGACUACAGAAAUAUUGUAAAAUUAAUGAAUGAUAGAAUGAUGUUGGAUAGUAACUAAGUGGUUUCUAGCUGUAAUGCUUUAAGAGAAUAUGAAAAAAAAAGGGUUAUAAAUGGGUUAAAAUCUAAUGGUAAGGAUUUGCUGAAUCAAUAAAUUGAAGUGGAAUACGAAAAAGGGAGGUACGAGGAGGUCCGGGAAACAAGCUAAAGGAAAAUAAGUAACUGGAAAUAUGUGUGUUUUUAAUUGUUUUUAUUUUGUAUUAUUCUCUUUUCUUUUUCAUUUUUACUGUAAUAUUUCAAAAAACCUAAUAAAUAUCUUAUAUAUAUAAAAAAAGUACAAUACUUUUCCGUGUAUAAGACAAGGUUUUUUUACUCAAAUAUAAUGUUAACAAACGGGGGACAUCCUAUACACGGAUAGUGUGGUAGCUCAUCCCGGUAGGUCUUGCUCAGGGGCCAGCAAAUGUUUUCAGCAGGGUCCACUGUCCCUCAGACCUUGUGGGGGGGGGCAGACUAUAUUUUGGGGAAAAAAUAAUGAAGGAAUUCCUAUGCCCCACAAAUAACCCAGAGAUGCAUUUUAAAUAAAAGGACACAUUCUACUCAUGUAAAAGCACGCUGAUUCCCAGACUGUCUGCGGGCUGGAUUUAGAAGGCGAUUGGGCCGGAUCCAGUCCCCGGGCCUUAGUUUGCCUACCCAUGGUCUUGCUGCAUGGAUAAGAAAGUACCGUACUUUUCUGUGUAUAAGGCGAGGUUUAUUUACUCUAAAAUUAUGUUAAAAAACAGGGGACAUCCUAUACACGGAUAGUGCAUUGGGGGACGAGUGUUUAGUUGCAGCCGCGAGUAGGAGCUUGUCAGCGGCGAUCUUGUGGGUGAUUGGUGGCUGCGUCAAAUGCUCCUUUGGAUUUGCUGCUGCUGUGGUAAUUGGGUGGGUGAUUGGUUGCUGCGGCAAAGGUUGCUGUGGAUUGGCUGCCGCUUUGGCAAUUGGGCAUGCGAUUGCCGUCUGCUGUUGGUGAGCGGGCAGGCGCAUGUUGGCGACGCGAGCGUUUGUCAGUCGUUUGGCAAUCCUCCCCCAUGUUCUUAAAUUUGAGUCCCCCCCAAAUAGGGGUCGGGGACACGGGUGGCGCUGUGGGUUAAACCACAGAGCCUAGGACUUGCCGAUCAGAAGGUUGGCGGUUUGAAUCCCCGCAACGGGCUGAGCUCCCGUUGCUCGGUCCCAGCUCCUGCCAACCUAGCAGUUCGAAAGCACGUCAAAGUGCAAGUAGAUAAAUAGGUACUGCUCCGGCGGGAAGGUUAAUGGCGUUUCUGUGUGCUGCUCUGGUUCGCCAGAAGCGGCUUAGUCAUGCUGGCCACAUGACCCGGAAGCUGUACGCCGUCUCCCUCGGCCAAUAAAGUGAGAUGAGCGCCACAACCCGAGAGUCGGUCACUACUAGACCUAACAGUCAGGGAUCCCUUUACCUUUACCUUUAAACACUAUUUUGGACCACGACAUUGUAUUAGAAAGGGGAGGGAGUCUUUUGGAUGCUGUGGUCUUCGUAUGAAGGACUUAUACAAACUUAAUUAUUAAUAAAUGUCACAAUACUUCCAUUUCUUCUGUUUCUUUGUUUAUUCCCUGUAAGUUCCUGUUAGUUAUUUGCAGUUGAAAGGAGAGAAAUGACUAUAAACUGGUUAUCUUGUUUGUUUCCUGAAUUACCUUUGGUAUAUUCAUUGUGUAUGUGGAGACCAGGGGGAAGGGGAGACACCCGUGACUCUGUAUCAGCCUGACUCAUAGAAUCCUAAAGUUGGAAGGGACCCCACAGGUCAUCUAGCCCAAACCCCCUGCAAUGCAGAAAUCUCAACUAAAGCAUCCUCAAGAAAGAAGGGCAUUUUUGCUGGCCAGGUUUAAUUCAAACCCAUCAAACCUCCCCUGGGGAAGGUUCUUAGGCAGGGUGGAAGGAGAAAGAACUUGCCCAUGUGAAGACCACCUGGUGGAAACCCUUACACAUAUGGUUCUCAGUUGUAAACUAUAAGCUAAUCUCUGUCAGCAAUUUCUAGAUCAACUCUAUAUCCCCAAAUGGAAACCAGAGUCGGAGGUCAUAAAUUUUCUAGUACUGGGGAAUGAUCAGGAGCUCACCAAGUUAGUGGCGAAAUAUCUCUAUUUGGUUUUUUGUCUUCGAAAUACACUGCUGACGUCUGAUCUCCCUGGAGACCAAGAGAGGAUAGACUGCUCUGCCUCCUUUCUUUUAGCAAAUGUUUUGAGCCACUGGGGAAGUGGAAAUUCUGUAUUGAUUUGUUUUGGAUGUUGUAUGUGAUGCUAAUAAAAGGUUUGAUGAUGAUGAAGAACUACAGCAUCCAAAACUCAUCUCCUUUCUCUUUUUGGAAAUAAUUUUUAUUUGGUUUUACAGAUAUAAAAUUAUAACAAUACAAAAUGCAUAUCCAUAUUUAGAGAUUUCCCCUGAAUCUCUAGACUUCCCACCUUCCCCUCCUAUUAUAAACAUUUUCAACGGCAUAUUGUUUCAUCAUCCAAAUUAUACGUCUCUCCAUUUUGUUGUCCAUAAUAUCUUCUACAUUACAAGUGUUAUUACAAUCCUGCUAAUGUUUCCAUCUGCUUCCAGUGGUCUCUCAAGUACAGUGGUGCCUCGCAAGACGAAAUUAAUCCGUUCCGCGAGUGUCUUCGUCUAGUGGUUUUUUCGUCUUGCGAAGCAACCCUAUUAGCGGCUUAGCGGAUUAGCGCUAUUAGCGGUUUAGCGGCUAUUAAAGGCUUAUCGGAUUAGCAGAUUAGCUGCUAAAAGGCUAUUAGCGGUUUAGCGGCUUAGAAAAAGGGGGGGGAGCGAAAAAAAAUCUCAAGACUCGCAAGACAUUUUCGUCUUGCGAAGCAAGCCCAUAGGGAAAUUCGUCCUGCGAAGCAACUCAAAAACGGAAAACCCUUUCGUCUAGCGGGUUUUCCGUCUUGCGAGGCAUUCGUCUCGCGGGGCACCACUGUAGAUUAUGAAUUUCCCCCAUUCCUUACUGAAGUUUUGGUCUUCUUGGUUCCUGAGCUUUCCAGUCGGUUUUUCCAUUUUGGCAUAAGCCAGCAGCUUAGUUUGCCUCUCCUCUUCCGUAGGGACUUUAUCUUCUUUCCAUCUCUGGGUUAGUAGCAUCCGUGUGGCUGUUGUUGCGUACAUAGAGUCCCUACUGCUCCUUUGGGAUUUUGGUACCUCUCAUCUCUUCCUCUUGACCUCCCUCCUCCGACUCUCCUGCUUCAUCUUCUGCCUCUGAUUCUACACUUCUCUCUGCCACCGACUCUCCCAGCUCACCAAGUCCUGUUACUUCUUCAACUUCCAACGCCUCCUCUCCCCAGUCUUCUACCUCUGACCACUCAUGGUCGUCCCACCCCAGCUGGUUCCUGCCACCAUUCCUCUGUGUUCAGCCAGGCCAUGAAUUCACCCUUCUUUCACUGCCGCAAUUGCUGGCCAUGGAAGCCACACAUGUGUCUUCACUCCAUGGAGGCACAGGGACCCAGGAUUUGUAUGUGCGCAGGCGAGAGAAAGGAAAGGGGCUAAGUGAUUUCCUUUGCAGCGCCCUUGCGAGUUGUAAAUCUAAAGCUCGGAAGCCUCAUUAAAAUUAAGCUUCUGUCAGAGCUAAUUUUUUAUUGCCACUUCUUUUUUCUCUCCUUUUAAAAAUAUCCAUCCCAUUAGGACAACUCGUUUCUCUCUCUUUGUUCUGGGAGCAUCCCCUAAUCUCCCUCAUUAACGCAAACACCUCCAUUGGCGGAUCUUUAUCUUAGCUUUGUACUUUUUUCUUGCUUUGUACUUUUUAAUGCAUUAAUGUGUUUUGAAGCUCUGUAAAACCGCUACACUAAUUAUUUGAUUGGGGCUAACGAAGCGAUUUCGCUGGCGGUCACGUGAGAAACGAGACAGAUUCACACGGGGUUUUUUUGGGGUUUUUUUAACCACAGGUAAGCCCAAUUCACUCAUCCUCACACUGGGAAUAGCUUGCUUUGCUCAACCUGGUUAUGCACCCAGGCCUUGGCAGGAGCUUCGUGUCAAAUCAGAUUCCUUAUGUAUUGGUGUUCAUUUAUAAUGUAACUGCUUUCAGUUUCGUUUUAUACUGAGCUUUUUAAAUGUAUGGAGUGUGUUGUGAUUUUAACCUGCUCUGAAUUUGCUUUCUGCAAUGAAGAGGAGCCUUAUAAUGUUUUUAAUAGAUCAAUAAAACAAUAAAUCUAUUGCUUGCCUUGAAGGAGGAUAGGGAAGAGUUGAGUGUACCGCCUAGUCUAUUGUAACACCACUUCUUCUUCUUCUUCGUCUUCUUCUUCUUUGGCGUUCCCUCGUAGCCAAGUAAGAUUGUCUCCCAUGAACACGGUUUUAAAAGUGAGUCCGUAAGUGACUGUGGAGGCCAAUUCUGGAUCCACACGUCCUUCCACAGUGGGGACAAAGGUUUCCGGGCGGGAGUUGAUCAUGGUGAGGGUUUGCUAUGUGUGUCUUCCUCUUAGCACAUUUCUCCCUUGCGUCCUGACUUCGAGUGUCUUCAAAGCCCAUGACACCUUUGGUAAAGGCUGUGCUCCAACUGGAGCGCUCACAGGCCAGUGUUUCCCAGUUGUCGGUGUUUAUACUGCAUUUUAUUUAAGAUUUGCCUCGAAAGAGUCUUUAAAUCUCUUUUGUUGACCACCAACAUUAUGCUUUCCAUUUUUAAGUUUGGAAUAGAGUAGUUGGGUUGGAUGAUGAUAAUCAGGUAUCCGUACAACAUGACCAAUCCAACAAGUUGAAGAAUCAUUGCUUCGACACUGGCAAUAUUAGCUUCUUCCAGUACACUGACAUUAGUUCUCCUGUCUUCCCAAGUGAUAUGCUUUUGGAGACACUGUUGAUGGAAUCUUUCGAGGAGUUGGAAAUGGCAUUUAUAAGUGGUCCACGUUUCGCAAGCACAUUCAUUGCUUUAUAGUCAUUGCUGCACCUGCUUUUGCACCUGUCCCUUGCCACUGCUGGCUUGUAGCCCCAAGAUUGUCUGGUUCUUGGUCUAGAAAAGGUUUCCCAUCCCCAGUUUGCUUGAUGGGGCUUCCAUUGCCAAGACCACAUAACACCAGUCUUGAAAGACCUACAUUGGCUCCCAGUACGUUUCAGAGCACAGUUCAAACUGUUGGUGCUGACCUUUAAAGCCCUAAAUGGCCUUGGUCCAGUAUACCUGAAGGAGCAUCUCCACCCCAAUUGUUCUACCCGGACACUGAGAUCCAGCUCCAAGGGCCUUCUGGCGGUUCCCUCCCUGUGAGAAGCCAAGUUACAGGGAACCAGGCAGAGGGCCUUCUCGCUAGUGGUGCCCGCCCUGUGGAAUGCCCUCCCAGCAGAAGUCAAAGAGAGCAACAACUACCAGACUUUUAGAAGACAUCUGAAGGCAGCCCUGUUUAGGGAAUCUUUUAAUGUUUGAUGUAUUACGGUAUUUUAAUAUUUUGUUGGAAGCUGCCCAGAGUGGCUGGGAAAACUCAGCCAGAUGGGGGGGGGAAUAAAUACUAAAUUAUUAUUAUUAUUAUUAUUAUUAUUAUUAUUAUUAUUAUUUCUACUACACAAUCCUCACUGGAAAGAGUUUUUUUUUGGGGGGUGUAUGUCUGUGCUGGGCCCCACUCACUUUGUUCCUCAUAGCCUUGUUUCUUCUUGUGUCCUCUUGCAGUUCCUCGCCUCCCGGAGUUUUCGAGAAGGAAUACGAGAUCUAUCGGGAUUACGGCUCUGACGGGCAGCGGCUGCAGUACAGGUGAGUUGCCCUGAUGCUAAACAGAGUUUAGAAAUUAGAGUUUAAUUAGAGUUUAAAAAUUAUAAUUUGGAUGAUUAUUUGGUCUUUUUUAUUUUAGUUUUUUAUUUUAAUUGGCUUAUGAUUUGAUAUGUUAAUUGGAUUUUUUUUAUUGGAAAAUUAAUAAAAACUAUUUAACAAACAACAACAACAAAAACGGACCUCUGGAACGAAUUACCGUAUUUUUCGCUCGAUAAGACGCACCAGACCACAAGACGCACCUAGUUUUUGGAGGAGGAAAACAAGAAAAAAAAUAUUCUGAAUCUCAGAAGCCAGAACAGCAAGAGGGAUCGCUGCGCAGUGAAAGCAGUACUCCCUCUUGCUGUUCUGGCUUCUGGGAUAGCUGCGCAGCCUGCAUUCGCUCCAUAAGACGCACACACAUUUCCCCUUGCUUUUUAGGAGGGAAAAAGUGAGUCUUUUAGAGCAAAAAAUACAGUAAGUUCGUAACCAGAGGUACCGCUUUACAGUGCUAGAUGGACCCAACAGUCUGUAUAAGGGGGCUUUCUGCGUUGCUAAGUGGUAACCGGAGAGCAGAACGCAUGGUGCGCAAACCUAUGGAACAAACCCUGUGUGCUGUGGUCUCCGCAGCAAAGUGCCCAAACCCUUGUUACCCGUCCCUGCUCAUUUGGGAGGCAUUGGGGCAAAAACGCAUCAAGAAGAAAUAAGGCACAUCCCAGCUGCUUCCUGCAGCGCCAAGAAAAGCAUCACCCGCCACAGACCUGGAAACAAGGCGCCAUGCACAAGGCAAUGAUUAUUCCAAGCUUGCUCCAGGGGUUAUGAAGCCUGCAUUUCAAACAAGAGACUGCCAGCAUCUCCUGAGCACUUGCAGUCUUGCUGCGCGAAUUGCGCCCAGCUGUUUGCACAGGGGAGGCGGCUGGGUUUAGCUAGUGGUCAAUAUUUGCUUUCAUUUCUCAUUAAUAGCAAUCCUCAGUCUUUAAAGCAAAGCACCCAGGUAGGUAGGGAACGGCUGUUGCAUCCAUAUUUUCUGGGCUUUGCACAGCAGCGAUGAAACUUUCCUUGUACCGAUGGUUCACUUGGCUCAGUGAUGUCUGCGUUGCCUGCCUCCAGGGCUUCCCAUUGGGUACCUUUCUCAGCCCUGCUUGGAGAUGCCCCGAGAUCGAAUCUGGGAUCUUCUGCAUGAAAAGCAGGUAAUCUACCACUGGCCUACGACACGCACCCCCCGAUGUUCCUGCUUGCCCCAUACAGGGCAAGCCAGACCCCAGUGAAGUGGCAAUACCUAGAGGGGUGUGUGAGAACAGGAUGCCACUGGCCUGACCUAGCAGGCCCUUCUUUCGUUCUUACCUGGUUACAAGGUGUGCGUCUGAACUCAAACGUGGGUCUGAAUACACUCAGGUGUAUUUAUGCACACGAUACAAAGAGAUUUAGGACCUUUUGCUAGAGUUACAGCACAUGUCUGUUAUGCAGAUCUGUUUCCUCUUAACCAUAUGCCCACGAGAUGUUCUCACACCAGAGGAAUAAAGAAAAAUGGGUUUCUUACUUGAAAUGAAAAAGAGAAUGAAGCAUAUGGAGAUAAAUAACUAUGCAACUUUUAGAAGGCACUUGAAGGCAGCCCUGUAUGUUGUUCUUGUUAGUCGUGUCCGACUCUUCAUGACCCCCUGGACCAGAGCACGCCAGGCACUCCUGUCUUCCACUGCCUCCCGCAGUUUGGUCAAACUCAUGUUCGUAGCUUUGAGAAGACUGUCCCACCAUCUCAUCCUCUGUCGUCCCCUUCUCCUUGUGCCCUCCAUCUUUCCCAACAUCAGGAUCUUUUCCAGGGAGUCUUCUCUUCUCAUGAGGUGGUCAAAGUCUUGGAGCCUCAGCUUCAGGAUCUGUCCUUCCAGUGAGCACUCAGGGCUGAUUUCCUUAAGAAUGGAGAGGUUUGAUCUUCUUGCAGUCCAUGGGACUCUCCAGAGUCUCCUCCAGCACCAGAAUUCAAAAGCAUCCAUUCUUUGGCGAUCAGCCUCCUUUAUGGUCCAGCUCUCACUUCCAUACAUCACUGCUGGGAAAACCAUGGCUUUUACUAUACGGACCUUUGUUGGCAAGGUGAUGUCUCUGCAUCUGAAGGCAGCCCUGUAUAGGGAAGUUUUUUAUGUUUGAUGUUUUAUUAUGCUUUUAUAUUUGUUGGAAGCCACCCAGAGUGGCUGGGGCAACCCAGUCUGAUAGGUGGGGUACAAAUAAAUAAAUUAUUACUAUUAUUUAGCAUACAGAUGCUGCUUUCGGUCAGCAAAGUUACAAAUGCUAUAUAUCUGUCCUGAAGUCAGUGGCACCUGAGUCAGAGAGGAAGAGGGCGGUACCUUUUGUUGGAGAAUUAUGCCCUCCCCAUCAGUAACCUGUACCAGCAAGGCUGCAGCACCUUUCCCAACAAUUUCUUGGUCUGGGCUCCAGUGAAAUGUAAAACUGGUCCUUGGGAUGGUUGAGAAGCGAAGAGGGCUCCCGCUGCAGCUUUUGCUAGCCAACUAUGGAAAAUGCGGAGUAAGGAUGUGGGUGGCGCUGUGGGUUAAACCACAGAGCCUAGGACUUGCCGAUCAGAAGGUCGGCGGUUCAAAUCCCUGUGACGGGGUGAGCUCCCGUUGCUCGGUCCCAGCUCCUGCCAACCUAGCAGUUCAAAAGCACGUCAAAGUGCAAGUAGAUAAAUAGGUACUGCUACGGCGGGAAGGUAAACGGCGUUUCCGUGCGCUGCUCUGGUUCGCCAGAAGCGGCUUAGUCAUGCUGGCCACAUGACCCGGAAGCUGUAUGCCGGCUCCCUCGGCCAGUAAAGUGAGACGAGCGCCGCAACCCCAGAGUCAGCCAUGACUGGACCUAACAGUCAGGGGUCCCUUUACCUUUACCUUUAAACGCUAUUUUGGACCACGACAUUGUAUUAGAAAGGGGAGGGAGUCUUUUGGAUGCUAUGGUCUUCGUAUGAAGGACUUAUAUACAAAUUCAAUAAUAAAUAAAUGUCACAAUACUUCCAUUUCUUCUGUUUCUUUGUUUAUUCCCUGUAAGUUCCUGUUAGUUAUUUGCAGUUGAAAGGAGAGAAAUGACUAUAAACUGGUUAUCUUGUUUGUUUCCUGAAUUACCUUUGGUAUAUUCAUUGUGUAUGUGGAGCUCGUUCUUCUUACAGAAGGGGAUAAUAAAAUCUUGCUGAUUACUAUGCUGAUCUUUAUAUAAAGUAUUAAGGUAUCAGGAGUUUACCAAUGCUUUCCAGGCCAUGUCUGGAGGUAAGAACAAGCACCGGGAUUUAAAGAAUUCAUGAUGUGUGUGAGGGUCCUCAUAUCGCAUACUGCCACCUUAUAUUCAUGGCAUGAUCUGCAGAGGUAAGCCAUGUAAAAAGCUCAGAUUGAUACACAUGGGUGCUUUGGUUGAGAUUCCUACAUCUCAGGGGGUUGGACUGUUGUUGUUGUUGUUGUUUAGUCGUUUAGUCGUGUCCGGCUCUUCGUGACCCCAUGGACCAGAGUACGCCAGGCCCUCCUGUCUUCCACUGCCUCCCGCAGUUUGGUCAAACUCAUGUUGGUAGCUUGGAGAACACUGUCCGAUCAUCUCGUCCUCUGUCGUCCCCUUCUCCUUGUGCCCUCCAUCUUUCCCAGCAUCAGGGUCUUUUCCAGGGAGUCUUCUCUUCUCAUGAGGUGGCCAAAGUAUUGGAGCCUCAGCUUCAGGAUCUGUCCUUCCAGUGAGCACUCAGGGCUGAUUUCCUUCAGAAUGGAGAGGUUUGUUCUUCUUGCAGUCCAUGGGACUCUCAAGAGUCUCCUCCAGCACCAGAAUUCAAAAGCAUCAGUUCUUCUGCGAUCAGCCUUCUUUAUGGUCCAGCUCUCACUUCCAUACAUCACUACUGGGAAAACCAUAGCUUUAACUAUACAGACCUUUGUUGGCAAGGUGAUGUCUCUACUGGGGUUGGACUAGAUGACUCCUAAGUUACCUCCCAAUUCUGCAAUUCCACAAUUAGAAUCUUGUGCUAAAAGUUGACCGAGAUGCUUCUGCACUUGGCAUAAUACGCAACCAGAGGUAAACAUCUCCUUCCCGGAGAUGGUUGUUCAAGCCCUGUAAUUUGGUUUUCGGGCACGCAGGUCCCGCCAGACAAAUUCAUUUACGCUGGCCGCCUAGCUUGUCAAACUUAAUCUCCACUUUGGACAGAAGAAUGGGAGAGGAAAGAUCUUUUCUGAGCAAGGAGCUUUGCCUCCUUGAAAGGGCCUGGCAACUUCUGCUCAACUCCAUAAAACCUCGGUGCCUUUCUGCCACUAAUGGCUUUUUCCAAGCACCAGCCAUUGCAAAUGGCGCCAGUUUCUAGGAGAGUUGAAAUUCAUCUAAGGGAAGCUUCAGUGCUUGAGGAUGCAUUCAAUGCUUUUAGCCCCCACCUCUUAAGUCUUCCCUAGUUGAAGAGUUAUUUAGAUGUUCAAUAAAACAAGAAGAACAUAGACAGCUGCCUCAAGCCAGACCAGACUUCUGGUCCAUCUGGUGCAGGAAUGUCUCUGAUGAAGUCAGAAUGCAUCUUGCAAAGACUCAGUUCAUCCUCGGACCACAACGGGAAGGGAAAAAAGAAAAGAAACACACAGAAAGACAACAAACAAAGGAGUAAUGAACUGGUGUUAAAAAAACAGAGUUGUAGAGUUGGAAGGGGCCCCCAAAGGUCAUCCAAUCCAACCCCCUGCAACACAGGAAUUGAAGCCAACGAAUCCCUGAGGGAUGGCCACCAAACCUGUUCAAAAACCUUCAGUGAAGGAGAGUCUACCAGCUUCCAAGGCAGUCCAUUCCACUGUCAAGGGGCUCUUGCCCUCAGAAAGUUAUUCCUAAGGUUUAGUUUGAAUCUCCUUUCUUGUAUUUUGAAUCUGCUGGUUUGGGUUCUACUCUCCAGAGCAGCAGAAAGGUUGGUGGUUUGAUGGGGUGAGCGCCCGUUGCUUGUUCCCUGCUCCUGCCAACCUAGCAGUUCGAAAGCAUGAAGUGCAAGUAGAUAAAUAGGUACUGCUCCGGCGGGAAGGUAAACGGCGUUUCCGUGUGCUGCUCUGGUUCGCCAGAAGCAGCUUAGUCAUGCUGGCCACAUGGCCUGGAAGCUGUCUGCGGACAAACGCCGGCUCUCUCGACCAAUAGAACGAGAUGAGCGCCGCAACCCCAGAGUUGUCUGCGACUGAACCUAAUGAUCAGGGGUACCUUUACCUUUACCUUUACAUCAGAAAAAUAACCAGGAGUCAUCAUAGGGAAUUCGCUUUAAAACUUCCUCUUAGUGUCUUGAGGCAUUGGAAAAAGGCACAGUAAAUGUUAGGGGUUGUUAGAAGAUAAAAUGGCAAAUGUCAUUAUGUCGUUAUAUAAACUUUUGCUGCAGUGACCUUUUGAAUUCUGCGCAGGGUCCUUUGCCAAUCUUGGAGGGGAUAUUGUAGAACUGGAGAAAGCACAGCAAAGGGUAGCUGCAGCGGCUGAGGACAGAUUUGGAAUUGUUUCCCUACGAGCAGUGAUGCGUGUGUGUUGGAAGGGGGGAGGAAUGAUUAAAGAGGGGAGAUUAGUAUUAUUAGAGGGUUAUGAAUCAUGACCAACGGAGGGGAUGUGAAUAAAGAGCAAUUCUACAUGCGGCUUCCAAACACGACAGCUCGGAGUCAUCCGGCGAAAUUGAUUUUCUGGCGUUCACAAAAGGAAAUGUUUCAUUAUAUGAAGCAUAUAAUUAAACUGGGGGAUUCGUGGACCCACGGUUAGAGGACUUUUCAAAAAGGGUGCACUCUCAAAAGAAUGAAGCUGUAGGUAGGAUCGCCAUGGGGACCUUUUCCUAAUGUGGAGGCAGUGAAUCAGGGCCUGGGAAGCUUCCGUGGAACUGUGGAGCUGGGAAGCGUUAGGAAAAGCUCAUGGUUCAGCAGCAGCAGCAGCAGCUAAAUAGUCAAGCAUCUGCUUGCGUACGGAAGGUCCCAGGUGAUAAUAAUAAUAAUAAUAAUAAUAAUAAUUUAUUUAUACCCCGCCCAUCUGGCUGGGUUUCCCCAGCCACUCUGGGCAGCUUCCAACAAAAUAUUAAAAACAAUACAGCAUCAGACAUUAAAAACUUCCCUAAAUAGGGUUGCUUUUAAAAGUAAAAUAUAGUGGUACCUCGGGUUAAGUACUUAAUUUGCUCCGGAGGUCCAUUCUUAACCUGAAACUGUUCUUAACCUGAAGCAACACUUUAGCUAAUGGGGCCUCCUGCUGCCGCCGAGCCGCCGGAGCACGGUUUCUGUUUUCAUCCUGAAGCAAAGUUCUUAACCCGAGGUACUAUUUCUGGGUUAGCGGAGUCUGUAACCUGAAGCGUGGUUAACCUGAAGCGUAUGUAACCCGAGGUACCACUGUAUUUGUUUAUUGCCUUGACAUCCGCUGGGAGGGCAUUCCACAGGGCGGGCGCCACCACCAAGAAGGCCCUCUGCCUGGUUCCCUGUAACUUGGCUUCUCGCAGUGAGGGAACCGCCAGAAGGCCCUCAGCACUGGACCUCAGUGUCCGGGCAGAACGAUGGAGGUGGAGACGCUCCUUCAGGUAUACUGGACUGAGGCCGUUUAGGGCUUUCAAGGUCAGCACCAACACUUUAAAUUGUGCUCAGAAACGUACUGGGAGCCAAUGAAGAUCUUUCAAGACCGGUGUUAUAUGGUCUCGGCGGCCACUCCCCCUCACCAGGUUCAAACCCCACCAGUGUCUCUCCCACCUGAAACCCUAAAGAAGUGCUGCCAGGUGGGGAACAGAAGGCCAGCGCACCACCGUCUCCACCUACAGGCCAAGUUUCAACACGUGGGCAAUUUUGCCCACCUGUCCAUCACCUGACAUUGCAUCUUUGUCUACCUUCCGUCUAGUGUCUCUGAGGAUCCGCUCAGCCUCUGUUUCUGUCCUUGUUGCUUGACGUUUAGCCCCCAUCCUGAGCUGUGUUGGCAUUCCCAGCCACGCCUGGCGUCAGCUGCCUGCCAGUCCCCGGAGGCCCCUUCACGGACCGCUGCUUUGCUGCCACUGAAAUGCCCCCGCCAUUUUCACUUCUGCCUGCUUUGGCGAGCACGACAGGACUUGACUUUGAGAAAGAGGGAAGGAGGGAAGCAAACGAGGGGAGAAGACAGGGCUCUCCCCUGGCACCUGCACCCGAACGCCCCUUUGUCAUGGUGCUGUCUGCAGGUUUGCCAGCAGUCCCCUCCGCCCCCCCAGCUCAUAUCAGAAUUGGAGUUUGCAAGUGGCAAUGGCAACACUUUUCCUUGGCUGAGAUCUCCGAUCGGGAGGGAGAGACAGGUCUUUCAGCGGGACUUGGGGCCAAAGCAAAGGAUGCUUAGAGUCUGUUUCAGUGUCCCAGGAACUUAGGAACCUGCCUUAUACAGAGUCAGCCCAUUGGUCCAUUCAGCUCAGUACUGCACACACUGACUGGCAGGGGCUCACCAUGCGGGGUUUCAGAAUGGGGAUAUGCCUGGCCCUGCCCUGAGAUGCCAGGGAUCAAACUUGAGUCCUCUCUGCAUGCAAGAGGCUCUACUACUGAGAUACAGCCCAUCCCCUAAAAAUAUAUCAAGAUUCUAGUCCUUAGUGAAGUAGGCAGCUUUUCUUGCUGUUGCUUCAUGCAGAAGGUACCGGAUUCAAUGCCUGCCACGUUCCAGCAGUCCACUUAAUACAGAAUUGCCAAGAUAUCUACGUAUCUAUGGGACCGCCUCUCAUGGUCUGCCCCGCAGAGGACCUUAAGGUCCAUGAAUAAUCAUAGUUUAGAGGUCCCGGGCCCUAAGGAAGUCAGAUUAUCCUUCACCAGGGCCAGGGCCUUCUUAGUGAUGGCUCCGACCUGGUGGAAUGCUCUGUCCCAUGAGACCAGGGCCCUGCAGGAUUUAACUUCCUUCCGCAGGGCCUGUAAGACAGAGAUAUUCUGCCUGGCUUUCAAUUUGAAUUUAGACUGAUCUUUUAUUCCCCUUCCUUCCCUCCCUCUCCCCUUUUUAUGAAGAUUACCUGCUCUGGGAUCCCACAGCUAAUUCUCCCCUGGUCUCCUCGCUGGCCCAAGUAGGACCAAUUCAGCCAGCUAGCCCUGGGGAUUAUCUAAUGCUUAUCAGAUGGAUUUCCCCUAAAUCGAUUUCUGAACUUUGAAUUUUAUUGUUAUUCAUGUUUUUAUACUGUAUUUUAUGCUGCUUUUACAAUUAAGUGUUUUAAAGUGUUUUAAAUUUGUUGUUAGCUGCCCUUAGCCCAGUUUUUGAACCAGGAAGGCGGGAUAUAAAUAAAUUAUUAUUAUUAUUAUUAUUAUUAUUAUUAUUAUUAGGGCCAACUCCUAUGGGCUGAGGUGUCUUCGGCCUCCUCUAUGUUGCUUAGCAGGGGACUCAACCCCCCGAACCGGGUCCCUUCCUACUCUACAAUCCUAUGAACCCUAUGAUUCCCGCAAGCUUCUCACACAGCAAACAAGAACCAGAGAGUUUUGACCCUGUCGCUCAUCUUAGCUUCCUGCCCCUGGCCUGAGGAGCAGAGAAAUGAAACCUGUCUCGCAUAAAGUAAGUUAGCAACCCCUAAUGCAUUCCUCUUCUGUAUGCCAUGAAGAGAACAAAGAUCCCUGAAGGAGACCGCACCCCACCACCAAAGUAGAAAUAUUUCUCUCUUUCCCUCGAGAGCACGGCCCACGCCCAAGCUGAGCUGUGCAUUCCUGACGAUCGGAAAAAUUGCUUUUAAAGGAUGAGAUCUGCACUCUGCAGAGCUCAGUGGGGGUUUUUUUUGGGGGGGGGACACGCCACAUACACACAAACACCCUUUACCCCUACCCAUAGGGUGAUGGUGUUAAAAUGCGAGCAUGCAAGGGCCCUGAUCCAUGGAGGUCUUUUCCCCCCCACUGCGUAUCGAACACACAGCCCACAGAGACGUCUCUGAGCGCCCGGGUUGAAGGUCAAGGGAGCGACUUGUGAAAUCAGACUGAAGUCGGGAAGCACCACUCCGAAAGCCGCUCUCGGAGCCGAAGGCCAAGCUGUCAACAAAUUAAUACGGACGAGCCGCAAGGACGCGCUUGUUCCUGAAUGCUGAUUUAGUCAUUUCUACAAAGCAGCAAACGGAUCAUGCUGUAAGAGACAUGGUGUGUGUGUGUGUGUGUGUGUGUGUGUGUGUGUGUGUGUGUGUUCAGGUGGUGAUCCUGAGGUCCGACAGCAGCAUCCGCCCUCCCACCUUGAACCAGGUGGAUGCAAGCCUGUCUUUUUUUUUGCUGAAAUCAGUAGCGCCUAGCCUUGUCCGAUGCCACCAUUAAGUAGACCUAAACAGGGUCAUUUUUACGCCAAGGACUCCCUACCAACGGCAUGUGAAUCUCCCCGCAAACCCACGCAACAAACCGCAAAACUGGGUCACUUUGCUUUUCAUGUCGGCAUUCAUUUAGACAACAUUGCUUCAUGCAUACUAAAGAAAAGACUCUUACAGUACUUUAUAUCCUGCAAGCAGCAAUUUGUACGUCUCCAGCCAAAGUCCACAAGGCCGCUCAGUGUCAUCCCAAAAGAUGAUGAUGAUGACAACAACAACAAAACAACAUAAUAAUAAUAAAUUUAUUUAUUUAUUUAUUUAUUUAUUUAUACAUACAUACCCCAACCAUCUGGCUUGGUUUCCCCAGCCACUCUAGGCGGCUUCCAACAGAAUAUUAAAAUACCUAUUAAACAUUAAAAGCUUCCCUAAAUAGGGCUGCCUUCAGAUGUCUUCUAAAAAUAGGAUAGUUGCUUAUUUCCCGCUCUGCAGUUUGCUUGGGGUGGGGGUCGCUGCAGUUGCCCUACCAGUUGCAGGAUGGCACAGAUGGGGAAUUUGUGGCCCAGCAGAAGUUAGAAUAGAAUAGAAUAGAAUAGAAUUUAUUAUUUAUGCCCCGCCCAUCUGGCUGGGUUUCCUCAGCCACUCUUGGCAGCUUCCAACAAAGUAUUAAAAUACAGUGGUCUGUUAAACAUUAAAAGCUUCGCUAAACAGGACUGCCUUCAGAUGGCUUCUAAAGGUCUGGUAGUUGUUUUUGUCUUUGACAUCUGACGGGAGGGAUUUCCACAGGGUGGGUGCCAUUACCGAGAAGGCCCUCUGCCUGGUUCCCUGUAACUUCGCUUCUUGCAGCGAGGGAACCGCCAGAAGGCCCUCGGAGUUGGACCUCAGUGUCCGGGCAGAACGAUGGGGGUGGAGACGCUCCAUCAUCAUCAUCAUCAUCAUCAUCAUCAUCAUGUUUAUAUGCUGCCCAUCUGAAGGGAUUUCCCUAGCCACUCCGGGCAGCUCUCAACAAAAUAUUAAAAAUAGCAAAACAUCAAAGAUUAAAGUCUAGGCAUUAAUUUAAUUUAAUUUGGUUUCUUUUUUAAAAAAGUAUUUUUAUUGAAUUUCCAACAUAUUAUUAUUAUUAUUAUUAUUAUUAUUAUUAUUAUUAUUAUCCUCCCACCCUUUCCCUAAACUGGAACUCAAGGCUGCUCGCAAAAAUUAAAUACAAACAAAAAUGCACAUAGCUAAAAACACGCAGAAGAUCAUUGCUAAAAUGUAAAUGAACUCAAAAUUAAAAUAUAUAUUGAAAAAUCAGUUCUAUUACAAUACAGAUAAUAAAAACAGCAAAGUGCUGCUUGAAAGCCCUUUCCUUAAAAAACAGCCUGUUCUCAAAGGCCUGUUGGAACAAGGAGGUCUCCACCUGCCAGCAGAAGAAUAGCAAGGAGGGAGCCAGUCUGGCUUCUCUAGGGAGCAGCCACCAAGAAGGCCCUCUCCUGCCUCCCCACUAAGAAUGCCUGUGAGGGUGCUGGCGACAGAGCGAAGGGCCUCCCCGGAAGAUCUCAGAGCCCGCUAGAGGUUCAUAUGGGAGAAUAUGGUCUUUAAGAUUGUUGUUGUUUAGUCGUUUAGUCGUGUCCGGCUCUUUGUGACCCCCUGGACCAGAGCACUCCAGGCACUCCUGUCUUCCACUGCCUCCCGCAGUUUGGUCAAAGUCAUGCUGGUAGCUUGGAGAACACUGUCCAACCAUCUCGCCCUCUGUCGUCCCCUUCUCCUUGUGCCCUCCAUCUUUCCCAACAUCAGGGUCUUUUCCAGGGUGUCUUCUCUUCUCAUGAGGUGGCCAAAGUCUUGGAGCCUCAGCUUCAGGCUCUGUCCUUUCAGUGAGCACUCAGGGCUGAUUUCCUUCAGAAUGGAGAGGUUUGAUCUUCUUGCAGUCCGUGGGACUCUCAAGAGUCUCCUCCAGCACCAGAAUUCAAAAGCAUCCAUUCUUCGGCGAUCAGCCUUCUUUGUGGUCCAGCUCUCACUUCCAUACAUCACUACUGGGAAAACCACAGGCAUUUCUCUCAUAGUGAAUACAGCUGCAAGGAGUUGCAGAGAAGUUCUAAGGCAAAUAGCACACACAAUUUUAUCAAUUUCACUCCCAUACGUCUCUUCGGAAGUUGCAUGUGUUUGUGGUGGUCUUUGGGUUUGAUCAUCCCUACGCAAGUGAAAGAUGAAGGGUUGCCAAGCUGCGUGGUCUUGAGCAGGGGUCAGCAAACUUUUUCAGCAGGGGGCCGGUCUACUGUCCCUCAGACCUUGUGGGGGGCCAGAUUAUAUUUUUUUUGGGGGGGGAAUGAACGAAUUCCUAUGCCCCACAAAUAACCCAGAGAUGCAUUUUAAAUAAAAGGACACAUUCUACUCAUGUAAAAACACGCUGAUUCCCAGACCGUCCGCGGGCCAGAUUGAGAAGGCGAUUGGGCGUUUCUUUGUUCUGGCUCCAGCCAACCUAGCAGUUCAAAAGCACACCAGUGCAAGUAGAUAAAUAGGUACCACCGUGGUGGGAAGGUAAACGGCGUUUCCAUGCGCUCUGGUUUCCUUCACGGUGUCCCAUUGCGCCAGAAGCGGGUUAGUUAUGCUGGCCACAUGUCCCGGAAAACCUGUCUGUGGAUAAAUGCCUGCUCCCUCGGCCUGAAAGCGAGAUGUGCGCCGCAACCCCAUAGUCACCUUUGACUGGACUUAACCGUCCAGGGGUCCUUUACUUUUAUCUUUUACAUUAGUCUCUUGGGGGCUUCUCUUCUUUCCAAUCCAAGGAGUCCAUUUCAGGCCUGACGCUUGUGUUCCUCGCCUCCUAGUUGGUGAUGAUGUUCAGCAUGUGCCAGGGGAUGGGAGAAGGCCCUGAUUCCCCCCCUUUUUGCUUGUCCUCCUUUUAAGUAUUCUUCCCAUCGUCAACAAUUUUUAUGACGGCCCUCCUGCACAACAGGGAGCAAUUAAAGUCUGCCUGCAGCCCUGCUUUCUGUUGUUGUCUCUGAUCUGGGACCGUUGCAGCUGAACCUGGUUCACGUUCCUUAAUAUUCUGAUCCAGUGCUUUCCCCGUGGCUGGCUCACGUCGGGAGCGGAUCUGCCAGCUUAGUGUGGCUGAGCUGCCUAUCUCCCUUCCUCCUUGCAGCCGAGAGAGAGAAAGAGGCUGCGUAGAAUAUCAGCACUGGUUGCUCAUCCAAGGUUGAGAAUGGCAGGUUUGCUGAGAGCCCAUUGCAACCUGUAUCUGCCCUAUACAGUGGUACCUUGGGUUACAUACGCUUCAGGUUACAUAUGCUUCAGGUUACAGACUCGGCUAACCCAGAAAUAGUACCUCGGGUUAAGAACUUUGCUUCAGGAUGAGAACAGAAAUCGUGCUCCGACGGCGCGGCAGCAGCAGGAGGCCCCAUUAGCUAAAGUGGUGCUUCAGGUUAAGAACAGUUUCAGGUUGAGAACGGACCUCCGGAACGAAUUAAGUACUUAACCCAAGGUACCACUGUACCUUGGGUUACAGACGCUUCAGUUUGCGUGUUUUCGGGUUGCGCACUGCGCCGAACCCGGAAAUAAUGGAACGGGUUAAUUUGAGGUUUGGGCACUCACGCAUGUGCAGAAGCACUAAAUCAUGCUUUGCGCAUGCGCAGAAGCGCCGAAUCGCAACCCGCACGUGCGCAGACGCAACGCUGUGGGUCGCAAACGUGCCUCCCGCACGGAUCACGUUCUCAACUCAAGCAUCCACUGUACUGGAGUUGGCUUGCUGGUCAGUUAGGCAGCCAUGAUGACCAUCCAUUACAGGUUUGGGGGAUAUUUUUCAAGGUCUAGGUGGAAAUUUGCCUCCCUCUCCUGCAUUGCCAGUGAAAGUUGCCUAGAGGCCACAUUUGCAUGGUGAAGAUCUGUGUCUUAGACAAUGUAAUUCAGCAGGCUGGCGUCCUUCUACAUGCAAAAGAGAUGCUCUGUGGCUGAGCUGUGACCCUUAGGGUGGUACAUAGCACACAGGGCUUAAAUAGUCUCACAGUUCCUGGCACCCUUCGCCACCCCAGUUCCCUUCUAGGAAAGGAACAAGGAGCAAUGGAACCCAGGCCAGGCGUUCAUGUGCCUUUGUAGAUUCUAAAGAGGCUUACAGGUGCCUGUCUGGGGCACAAAAUUCCAGCGUUCUCCAUAACUUCCAAGCAGUCAGUAACUCUUCAAUUUUUUUGCACACUUAAUUUUUAUGACUUAGCUAGCAUUUCUGAGAUUUGUUCUAUCAGCAAAUAGGCGAUUGCGUCGCAGACUGCUCUCCUUUGUUUUGCUGAUUUUGGACUAUUCCUGUUUGCAUUGCAAUCAUGAGGAUGAUGAUGAUGAUGAAGAAGAAGAUGAUCAUGUUGUGAUUUACUCCCAAUUCUGUCAGAAACGGAAGUGGGUUGCUUGUCCAUCAGAGGUCUGGAAUGGAAAUAGCGAAAGCGAAAAAUGAGUAGUAUUCACCUUUGAGGGGUUUUUUUUGUAGCCUGCAACAGUUACAUAAAUGAUUGUGUUAUUUACUGCAUUGCUUUGACAUUUCCAUUCUGUUGAAGCACACUGAAAUUAAUUCCAUAAUUACGUAAGUUUCAGCCAUAGCAGAAAAGUGAGAUGAAUAACAUAGGAGGUUUUUAGUGGAAGCUGAACUGUGGUGGAACAUAAGCAGCACUGAUUGCAAUGAACUCAGGACAGGACAGAAACUGCUUCCUCUGCACAGCCUUAACUCCCAGGUUCUGUGAACUUUCUGCUGGCUGACAGGAGAAAGGGGCGUUAAACCAACAGCUUUACUGACCAGAGGCCUAAACAGCGAGGUUUUUCACCUAGCGUUUGAAGGCCAGCAGUGCGGGUUCCAGGUUCAUUGGAAAGGGAGUUCAGGGCCAAGGCAACCACCAUAGAAAAAUCCUUCCUGCAUGUCCCACCAAAUGAAGUGUUCCUAGCAGAGGAACUCUUAAGAAGUGCCUUCCCGGGCAACCUAAAUUUGUGGGCAGCCUCAUCGGGGGGGGGGGGGAGGCGCUCCAUCAAGUACCAUAUUUUUUGCUCUAUAAGAUGCACCAGACCACAAGACGCGCCUAGUUUUUGGAGGAGGAAAACAAGAAAAAAAAAUAUUCUGAAUCUCAGAAGCCAGAACAGCAAGAGGGAUAGCAGUGCAGUGAAAGCAGCAAUCCCUCUUGCUGUUCUGGCUUCUGGGAUAGCUGCGCAGCCUGCAUUCGCUCCAUAAGACGCACACACAUUUCCCCUUACUUUUUAGGAGGGAAAAAGUGAGUCUUAUAGAGCAAAAAAUAUGGUAUUUAGGUCCCAAGUCAAUCAGGGCUUUGUACCCUUUUAGUUUCCUUGCCAACAACCCUGAGCGAAGAAGCCGAGAGAUUGUCUCGAUCUGUCACUAAGGCGUCCCCAUCCACCCAUUCUAUUCCCUGGAGCAUGUGAAAUAAUAAUAAUAAUAAUAAUAAUAAUAAUAAUAAUAAUAAUUUAUUUGUUUAUACCCCAGCCACUCUAGGCAGCUUCCAACAAAAUAUUAAAAUACCAUAAUGCAUCAAACAUUAAAAGCUUCCCUAAACAGGGUUGCCUUCAGAUGUCUUUUAAAAGUCUGGUAGUUGUUGUUCUCUUUUACAUCUGGUGGGAGGACGUUCCACAGGGCAGGCGCCACCACCGAGAAGGCCCUCUGCCUGGUUCCCUGUAACUUGGCUUCUUGCAGUGAGGGAACCGCCAGAAGGCCCUCGGAGCUGGACCUCAGUGUCUGGGCUGAACGAUGGGGUAAAGACACUCCUUCAGGUAUACUGGACUGAGGCUCUUUAGGGCUUUCAAGGUCAGCACCAACACUUUGAAUGGUGCUCGGAAACGCACUGGGAGCCAAUGUAGGUAUUAUGUGGUCCCAGCAGCCGCCCCCAGUCACCAGUCUAGCUGCCACAUUCUGGAUUAGUUGGAGUUUCCGGAUCACCUUCAACGGUAGCCCCACAUAGAGCGCAUUGCAGUAUUCCAAGCGGGAGAUAACCAAAGCAUGCACCACUCUGGCAAGACAGUCUGGGGCAGGUAGGGUCUCAGCCUGCGUUAAGAACAACAAUGGUGCAGUGCUUUUCCGGUCAUCCUUUUCAUGUCUUUGAAAAUGGGAGACGUGAGCAGUACUGGCUCUGCUCCUUUUUGGCCCUAUCACAUUUCCUCUCAGAGGUCAAUUUUGUUUGCGCUGGAUUGCCUGCGCACGUGCUGGGGGGGGGGGCGGGAGCUGAAUCAUUUGGCCUCCCUUUCGGCAGCAUUCAGAGGUUGCUGCUUCGCUCCUUCGAUGCGACCUUCCUUCUGCUGCGAGCAGGGCCCUAUCGCAUGGCCAGAUCCAUGCAGAUAUCGUGCAACAGCCAUGGGGAGGGUCUUUCCGGCUGGCAUGGCCGGUCCAGGGCUGCUGGGGAUCACUCUGCCCCCUCCUCUGGUUUUGCAGCCUGCACAGCAAAUCUCAGAGCAAAAUCCACAGGGCCAGCAGAGCGUUGCUGGGGGCAGACGAGCCGCCACAUGCCUGCUUUCCGAAGGCUGACGGAUGCCUUCCUCGCCUGACCUUGAUGCUCGUCCUUUUAGAAAUCCCCUGAGCAAUCUUGUGCGCCUUUCUGUGGGUCUUCGCCAUCCAUUUUCAUUCAGCUUUUCCUAAUCUGUUGACGUUCAGCUGGGACACAUCGUGACCCAAAGUGGAUUGAAUCUCUGGCGCCAUUGUUCGUUGCCCCUUCGCUACACGCCACCUCAAUCUCCCAAGCGUUGUGAGACUUGUUUUAUUUUUAAUAUUUUUUGUUUUGCUUUUAGACUUCUAUACUGCCCUUCAUCGUAAGAUUUCAGGGCGAUUCACAAGAUAAAAGUAUAAGGUAAAAGCACAAAUAAAUAAUUCAAACCAAAACAUCAAAACAAUGACAACAAUCCCCCCUCCCACAAACACCAUGGAAAGGCUGCAGAUUUUUAAUCAGCUAGCUGAUUUCAGGUGCUUACCUAGGAAGCCACCAAUGUAGGGGGACCAUCACAUAUAUCGUUCAAGGGGGAGCUCCAUGUCACCACCCUGGGGAAAACCCUGUCCAUGUCAAUGCUGUCAGAGGUACCUCAAGAAGGGCUGUCCCCUGCAGAUUGCGGAGCCGGAGAAGGCAGGAAUAGGAGUAGGCAGCCCCUUAAGUAUUUGGGUCCUAAAGCACCUUGAAUUGGGCCUGGCAGCAAACAGGCAGUCAGUGCAACUCCCAAAGGAAAGGUGCACCUCCACUCUCAACUUCAGUUUAUUAGCUCCCAUCCAACCUGUUGCUGCCCUAAGUGAACAAGAUCUGCAGUUGCCUGUUGCGUAUUUAAUUUUAUAAUGUGGCCCAGCAUUGCGGGGCUCAGGGGACAGAGAGCCAAGUACGGGUGGCCAAAAUUAAAAGGAGGCCCUGGACCCCUUUGGAAGGAAGGGAGGGAACAGAAAAUGAAUGAAUGCUUGAAUGCCUUGUUGCUGUUUGGAAUAAAAUCUUCCCGCUCCACCUGAAAAAAUGUCCCAAAGAAAAGGUUUGUUUUGCUAAAGGAAGCACCCCGAUUAUCACACCUAAUGCAUUUUGUGCAUAAUCGCUCUUAAGCAGAGGCAAUGAAGAAACGGCCUCAACGUUGCAAUUUAACCAUUAAAUCACCACAUUUAUACCUUUAAUAUGGCAUUCACUGCCGUGAGAAGAGGGCCUGCGGGAGCUGCGAUUCAAAGAUUCGAUUAGCGUUGGCAGUUGCCAAGUGUAACCAAAACUGCACACUUAGGAUUUUGCUUAACCUUUGACAGCGGCAAGCACUCGGAGGCCGCUGUGGUUAGGCGUUUCCUUAGUCGCCUGACCACUCUUUUUUACGUGAACACAUAUGCCUUUUAACAAGGCAUUCUGUGUGUUGCAUCAACACUCACACGUUUUGUGGAGCAAUGGUUCUGUUUUAUCUUUGGAGUAAAUCCUGUGUUUUGGAAGGGGAGGGCUAUAGCUCAGGGGCUCAUGCAACCAGACCGUGCCCUCCACUGUCUCUGACCGCAGCAGGUUCUGCACCCCAUCUCUUGCACUACUGCAAUGCGCUCUACGUGGGGCUACCUUUGAAGGUGACCUGGAAAUUGCAAUUAAUCCAGAAUGCGGCAGCUAGACUGGUGACUGGGGGCGGCCGCUGGGACAACAUAACACCGGUCCUGAGAGAUCUGCAUUGGCUCCCAGUACGUUUCCGAGCACAAUUCAAAGUGUUGGUGCUGACCUUGAAAGCCCUAAACGGCCUUGGUCCUGUAUACCUGAAGGAGUGUCUCCACCCCCAUCAUCCAGCCCAGACACUAAGGUCCAGCUCCGACGGCCUCUGGCGGUUCCUUCAUUGUGAAAAGUGAGGUUACAGGGAACCAGGCAGAGGACCUUCUCGGUAGUGGCGCCCGCCCUGUGGAACGCCCUCCCAUCAGAUGCCAAGGAAAUAAGCAGCUAUCUUAUCUUUAAAAGACAUCUGAAGGCAGCCCUGCUUAAGGAAGUUUUUAAUGUUUAAUGCUGUAUUGUUUUUAACACUCGGUUGGGAGCCGCCCAGAGUGGCUGGGGAAACUCAGCCAGAUGGGCGGGGUAUGUAUAAAUAAUAAAUAAAUAAAUAAAUAAAUAAAUUAUUAUUAUUAUUAUUAUUAUUAUUAUUAUUAUUAUUGCUGCUGCUGCUUGCCACCCUCCAGCUUCCGCUGUCUGAGGCAAUCACCUCACUCUGCCCAACAGCAGGGACAGGCAUGGAAGUGCAGGAGGGCUUGUGGUUCCAGGCCAGAGCUUCUCCUUUGUGUGCAGGAGACACGCCCCCCCCCCCGGUUCAAUCCCUGGCACGUUUCCACCGACAACAGCGCAUGGUGUGAGCCACCUGUGAGCUCUAGAAAGCCCCGGAGUUCUCUUGCCAUGCGCAGAGGCUCCUUCGCAGACACGCAGGGUCUUGCCUGCAGGCAGGUCGAUGGAAAGUAGCGUCUAAUCCUAAGAUGGAGAGUCCGAAAGCCACUCUUCCCAGAAUUUUGGCAGGGCCAUCCAAGCGAGUUAAUGCCAUGGUGCAAAGAUCACGAGAUUAUAAUUAUUUCUGCGCAUGAAAUAUUAAUUGGGAGCGGGAUGGAAAAUCUCUGGUUCCACGGCAAACUCCAAUUAAGAGUCAGAGUUCCUCGCUUGAGGAGAUGCCACUGGAAUAGCAAUGGUGAGGAGCUGAUAGGAACCAGGAGCCAGAGUGUCAAGGGCGACUUUCCUCCUUUCUUCCUUUUAAUAUUAUUUUCAUUCCUGCUGAAUGUGAAUUUUGCUGAACCUAAAAGUGCACGGACGGGGAAUAUGGGUCUGCUUUCCUAAAGGUCAGGAGUCUUUCCGUAUGCAGCUGUGGCGAGUGCCUUGCCAAAUACAAGGUGGUUCUUUUAAAAUGAGAUUCAGAGGUAAUACAAAACACAAGUGGGCGAGAAGAUUAAAGAUGCUAUUUUAAACAGCAAACAAUAUAUACAUACCAAGCACGCAUUUCAAUCUGCCACUUAGAAGCCCUCCCUCAAGAAGUGGAGAAGUGACUCCCCCAGGUAGCUUCAGUUUGCAGGGCCCCACGGCCAGAUCAGUCUGUGCAUGAGCUUCUCAGAAGUUUUGCCCACAGCCAUCCAAUUUAUAGAUAGCUAGAUACAUGCAGAUUAUUCAUUAGUCACUCCCUGUCAAUGCCUCCCUUUCUUAAAACAAUGUCCAACAUCCAAGAAGAUACCCAUCACUAUCUCUUCCUCCUAACUGAUUAGGACAUUAUAGGCUGCUCUCAUGCCAUCAAAGAACUUCAGAGACAAGGAGAGGAAGGAAGGAAGGAAGGAAGAGGACAACCAUGUCAGGUCACUGACUCCUUGAUAUACAGUUUUUCUUCCACAUAGAUUGCCCAUACAGUGGGUGGCGUGGCGUGUCCUUCUUCUCCUUCCAGCAAAAGACUUUCCUGGCUAGGCUGGGGUGAGCGACGGAAGAGCAACCAUGUUUGCCUCUGGCGAAUGGUCCUUCCAGCAAAUUCUGCAUGCCUUGUACCACGUCCAUCGGUCGUCUUAAGUUUCUGGGUACACGUUUGCAGGUUUGGGGCUGGAGAGGACAGGACUUUGCCAUUGUAACUCCAUGGGGACAGCAUUGACUCCUGGGCCUCGGAGCCUUCAGGUACAGAAGAGGACAGAUCAGUGUUUUGUUGGCCGCUGCACACAGCAGGUCUUGGGCUCAGUCUGUGACAUCUCCAGUCAAAAGGAUCUCAGGCCUGGAAAAUGUAGGGCAGGAGUAGCCAUGGGGUUCAGACAUGGCGCAGAACCCCAUGAGCAAAAGGAACAUGCAUUGGCAUCUGGGUUGGCUAUCAAAUGCAUUCUCAUGUCUGCUGGAGAUCUGUGUCCUGUUGUACUAACUCCAGGUAAUUAUAUUAGGAAUGGUAAAGGUAAAGGGUAAAGGGACCCCUGACCAUUAGGUCCAGACGCAGACGACUCUGGGGUUGCGGUGCUCACUUUAUUGGCCGAGGGAGCCGAUGUAGAGCUUCCGGGUCAUGUGGCCAGCAUGACUAAGCCGCUUCUGGUGAACCAGAGCAGCGCACGGAAACGCCGUUUACCUUCCCGCCGGAGCGGUACCUAUUUAUCUACUUGCACUUUGACGUGCUUUUGAACUGCUAGGUUGGCAGGAGCAGGGACCGAGCAACGGGAGCUCACCCCGUCGUGGGGAUUCGAACCACCGACCUUCUGAUUGGCAAGUUCUAGGCUCUGUGGUUUAGACCACAGUGGCACCCACGUCCCGUUAGGAAGAAGAGUUUGGAGAGUUUGGAUUUGAUAUCCCACCUUUCCCUCCCUUUAAGGAGUCUCAAAGCGGCUAACAUUCUCCUUUCCCUUCCUUCCCCACAACAAACACUCUGUGAGGUGAGUGGGGCUGAGAGACUUCAAAGAAGUGUGACUGGUCCAAGGUCACCCAGCAGCUGCAUGUGGAGGAGCGGAGACGCGAACCCGGUUUCCCAGAUUACGAGACUACCGCUCUUAACCACUACACCACACUGGCUGUUGGUGGUCCUUUAUUACUAGCCUUCGAAUGGCCCCAUCUGGUGGAGAUAAGCCCCUGGUGCUUUUCUGCCUUCAGUCUGGGUGAGUGGAAGUUCCUGCACCUGUUACCUGCAUAUUUGGCUGGAGGUAGACCAGAGAUCUGCUGGUAUAUCUCUACUCAGAGAUUAGCAGGAGAUUAGCAAGGAUCUCCCAAGAUCCCCUAAGCCUGACGUUUGCCCUGUCCUGCCAUUGACUAACCUCACAUUUACAUCUCCAUAGCCAUAGAUCCCACCCACACAUCAGUUGAUUCCAGUUCCUUGAUGCUUACUGUUUCUUCAAUUUCCCUUUUCCCCUUUGAGGUGAGCACUCAACUAAUGUGGAGCAUUGGUAGCAGUUUUGAUUCAGGAUGAAUCAUGGAGCCACUUGACCACUUGAUCUACAAGUGUUGCUUCCCCUGUACAUCUUGCAGAUGCUUCAACAUCUCCCCAGAUUGCUGUGUGCCAAGUUCUGAAAAGACCCUCAAAAUAAGGAUGCUCUGAUCUGCGCACACUGUAAUAUUGUGUGCCCCAAACAAAGCCCACUGUGUCCCUCUUGGUUUUGUGUAUGUUCACCAGUGCUGUAAAAUAGUAAGAAUAUUUUCAGAACUUCUUGUCGCUGCUUGACUAACCAUUCUUCAGGGACUAACUUGGCUUUAAGAUUCUGAAAAGUUCUGGUUUAGGAAGGUCUUACUUCUUGCCAUAUCUGAAAAACUCACUCGUUCUUUAUGAGCUUCCAGGGGUGAAGCCAAACCUCCAGACUACGCAGCUACGUGGCAUUGUUUCACAACUUAUGUCAAAAGGCAAACUUUAUGGCUGACGUGUUCUUGCAAAGUAUGGUGAUAUCUUGACUUGGUUGUAAUCCGGAACUUAUUACCGUCCACUCCGCUGUGCUUCUGUGGAACCAAAAUCUUAUUAUUCGUAACAUUGCUUUUAUCUCUCUGCCACAAUCAUUUCUCCAAUCCACAUCUCUUAAGUUGUGGACCAUAUGACGUGAAACCGGCAAGCCACUGUUUGUUUCUGUACCUCUCAGGCGUUUGCAUUGUUAUACCGUGUUUUUCGCUCCAUAAGACGCACCUAGAUUUUAGAGGAGGAAAACAAGAAAAAAAUAUAUAUUCUGAACGAAAUAGUGGAUGUAUGAUUUUUGUGGUUCAUGCUGUGGCCACAGACAUGUGAUUUGACAGUGAGUUUAGGGUAGCCCAAUGCAAAAAUCCUGAGAAUCCAUGUGGAUCCGUGCUUUGUAACCACGUUUUUGUGCCAUUGCGGCCCCACGAAACAGUGGAUGCAUGGGGUUUUUUGUGUGCAGGCUGUAGCCAUGGAUAUGCUAUGAGAGCUGAUGGUGAAUUUGGGGUGACCCAAUGCAAAAAAUCCUGAGGAUCCAUGGGCUUUUACCUCCCCCCUCCCAGGCAGCCUCUUUUAUUGCUAGCGUCCCUUAUCUCCCUCCCCAAUUGCUUGCUGAUCAGCGGCUUUGUUUCAACACCCACUUCCCUCUUUCAAAAAAAAAAAAAGCAUGAUCUGCUUUUCACCCCUGGGCAAUUCGGCUCCAGGGAACACGCAUCCACUCCAUAAGACGCACAGACAUUUCCCCUUACUUUUUAGGAAGAAAAAUGUGUGUCUUAUGUAGCGAAAAAUACGGUAGGUAAUGAAAUACGUUUUAUUUAUAUAUAUAUAUAUAUAUAUAUAUGCAAAAAUAUAAAGGUGCUUUCAUUGUUCCUGCUUCUGACAGCUGCCUUGUGUUCUGCCUCUCCUUGUCCCAGGGCAUCAUCUCUCCGGUGGAACACGGGGACCAAGGAGCGGAUGCUCAUCAAGGUGACGGACCGUGAGCCCAGCUUCCUCAUGCACCAGGGCAACGGCUACACCCCCGACAACCAGCAGGGCACGCGGUCGCGCCGGCCCUCGGGCGGCCAGCCGUCCCCCAACCUCCAGACUUUUGCCCCCGACUCGGACAACUCUGUCUUCUUCCCGGAGAGGAAGCAGUCACCCUUUCUGAAGCGGGCCGAGCACGUCGGCAGCUGCUCCCCGCUACUGGGGCGCGGCGACUCCUUCUGCUCCCCGCUCCAGGCCCAGCACCGCAAGCACUCCAGCGAGUCGCAGCCGUCGUCUCCACGCUAUGCCUACGAGCCGCCCUUGUACGAGGAGCCGCCCAUGGAGUACCAGGCUCCUAUCUACGACGAGCCGCCCGUGGACAUGCAAUUUGAGGCCAGCGGGAGCUACAAGGCCGGCUCUCCGCAGAAGUCCCCGAUCCGCAAGCCGCACCCUUUCCUGCAGUCACCCAAGCAGGGCUCCAACUCCCCCUACCAGCAGCUGGUCCUGACCAAGCAGAAGGGGCCCGACCGCUUCAUGAGCCUGGAGUACAGCCCCGCCGGCAAGGAGUAUGUCCGGCAGCUGGUCUACGUCGAGCAGUCGGGCUCCAGCCCCAAGAUGAAGACCGGCUUGCGGCACAAAUACUCGCCGAACCCCAUCGGCGGCUCCUACUCUCUCCAGCACAGCCCUUGCCUGGUGAGGGACCAGCGGCUGGAGGUCAAGUCCGGCGACUACAGCAGCAUGGAAGGGGCGGACUUCCGGCACAGCCCGCCCGUCUCGCAGGGGGACGAUUCCAUGUCGUGGUCCAGCCAGCACAACACCAUGUCCUCCACCGGCUACUCGCCCGGCACGCGCAAGAGGAAAAGCCGGAAGCCGUCGCUCUCGUACGACCCCAACGCCUCCUCCACCGACGGCUCGGGCGAGCGGGAGGAAGGGCUGUCGGAGGAGAGGGCGCCCUCGGGCUGCAGCCGGCCCCAGAUGAACCGCAUGGAGAGCCGCUCAGUGGAGGCCGAGUCGACCCGGGGCUUCCCCGAGCCCUUCCUGGCCCAGGCCCGGCUGGCGUGGGAGGCCCAGCAAGCCCACUACCACAUGCGGCAGAGGAGCAGCUGGGACUCGCAGAAGGACGGCUCGGGCUACGAGAGCGACGGAGCGGUGCCCCUCCCCAUGCCAGGGCCCGUGGUGCGGGCCUUCAGCGAGGAUGAGGCGCUGGCCCAGCAGGAGAACAAGCACUGGAAGCGAAACACCUUCGAGAAGCUCGGCUUCCCCCAGAUCCUGCUGGAGAAGAGCGUGUCGGUGCAGACCAACCUGGCAUCGCCCGAGCCGUACCUGCAUCCGUCCCAGGUGAGGCGCUGGUGUUUCAGGUGCCCCUUUCAGGAAGGGUCCGUCUUGGGAGCAAAUCGUCCCUCUGAUGAUGAGGGAGAGUAGGAAACAUUUAAGAAGGAUUUAUUUGGGGAUCGGAUUAGGAAUCAGUCUUUUACAGAGUCAGACUAUUGUUUCAUUAGCUUAGUAUAGUCUGCACUGACCGGCAGUGUCUGCCUCCAGGGUUUCAGGUAGGGGACGUUCCCGGCUGUACCUGGAGAUGCCGGCAGGGAUUGAAUUUGGGCUAUUCUUUGCCCUUGUGCUCCAAUCCUGAUUUUGAAACUACUAUAUUUGGCAUCCUUGAACUAACGCUAUAGAAGAGUUGCUGUCUCCAGUCUGAGUUGUAUUGGUAUUGCUCGGUGUCCUUUGGGGGACGCGACAUAGCUCAGUGAUAGGGCCUCUGCUUUGCCUGCAGAGGGUCCCGGGUUCAAUUCCUGGUGUCUCCAGGGAUGCCUGAAACCCUGGAGAGCCACUGCGAAUCGGUCUUGGCAAUGCUGAGUUAGAUGCAUUGCAGGGGGUUGGACUAGAUGUCCCUUGGGGUCCCUUCCAUCUCUACAGUUCUGUGGUUCUUUUGUAUCACCAGUCAUCUGAUUCUGCAUCAGGCAGCUUCCUAUGUUCAGCCCCUUUGGCUUCUGCUGCUUCUGAGUAUCUUUCGUCAUCUUUGACCCUCACCUGCCUACAGUUUCUGCUUAACCCAUUUCCUGUGCUGGCCUAUGUCAAUUUAUCCGUGAUACCCAUAAACCAAACUGUUUCUCCAGGCAAUCGCAUUCAGCAGCAGCCAGAGCAAUGAGAGCUGAGGGCCUGAUCCACCAGGCUGUUCUUACGUCCUUAGGUUAUUUGCUAAAAAACUGGAGACCUGCUUUCAUUGAUGCCUCUGGUUUACAUUUUACGGCUAGAUAACCCUUGGGGUCCCGUCCAAACUCUACAAUUCUAGAAUUCUGAGAUGUUUGCUCUAUUAAACCACCAAACCAACCCCUCUCCUUGAAGCUGCUUGGUCUUCCAGCAAUCAAGAGAUGAUGCUGAGCUAAAGGCAAGGCUGGUGGAGCCAGCUGGUCUGUCCAGUCCCCCCAGAUGCUUUAAGACAGGUUGCAAAUCUUGUGGCCUCCCCAGAUGUUGUUCAACAGCUGCCCCCAUCAUUGCUGACCAUGGGCAAUCCCCCUACCUGGGGGAUGAUAGGAGUUGGGGGUCCAGCAACAGGUUAGGUGCUACACAGUCUGGCUUCACGGAGAUCUUUUGACUUGUUAGAGCAAGUCAAAAGUCUACCAAUUGAUGGAUUGACUUGGAGGUCCCGGGCCACAGGGAGGUUAGGCUGGCCUCAACCAGAGCCAGGGCGUUUUUGGCUGUGGCCCCGACUUGGUGGAACGCUCUGUCACAAGAGACUAGGGCCCUGCGGGACUUGACAUCUUUCCGCAGGGCCUGCAAGACAGAGCUGUUCCACCAGGCCUUUGGCCAAGGCACAGUCUGACCCCCUCCUUCUGUAAUCCUCAUGGAACUCUAGCCCAAUGGUUGCUAUUAAUUUGAUUCUGGUUUAAAAUGAAUUGAUUUUAGAAUGCCGUGUUACUUUUAUUGUUGUUAGCCGCUCUGAGCCCGGCUUCGGCUGGGGAGGGCGGGAUAUAAAUAAAUAAAUUAUGAUGAUGAUGAUGAUGAUGAUGAUGAUGAUGAUGCCCCAUAGCAGAUUCUCCAGUGAGCUUGGAGAUGCACCAAGUCCAUCUGCCCAAACCCCAGCCAGUGUUUAUCUGACGUUGCGCUCGUAUAAGGCUUUCUUAGCUGACGCACAGUAUACUAACAAUUCAAAUUGGGGAACGACGGGCCUCUCGAUGUUUUUUCCUCUGUGAAGAACGCCCUUUUGAACGCACGCCUCUCUCUUUCCUCCCCCCCCCCCCGAUUUUCUUUUAUUUCAUUCUAUAAUAAGAGAGAGCAGCUAUGGCAACAGAUAAAAAUUAAAAGAUGAGAAGCAAGACUGUGAGAUAGGGCUGCAGGAUGAUUAACCAAGCCAAGUGUGGCGCUUAAGCGAAGCUUGCCAGGGUAUCGAAAUCUUAGGUUUUGAACCGCGUCCUGGGGUUUUUCACUUCUGAUCUUGGAAGCGCUGAGCAGCUGACAUUUACACACACACACACGGAAAAAUAGCUGGAAAGUAUUUUGAUUCUGGGAAAUGAAAGGCUUUGUGUGAAUAACAUAGUGGGGAGAGGAUUUCAAAGAAACUCGGAUGAGUCAUACUUUGAGCAGGCUGGUGCUCUGCGUUGCAUCAAGGGGCCCGUUCUGAUCUCCCUCUCUCCCUUUCUCUCUCUCCCUCUAAUUCAUAAAGGCACCCUGGAAGGGGCUUCCGAAACAAAUUUCAAUCUCUGUUUGUUCAUUUGAAUCUGCUCUUUCUAAAGGGGGGGGCGUUCUCCCCUUCCUCUCUACGCCAGGCAAUCCAAACCCUUGGGGGAAACGAUUCUCUGCUCAGCAGCCUGGUGUUGCUGGGAGAUGGAGAUUCAGAAGACGAAAUCCGAGCUGCAGAAAUAGAGGGCUUGAAGACCCCCCUCCCCUCAACCUGCCCCCCCCCGGCCUGUUUAACAUGGGCUGUCAAAUAUCAUCCCAAGCAGGGAAGGUUCCUUCCUUGGCUCAGACUUCAAGGGAUAAAGGGGCAGGGUUCGAAGCUCAGUGUUUUGCAUGCAGAGAUGUCCCCGGUUCUGUUCUUGCCACCUCCAGUUGAAGGGACCUGGGAGGAAGCCAUUCGACAGAUUCACUUUGGCUCAGGUCUUGGAAGAGCUGCUGCCGGUCCGAGCAGGCAGCAUUGGGAUAGGCGGACCAAUUCUCUGAUCUGGGGUAAGGAAGCUUCCCUUGUUCCUAGGGCUACUAAAGGAAGAGAGCUCUGUAAUAAUAAUAAUAAUAAUAAUAAUAAUAAUUUAAUUUAUAUCCCACCCUCCCCAGCCGAAGCCGGGCUCAGAGCGGCUAACAGCAAUAAAAGUAACACAGCAUUCUAAAAUCAGUAUUCUAAAAUCAAUUCAAAAUCAAAUGGCAGCCACUGGGCCAGAGUUCUACGAGGAUCGCCAAAGGAGGGGGUCAGACUGUGCCUUAGCCAAAGGCCUGGUGGAACAGUUCUUUCUUGCAGGCCCUGUCAAGUCCCUCAGGGCCCUAGUCUCUUGUGACAGAGCGUUCCACCAGAUCGGGGCCACAACCGAAAAAGCCCUGGCUCUGGUUGAGGCCAGCCUAACCUCCCUGUGGCCCGGGACCUCCAAGAUGUUUUUAUUUGAAGACUGUAAGGUCCUCCGUGGGACGUACCAGGAGAGGCGGCCCUGUAGCUAUGAGGAUCUAGGCCGUAUCAGCAUUCAGCAGCCACCAACAGAAUAAAAGAAUCGUCGAGUCAGAAGGAGGUCCCACGUGUCAUCUAGCCCACCCCCCUGCCGCUUAACAGCCAGACCCACUGACCCCACUGCCGUAAGGGCAUGAGAUCAACCCCAUCGACCUGCGUGCCAAGUCGCUGAUCCAAGUCGGUGCAUGGAUGGUACCCAUUCUUGGCUGAUUGGGGGCAGGGAGAAGGGAAGACAAUUGUGAUUCCUGCAUUGCAUUGUGGGGGGGUUGGUCUAGAUGAGCCUUGGGUGUCCCUUCCAACUCUUAAGAUUCUGUGAGAGCCAUGACAGAUACGGUGAGCCAGAGUUGAGCAGCUGAUGAGCCCUCCAUCUUGCUUUUUUCCUUGCCCAGCUUCCAAGGAACACAUGCCAUUUCCAAUUUCCUUGUGGGAGCCAUAAGAGCCCCUGCCCAUUUUGGGACCCAAGGUGGCCUGGGGGACCUUCACCUCAACGCCCCUCUGCUUCCUCCCCGGCCCACGGCUCUUGGGAAGCUCUCCAAAGCCCUUCCCCCCCCCCCCCGUGCAUGUGUUUCUUCAUGUCUAGAUUACUGCAGUGCGCUCUGUGUGGGGCUUCCUUUGCGCUUCAUCCGAGAGCUGCAGUGCAAGGGCUGACAGGAGUGAGGCUUUGGGCAUAGAACAGAGAUCUGCCCUGGUUGCCAAUUACCAAUGGGGCCAAGUCCAAGGUGUUACUAUUAGCUUUUUUUUUUUUUUAAAGAUAUUUAUUAAAGUUUCAAAUAAAAAAGAACACAUCAAUAAAAGAGAAUUUAACAGUAAAAAGAAGAAUACACAAUACAAAAUACAAAAUUAAAAAUGAAAUAAUAAGAGAAAAGAAAAAAAAAACAGUUAAAAACAAUUCUAUCUUUUCAUUACUACUUUUGAAUUUACUUAUUUUCUGGACCUCCUCAUACCUCCCUCUUUUGUAUUCCAAUUUAGUUUAUUUGUCCAGCAAUUCCUUUCCCUCUUUUUUAAUCCCAAUCCUUAAUCUUAAUAUAAUAUAACAUUAAAUUUUUAUCUAUUAAUAGCCAAUUUUCCAUUCUUUUAACCUUUUUAUUCCUAAUCCUUAAUCUUAAUCUAUAUAUCACUUUAAAGCCUGUAUAGCUAGAAACCAUUUAAUUUCAAUCCAACAUCACUCUAACAUUCAUUAAUUUUGCAGUAUUUCUGUAAAUAAUCUUUGAAUUUCUUCCAAUCUUCUUCCACCGACUCUUCUCCCUGGUCACGGAUUCUAUCAGUCAUUUCCGCCAGUUCCAUAUAGUCCAUCAGUUUCAUCUGCCAUUCCUCCAGUGUGGGGAGCUCUUGUGUCUUCCGGUGUUACUUUUAGCAUUUGAAGCCUUUAACAACUUGAGACCAGUUUACCUGCAAGAUCGAUUGACAGAACUGGCACCCAUUCCACGUUUGUAAGAAUUCGAUAUUUUAGUGCGGCUGCACCUGUACUUUGGAACUCCCUGCCGAUUGAUACCAGGCAAGCACCUUCCCUGUACAGCAGUACCUUAGAUUUCAAACACCUUGGCUCCUGAACGAUCAAAACCUGGAAGCGAGUGUUCCGGUUUUUGAACGUUUUUUGGAAGCUGAAUGUCCGGUGGGGCUUCCGCGGCUUCCGAUUGGCUGUAGGAGCUUCAUGCAGCCAAUCAGAAGCCGCACUUUAGUUUCCAAAUGUUUCGGAAGUCGAAUGGACUUCCGGAACGGAUUCCAUUUGAUUUCCAAGGUACGACUGUACUCUUUUCAGUGCCUGCUAAAAACAGCCUCACGUGGACAGGCUUACUUAGAAAACUGACGUGACUUUUUUUCUUGAUUCUUGGUCUGUUGCUAUUUUAACUUUCCAUAUGUCUUAAAUCUAUUUUUCUUAGCAAUGAUUUCAUUGCACUAUCUUCUCCUUUUUUUUGUAAAUCGCUUUGAGGUUUCUUGACAGUCGAGCAGAGUAUAAAUUUGAUCAAGUUAAGGGGUGUUGUUUUUUCCCUCUGUUCUCUUGUCCCCCUCUUCCUUCUCCUCACUCUCCCUGGAGUUUGGGCUUCUCAGCUCACCACCCACCGGUCUGCUUUUUUGCACAGCUAUUUAUGGCGCUCCAGGCCGAUCCCAGUGCACGUUUAGAUGUGUGUGAUUUAUUAUAAGCCGGUCCCUGGUCUCUUUACUCCCUCGCUUGGAGUCCAAGGCUGUUCUCAGCUUUAGGGAUGGGUAUAUCUGCGUGUCUUUUCUCCCAAGCCCUCCCGAUGUUUGGAAACGAUUUGCUACACCCCAGAUUCUUUGGGGCCUAAGUGGGAGCUUAGAUGGCAACUUUAAAAGCCUUCAGAUCUGGGUAAUUAAAAAUACCCCUGGCAAGGAUUUGAUUGCAGUGAUAAUAUAACAAUAUGCACAUGUGUUUUAGUGGCGCAGCCAGUGACCCAGCGAGAGAGUCAUGUCUCCCACAGAGGAUCUCCCCUUUAGAUCCCUGUGAUCUAGGGAAAGAGAGAGUUUAUUUAGGCCCUUGGUACUACAAGCUGCUGCACCAGCCUUUGUCAACCUGGUGUCCUCCCAGAUGUUUUGGAUGGCGACGCACGGUGGCCUGAAACACCUGGAGGUUUUGCCAGGUUGGCAGAAGCGAAGUCUGGCCUAAACGAAUUAACAGAGGAGCUGAGCCGCUGCAAAGCACCACAGUUUGCUCUGCCACCUGUGAGCCGUUGCAAAGAAUAUCUCCAUGACAGCUACCGUUGUUCAGAAAGCAUCAUUGGACAAAUGAGCAUCUUGUUUGCUGAGGUUAUAUUUUCUUUUCAGAAUUGCAGUGGGGGGGAUGUUUAACUCUCUCCAUCCUGGCUGAGAAAUGAAUGUUAGUGGAGCAGAAUAUAAGGGAAGUCCUAUAAGAAGGUAUUUAGGCUUUCCUCAGGGGUGUCGUACACAUGUAGCGGCAGGCAGAAAGGUCCAGCCUCAGUUUCCCUGGGAUCAUAGGCAGGCAUCUGUCCCCAACCUGUUACUCAUCCAGGGAUCUUCUAGGUGCAAAUAAGAGAUCCGUCCCCCAAAUUCUGACUCUUUCCCCCCAAGUGCUAUCAAUUAACCAGCUCUAACUAUGGGUCUGGACCACGAAAUAAGGUUAAUAAAGUAGAGGGGGAGAUGAUUCCAAUGUCGGCCAAAUUUGUGGGAAAGUGAAGUCAUUGGUGGGACAGUUGUGCAAAAGAGGCCUUAGAUCAGCCUUUCUCAACCUUUGGGUCGAGAACUACAACUCAUAUCACCCCUAGCUAGCAAGGCCAGAGCUCAGGAAUGAUGGGAGUUGUAGUCCAACAACAUCUGGGGAGCCACAGGUUGAGAACCGCUUCCCUAGAUGCUGUUUGUAACUGGCCAAGAGGGGUGGGAAGUUGGGAGGGUUUCAGCCCCGGGGCAGGUAGUAGUAGUAGUAGUAAUAAUAAUAAUAAUAAUAAUAAUUUAUUAAUUGUACCCCACCCAUCUGACUGGGUUUCCCCAGCCACUCCGGGCGGCUCCCAACAGAAUAUCAAAAACACGAUAAAACAUCAAACCUUAAAAACUUCCCUAAACAGGGCUGCCUUCAGAUGUCUUCUCAAAAGUCUGGUAGUUGUUUUUCUCUUUGACAUCUGGUGGGAGGGCGUUCCACAGGGCGGGCGCCACCACCGAGAAGGCCCUCUGCCUGGUUCCCUGUAGCUUUGCUUCUCGCAGUGAGAGAACCGCCAGAAGGCUCUCGGCACUGGACCUCGGUGUCCGGGCUGAACGAUGGGUGCUGGUCACUUAUUUAUUUUCUUUAUUUUAUAAAAUUUAUACGCCACUCGGUGGUAAACAGCAGCAACAACCUCAAAGCGGUUUGUGGAAAAGAUAAAACAAUAAAGUCACCCAAAAGGAAAAUGCUAUCGAAAAGUUAAAAUAACAGACUAAAAACAGAUUAAAACUCGCAACAGCUUUCUUAGCAUCUGGGGAGUCCUUUAUGAACAAACCCAUUUUUAGCAGGCACCAGAAAGAAUAUAGUGAUAUCGUAGAGUUGCAAAGGGACCUCAAGGGUCAUCUAGUCCAACUGAAAUUAUCGUGAAGUUAACUUUUUAUAUUUGGGCAACUUUUCUUCUGUACUUUAUUGGAAGGAGAAAAACGACCAUUUCCUUAAUAACAAUUUAAACAAUUUAUUUAACUAAAACAAUAACAUUAUAACAUAUGUAUCCAUGUUUGUUAACUGAUGUGGUUAAACAUUUUUUAAAAAAAACACCUUAGACUGAGUUUUAGCACACAUGAAAAACUUAAAGCAAAUCCUUAUUUCCUGAUAAAUAGCCUUUGGACUAUAAUGUAAUUUAAAUAGAAAACUAUCUUUAGAAAGAUAUUUUCCUGCAAUAGCAUUUUAUUUUAAAAAUCAGUUUGUUAACUGAUGUGAUUAAACAUUUUUUUUAAAAAAACUUAGACUGAGUUUUAGCACACAUGAAAAACUUAAAGCAAAUCCUUAUUCCCUGAUAAAUAGCCUUUGGACUAUAAUGUAAUUUAAAUAGAAAACUACCUUUAGAAAGAUAUUUUCCUCCAAAAGCAUUUUAUUUUAAAAAUCCAAUUUUAAAAAUCUGAUUUCAAUAAAUAACCCGAUUUUUCUUUUUUUAAAUCAUUGAUUUUUGUCCACCCUGGACCUUAGAGGCAGGUGGUCCUGCCCGCCUCGUCACUCUUGCCUUGUCUCUCUGUCCCCCUUCCAGUCGGAGGACCUGGGCGCCUGCGCGCAGUUUGAGAGCAGCCGCCAGAACCGGAACAUGAUGCCUAGCACCAGCUGUGUCUUCCCCACCUUCAACCUGCGAAAGCCUUCCUCGGAGACGGAUAUCGAGAACUGGGCCUCCAAGCACUUCAACAAGCACACGCAGGGCCUCUUCCGCCGCAAAGUCUCCAUCGCCAACAUGCUGGCCUGGAGCAGCGAGUCCAUCAAGAAGCCCAUGAUCAUGACCACCGACCGCAACGUCAAGAAGGAAGCGUGCGAGAUCUUCAAGCUCAUCCAGAUGUACAUGGGGGACCGGAGGGCCAAGGCGGACCAGCUCAACGUGGCCCUGGAGAUCGCCACCAAGGGCUGGAGCAUGCAGGGCCUCCGGGACGAACUCUACAUCCAGCUGUGCCGCCAGACCACCGAGAACUUCCGCUACGAGAGCCUGGCCCGGGGCUGGGAGCUCAUGUCCAUCUGCCUGGCUUUCUUCCCUCCCACGCCCAAGUUCCACUCCUACCUGGAAGGGUACAUCUACAGGCACAUGGAUCCGGUGAACGACACGAAAGGUAAGGCAGCGAGGAAGGGGGAAGGGCAGACCUGGUCAGCUCAAGGUGUUAGGAAACGUUGGCUGCCCUUUUCCGAGGCUCAGCAAAAUCCAGCGUGAGAUCUGGCACGAAACGAGUUUGGUGGCUCUUGAACAAGACAUUGGUGGCUCUUGAACUAGACACAAAGGAUGAGGAUUUCUUUCUUUUCAGCUUUAAUAAUAAUAAUAAUAAUAAUAAUAAUAAUAAUUUAUACCCCGCCCAUCUGGCUGAGUUUCCCCAGCCACUCUCGCCUUUCCCCCGAUAAUAUCGACCAAGUAAAAUAACCCGAAAGGGUAAGGGCUGGAAUAGUUGCUUCGUUCCUGUAAAACAGCCACCUUCUGUAAAACACGGUUAAUGACAGAAAAUAGGCCGAGCAACACAACUGCAAGAAAAGUCAUAUUAUGAAAUUUCACAAAGCAGUCAAAGCACUCAUAAUCCGCCAAACAAUGUUAGCAACAUUAGCAAGCUUCGCAACAAAAAGCAAGCAGAGCACUGUUGAAUUUUGAUGGUGCCCUUGCACUGGGGGGUGUUUCCAGAUGGGUUUUGUCCUGGUAGAUUUAAGGCAUGGGUAGGCAAACUAAGGCCCGUGGGCCGGAUCCGGCCCAAUUGCCUUCUAAAUCCAGCCCGCAGACGGUCUGGGAAUCAGCAUGUUUUUACAUGAGUAGAAGGUGUGUUUCUAUUUAAAAUGCAUUUCUGGGUUAUUUGUGGGGCAUGGGAAUUUGUUCAUCCCCCCCCCAAUAUAUAGUCCGGCCCCCCACAAGGUCUGAGGGACAGUGGACCAGCUCCCUGCUGAAAAGGUUUGCUGACCCCUGGUUUAAGGUCUGGUUGGAAUCUGAAGAAAUGACCUCACUGCCCCUGAGUAGACAUUUGGGAGCCCCUGAGUCAAAAGCGAAGACCGAGGAGGGGGGGCUCUCCCCCCCCCCCGGACCACCUUCCCUCGGAAACGUCAGCUGCUGCUUCUUAUGCAAAGUUGCGUUUCACCCUCAUCCUGCUAAACUGCGUCAUUUCCCUACAAAUGUCAGCUGCAAUAUGGCAGUCCUUGAAUCAUCAGCGAGCUCAUCCCCCCCACCUUUUGCAAUAGGGCUCUGCAGUUAAAGCUGCUAAUUGGCUAUCCUAGGCUCUCUUAACACACGGCUGUUAUUCUAAAUCAUUAAGCAGCAAACCGCAUCCCGGCUCCCCACCGAAGGCCCUCCCUCAGCUAAUGUUCUCCGCCUGAUGAGCAGCAGGAGGGAAAUGAUUUCAUUAACGAGAUGUAGAAAUGCGUUGCUCCCUUGCCUUUUGCCCUUGGAGACAGUCUCCUUCGGACCGAACAGGAUGCACGACCUCCACACGGCCCCUUUCUGCAGUUCACCGUGCAGGAAGCAAGUCCAGCCCGAAACUUGCUUUUUUUACGCUGCUGCCUUCGGCUCCACUUGAGGACGGCAAGUCCCUAGUCCUCAUUGUCUUGCAGAAGGCGGGCUUCGUAAAAAACGCAGGAAGAAACAGCAGCGGGGGAAACGGGAUAGCUCAGUCCUGGAACCCCCCGCUUUGCAUGCAGGAGGUCUAGAAAUGCAAUUAUUGGCCUGGCCAGUUGGAAGGAAUCUUGGUUAGCAAGGCUGGUCUGUGAAGCAUCAGGAAAGCUGCCAUCAGUCUGGACUGUUUGCAAAAAGGCCUUUCAGCUAAAAGAAGUGUGGCAAGGGAGAAGCGAUAGCAGCUGACAGGGAUUCUUCAGCUGAGAUUCCUGCACUGCAGGGGGUUGGACUAGAUGAUCCUUGGAUCCCUCCCAACGCUACAAUUCCACGAUUCUUUGAAUGGUUGGCUGGGAAAGGGCAGCCCAAAUCAUUAAGGGUUUGGAGCAGCUCCCCAUUUGAGGAAACAUCUAAAACAUUUGGGGCUUUAAAGUUUAGAAUGAUGGCUCCCAAAUAGCAGUGCCACACCCCACACCCCCGUCAGACAACUUAUAAAUCGCUGAGGGUCUUAAUGACCACUUAAUAAUUUUCCUGCCGGUUGUAGCAACCCUGAAGCAGCCUUCAGAUGUCUUCUGAAAGUCAGGUGCAGUGGACGCUUGGGUUGCGAACGUGAUCUGUGCGGGAUGCACGUUCGCGACCCGCAGCAAUCGCAACCCACAGAGGCGUUGCGUUUUGGCCUUCGGCGCAUGCGCAUAGCGCAAUUUAGCACUUCUGCACAUGUGCAACCGCCGAAACCCGGAAGUAACCCGUUCCGGUACUUCCGGGUUUCAGCGGUCCGUAACCCAAAAUAACACAACCUGAAGCUUCUGUAACCUGAGGUAUGACUGUAGUUGUUUAUUUCCUUGACAUCUGAUGGGAGGGCGUUUCACAGGAAGGGCACCACUACCAAGAAGACCCUCUGCCUGGUUCCCUGUAACUUGGCUUCUUGCAGUGAGGGAACUGCCAGAAGGCCCUCGGAGCUGGACCUCAUUGUCCGGGCAGAACGAUGGGGGUGGAGACGCUCCUUCAGGGAUACUGGGCCGAGGCCGUUUAGGGCUUUCAAGGUCAGCACCAACACUUUGAAUUGUGCCCAGAAACGUACUGGGAGCCAGUGUAGGUCUUUCAAGACCGGUGUUCAAGACCACUCCCAGUCACCACUCUGGCAGCUGCAUUCUGGAUUAGUUUUAGUUUCUGGGUCAUCUUCAAAAGUAGCCCCACGUAGAGCGCAUUGCAAUAGCCCAAGUGAGAGAUAACCAGAGCAUGCACCACUCUGGCCAAACAGGGCACAAGUGGGUAGGGUUUCAGCCUGCCUUGCUGGCUUUUAAAAUUUGACAUGGAAACAGAAGAGCAGUAAUUAGGCGUGAUAAUUGAAUAGAAACUCCAGCUUCAGAGGCAAUGCACCUCGGGCUGCCAGCUGAUGGAGAGCAAGCAACAAGGGAAGGCCAUUGUCUCCUUGCCCCGCUUAAGGGACACCCAGAGGCAUCUGUCUGGCCCCUCUGGGAAAUGAGGUGUCAGGCUUGCAUUUCUGACAUUGCUGAAGAGACAGCGAUUCCCACCAGCAAAAUCCCAUUUCUCCUGGCUGGUCUUGACCGGUUGGGAGGAACAUAGAUCCACAAUGCAGCUGUUUACCCUCUGCUUAGGGUGCCAAUCCAUGCCAACCAGCCAAGGCUGAGCCUCCUAUAACCUGCAAUGUUGUUGGAAAGAGGUUCUGCAAUUCUGUCUGAGCGUGCUUGAUUUUACCUGCAAAGAAGGUGGCAAACCCAUUGUAGCAGGCAGGGCUUAUUGUGGGAUAUCAGUAACUAUCGGGCACGUUGAGUAGACUGGCCUAAGGAGCACUACUCCUUUCUUUCUUUCCUUCCGCCCACACACGACCCGGAUUUCAAAGCCGGUUGCCGUGCUGAUAAUUACCAUUGAGAAUUUGCUACGCAUGCAACGGCCCCCCCCCUCUGGUUUGCAAAUUAGCCUGGAGCAGGAAGGGUGCUGAUUGGUCGAGCGGCCGCGAUGCCGCCAGCACACAGUCGUGUCAUCCUCAUGCAAUAGGGGGGUAACAGUGGGAUUCUCUGUCUUUUCCUCUCAAAUAUGAAUCUGGGGGCAGAGAGUGAAUAAUGGGGAAAGGGCUCUUCGCUCACUUUAUCCAGGGGAGUGGAACGGUUUCAAAAGGGGAAUAAUAAUAAUAAUAUUAUAUAUAUAUAUAACAAUAAUAAUAAUAAAUUAUUUAUACCACGCCCAUCUGGCUGGGUUUCCCCAGCCACUCUAGGCGGCUUCCAACAGAACACUAAAAUACAAUAACCUAUUAAACAUUAAAAGCUUCCCUAAACAGGGCUGCCUUCAGAUGGCUUCUAAAAGUCAGGUAGUUAUUUUUCUCUUUGACAUCUGGUGGGAGGGCGUUCCACAGGGCAGGCGCCACCACCGAGAAGGCCCUCUGCCUGGUUCCUGGUAACUUGGCUUCUCGCAAUGAGGGAAUCGUCAGAAGGCCCUCGGAGCUGGACCUCAGUGUCCAGGCAGAACGAUGGUGGUGGAGACGCUCCUUCAGGUAUACAGGACCGAGGCCAUUUAGGGCUUUCAAGGUCAGCACCAACACUUUGAAUUGUGCUCAGAAACGUACUGGGAACCAGUAGGCACACACAAACCCACCCACGCACCGGGUCUGAGCCACACCGUGAGCACAUCAAACUCGUUUCUUGCACAUUGUUGCGAUCCAUUGCUGGAUUUUUCUCUCUGGAAGCCUCACGGUUCAGGAGUGCCAGUAGUGAUCAGCACCACUCUUUCCCGUUCCAGCCACUGGGGAAGAGCUGGCCGCAUCUCCACCUGACGUAUGCCAGUCGAGUCCACGAUUCAUUUGUAUCUGUGCUCCACCCUGUGCCAUUUUAUGUUAGCAACAGCCGUGCUUUCCCUGCCGCUAGAGUUGUGUCACUUGGAAGAGCUCCUGCACAGUGCCAGCCCAAGGAUUCAUUCAUUCAUUCUGUCCCCUUCCACCCCUGAGUAGGAUGGAUCUGGCCCUGGAGAGAAUAGGGGUUCAGGGCUAGUGGUGCCCAUGCUUAGUUGAGAUUCUUGCAUCUGAUGGGGGUUGGACUGGAUGACCCUUGAGGUUCCCUUCCACCUCUAUGAUUCUUGAAUUCUCCUUUUAUCUCUACCAUCACGGAGUAUUAUUUACCUUCAGCGCAAUCCUAGAUGUCGCCAGGACAGUUAUAAAGAGGUUAGGGAGUUCUGUUAAAAUCCCAGUGGUUGUUGGUUGUGUGGGCAUGUUUAACUCGCCUGGGCAACCUUCCCGAACCUUCUGCCUCCAGGUGUUUGGGGCUACGACUCCAUGGGGCUGGUGGGAGGUUGUCGCCCCAGACACUUGGAGAGUCCUAGGAUAGGGGAGGCUGUACUGAAGGUAUUUCUGGAAGGGUAGAAACUCUCCUCCAGUUGGUCAGCGUAGUAAAAAAUAGAAUAAAAUGGCAAAGUGGCCGACUCUGGGGUUACGGCACUCAUCUCACUUUAUUGGCUGAGGGAGCCGGCGUACAGCUUCCGGGUCAUGUGGCCAGCAUGACUAAGCCGCUUCUGGCGAACCGGAGCAGCGCACGGAAACACCGUUUACCUUCCCGCUGGAGCGGUACCUAUUUAUCUACUUGCACUUUGACGUGCUUUCGAACUGCUAGGUGGGCAGGAGCAGGGACUGAGCAAUGGAAGCUCACCCCAUCCGUUCCGGAGGCCUGUUCGCAACCUGAAAAGUACACAACCCGCGUCUGCACAUGCGCGGGUCGCAAUUCGCCGCUUCUGCGCAUGCACAUGACGUCAUUUUGCGCAUCUGCACAUGCGUGAGUGGCAAAACCCGGAAGUAACCCGUUCCGUUACUUCCGGCUCGCCACGGGACGCAUCCUGAAAACGCACAACCUGAAGCAAACGUAACUUGAGAUAUGACUGUAAUAUUAAAAUGGCAGUCGCGGAUAGCCAGAGAUGACGAACCUACAGACAGGUUGAAAUCCUGCUGGGAUAAAAAAUGUAAAUUAAUAAAGGUGACAUUUCAUCAGGAAGGGGGUGAGACAGAUCACCUGGGGCGGGGUGGGCCACUGGCCUGAUCCAGAAGGCUAUUCUUAGAUUCCUUUGUGUAUCUCAUUUCCACCUGAGGUGCUUGGAAAAGCAUCCUUCCCCCGGCCCUGAUUCCUGGCUCAGCAUUUCGCCUGAACCAAGGGGGGUGGUUUGUUUUGCUCCAAGCAAACCUGCAGCCAAGAUUUGUCCUCAGCUUACAGAUCGUGGCUUCUCUGAGCAAGACGCACCAAGCUCCUUGUUUUGGUUGCAUCGCAUCCUGGCCCCAAACCGUUAUUCACCUUCCUGGUUCUCCGUUGCUCUCGCUUGCAGUCAUUACGGAGUCAGAUAUCAAUUACUGCGUUAAUUGUGACACCGUCCUCGUUUCACUAUGUGACCCUCGAUUGGAUGGGCUCAUCCAUGGGAAUAAUCCAGAAGCAAGUCGACAGAAUGGCGCUAAAUAGGUUUGGGAGAUUGCAAAUUGGGUUAUUAGGUUGCUUUUAUUUUGAUUAUAUAUUUUGCGGUUUUAUUCUUUUAUUUUGUUCUGUGAACCUCCCUGAGACCUCUGGGUAGAGGGUGGUUUAUUAUUCAAUAUAAUAGUAAUAAUAGUAAUAGUAAUAAUAAUAAUAAUAAUGAUAAUGAUAAUAUAUUUGCAAUAUUUAAACAUAGGUGUUUAGGGCUGUGAGGCUCCCGCCCCACCAAAAUCACUAGUUUCUACCCCACCAAAUUUAAACUCUUAAGACCUUCAGCAGGUCCUUAAUGCAGACCCACUGCGCCUGUGGAGACGAUUGGCUGCAAUCGCAGCGGGUUGGACUACAUGGCCUUUGGGCUCCCCUCCAUCCCAGCAAUUCUUCAACGCCACUGGUGCAUUCUAGCUCCUCUCCAGUGACACCCAGGUAAGGUGCAGGGAGAAAAGACCUGCCUGAGCCAGCCGGCAUUGAAAGCAGAGCUGUCUUGCUCAUUUUUUAUUUUAUUUUUAUUUCCUUUAUUUUGUUCUUCCUGUGUUUGAAAUCCGUACCUACCCCCCCAAAAAACCCACCCCAAUCCCUCUCUUUCUCUCUCUCUCUUGCUGUCUUUGUGUUCCAUUCCGUGGUCCUCAUCGUUCUGUUUGUUCCCCAGUGACUCUGCACAUUAAAGAACUCCUGGAAAGGAACAAUAAGAAGUCGUCCAAAUUGAGAAAGAAACCCAAGCCCUAUAUGGAGGAACGCCAUGGUAGGGUGCGUGUGCUCCUGGAGCACCUCCCUCUCUCCUUUAGAUGUAGACGCCAACUCCGCAGCCUUCUCUCUCCUGCAGCUUCCUCGCCUCCACUCGGCUCCCCCCUUAUAACAUCGCCUUCACGCUUCUCCCCUCUUCUGACACCCUUUCUAACAGCUGACGUUUCUGGGUGCCUUUCUCUCUUAGCAGCUCUGUGAGCUUGGGGUCAACCGCUGCCCGUCGCGCUUCUUUUCCCAGCAGGUGCCGACUUCGGUUCGACCUCCUGAGUCAGGCGGACGCCGCUCGAGGCUCGGCGCAUGGGGUGGGCGCAGCGGCUCCGCAUCACGCCGGCGCGGAGGGGAUCCCGAAAAGGGGUCGCCCGCUGGCUCUGUAGCUCAUCUCCGGCCGGUCAGCCAGGCAGGGCUUGUUUGCAUGUCACACGGCGGCGUUGCACUUGGAUACCUCGCCGUAUCUGACCACAAAACCCAGCUGGCUGUUGCGCACAUGUUCUGCGGGUUCUGUGGACUUGAAUGGUUGCAGCUGCGAGAAAUAUUAUUAUCCCCGAUGAUGAUGAUAAUAAUAAUAAUAAUAAUAAUAACAAUUAUCUUAGCCUGUGAUUCCUUCAUUGCAGGGUGUUAGACUUGAUGACCUCUUUUUUUGCUGGCGGCGGCGGGGGGUCCCUCCAACUCUACAGUUUUACUGUGGUACUGUGGGAUCCGUUCCGGAGGCCCAUCUGUAACGUGAAAAGCCCUCAACUCGAAGCGCCGCGUCUGCAAAGGGACGUGGCACGAUUUGGCGCUUCUGUGCAUGCCAUAGCUGUCGACGUUUCCCCCUUUUUAAGGGAAAUUCCCUUAUUCCGAAUAGGAUUCCUCGCAAGAAAAGGGGAAAGUUGACAGCUAUGAUACAUGCGCGAGCGGCAAAACCUGGAAGUAACCCAUUCCGGUACUUCCGGGUUGCUGAGGGACGCAAGACGAAAACACGCAACCUGAAGCGGACGUAACAUGAGGUAUGACUGUAUGAUUCUGUGACCUUUGGUGCCCAAAGCGCUUUGCGUGUUUGGCCCAGCAAUCCUUACAACGUCCCUGUAAGGUAGUGCAGCGGCGACAUCCAUCCAUUGUGGACAGGAGCAGAGACAGUGCAUGUUAAAGUUGGCUGAUGGAUCCAUGGCAGAGGUGAGGUUUUUAGGAGAGAACAUCUACCUUACCGCUUGGUGAUGGAGCUAAUUCUGCGCGCAGAAUUUCCCUAGGUUCAUUCUGGCUUACCGAAGGACCCAGGAAAUUCAAAAGCAGCCGAUGAUGUCGGAAUCCACUCCUCUGCUACUCCUGGAUAGCUCAGUUGGUGAGAACAUGGUGCUGAUAACGCCAGGGUUGCCGGUUCAGUCCCCGUAUGGGGCAGCUGCGUAGUUCUGCAUCGCAGGGGGGUAGAGAUAGAUGAUCCUUCAGGGUCCCUUCCAACUCUACUGUCCUAUGAUUCAGCCGCUGAAUGUGGAAGGUGAUGUUCUCUGCUUCUCACGGCUAGCAGUCCUGCUCAUCUAUCGGUUGGUUGGUGUGUGUUUCUAUUGAACUUUCUCAGGUGGGAUCCGUCUGAGCAUCCAGUGGAGGUGAGUUCCACAGGUAGAUAACAUGGUAAAGGGCCGUAGCUGAGCAGCGGCGGGAGGGUGGGGGCAUAGCUCAGUGUUAGAGCAUCUGCUUUGCAUGUGGAAGGUCCAACUCAGUUUUAGAAACUGUACCUUUUAGGUACAGAAACUUUUUUGUACCUUUUAGGUACCUUUUAGGUACAGAAACUUUUUAGAAACUGUACCUUUGAGUCCUCAAUCCUUUAUUACUGCGCUUUGCUUCACCUAGGUCGAGCUAGGAUUAUAAUAUUUCAGAAUUUUUGGGACUUUCUUUGAAUUUGGUCAUUUAAGGUUUAUGAUUUCUCUUAUUUCCUUCUGAGGAAACUGAAUAGUUCAGUGAAACGAGGUUUGUAGCCGGCAUCCCGUUAAGGCUUUGUUCAAUUCUAGGUUUUUCUAAUUUUCCCCUUAAACUUUUUGAUUAAUAUUUCUAGUCGAUUACUUCUCGUUUCAGGGAUUUUCACGGUAUUUCUUUGUUUUGUGUAAUGUCUCGGUUCCGUGACUGUCAUUUUUCUAUUGCACACCAUGGUAAGAGCUGUUUGGCGGUGGAACGGGCUCCCUUGGAGGUUUUUAGGCAGAGGUUGGCUGGCCACUUGCCAGAGAUGCUUUAUCUGUGAUUCCUGCACUUCAGGGGGUUGGACUAGAUGACCCCACGGGGUCCCUUCCAACUCUGUGGCUGCCGUAGAGAAGACCAGGAUUCAUCAGCCUUAGCCGGUGAAUUCCAGCCGCGUCGCCUCGCCUCUAAUCUCGCUUCCCUCCCCCUGCACCUGUUUGAACAAGCCUUCCUAAUUUAUUUAAAGCGUGCGCAUUAACCGAAGGAGAUUGUGCUGUAAUUAACUGGAGCUGGUUAACGGGGAGGCCUGGAUCUUCCUUGCAGGUGUGCAUAACCUCAUUUAUAGAGCCGAGUCUGUGUUUAAAAAUAUCCGUGUGCUGAAUGUCGUGCAGUCGUGGACCGAAGGCUACCUUGGGGAUUCUUCUGUUUUUAUUUUCUAAAAAUGACAUCUCUUCGCAGCCCUAGUAAGGAACAUUUCCGAGGGUGUUUUCUCGGCGUUGCUUUUUGCCUCUUAAUCCCUAGCGUUCAGAACCAAGGCUGGAUGGCGGUGCAAAGAGGAGUGGCAUCCGUUUCACAUUUUGCCAAAGCGAAUGGUCUGCGAAGAGUUACAGCUGAAGGGGGCUUGUCCCAAGACCCCUUUAUAGGGCUGGGGUACCAACCUAAAAUCAUUCCAUAGGAACACGGGGAGCUGCCUUGUCCUGGAUGCUUUAGCUGAGAUUUCUGCAUUCCCGGGGGUUGGUCUUGAUGCUCCUUGGGGGUCCCAUCUAGGUCAGCGUUGCCCACCCGCUGUGGGAACCACUGAACUAGAUGGAUCUUCGGCCUGAUCCAGCAGAACUUUUCUGACGUCUAGCCCUAGAGGGUGCACAGGGGUCUUGGAGUCCUCUGAAAGCGUUCCAGGGAUCAGAGAUUCUUAGAAGACUGGAGUAAAUAUAUGAACUACAGUGGUGCCCCGCAAGACGAAUGCCUCGCAAGACGAAAAACCCGCUAGACGAAAGGGUUUUCCGUUUUUCGAUGCGCUUCACAAGACGAAUUUCCCUAUGGGCUUGCUUCGCAAGACAAAAACGUCUCCCCCCCCCUUUUUCUAAGCCGCUAAUAGCCUUUUAGCCGCUAAGCCGCUAAGCCUUUAAUAGCCGCUAAACCGCUAAUAGCGCUAAUCCGCUAAGCCGCUAAUAGGGUUGCUUCGCAAGACGAAAAAACCGCUAGACGAAGAGACUCGCGGAACGGAUUAUUUUCGUCUUGCGAGGCACCACUGUAUUUGAAAAGUAAUUCUGAUGAACAGAUGACGCUGGUAGGUAGGACUGCAAGAAGUUUUGUAAGGUGGAUUGUUUGAAAUACUGCAAGAAAGACUAUGAAAAGAAUUAUUAGUUAAGGAUAGUUAAAUGUAAUAUAGAAAUUAAGAAAUGCAGGAUAAGUGAUAAGGAAUGGAAAAUCAUCAGAGGUGUGGACGGAAGUCAAAAAUAUUGUACAAGAUGAUAAGAUAUGUUGUAUGAUUGUUGGAACUGAUAUGUUAAAAAAUGAAUAAAAAUGUGUGUGUGUGUAUGUAUGUAUAUGUGUGUGUGUGUGUGUGUGUGUAUAUAUAUAUGAGAAAGCGUUCCGAAGCAAUGCUGACAGCAGGAUUCUCAUUCCUCUGUUUUUCCCUCUCUUCCGCUCCGAUGUCAUAACCGUUAGGCAGAAACUUGACCCGCCGUCGUUCCUGGCUAUUUUUGGACCUGUCCCCCUCAACAGUAUUCAGCAGAUAUUGCGGACCACGUUGUCCUGGAGUUGGAGCGGGGAGAAGCGUUGCUCUUGCUUCCAGCUCAGCCCAUUAAAAGUCGGAUGGUUUUAUUGCUAGCAGGUUCACAGCCCGUCCUGAGCAUUGCAACAGCUUCAGUUUCCUGCCCAGAGAGACCACCUCUCGGGGAAUCAGUUGCACCAUUCGCAGGAACAUAAAAGCCUGCUCCCCAGAGACCGUGAAAGGAGAAACUCUCCGCGCUCUGGCUCGAUCAAAGAGGGCUGAAAAGGAGUUUUUGUUUGGGUUUCCAGACCUGGUUUUGCCUGUGGGUGGAAGCUUGGAACAGGAGACGUUCCCACUCUUUCAUUUUUUGAAAAAGGAAAAAGGCCAGCCUGUUGGAGAUCAGUAACCUUACCCUUCGUUUUUCACGUGGGAAGGCAUUCUGGAGUAAUAGUUUCAUGUGCAAAGACCCAAAAGCUGCAGCGUAAGCGGAGGCAGAAGUCUGUCCUGAGCACUGGAACCUCUCCUCCAAGUCGGCUUCCUUGUCCUGCUCCCAUAAGCCCCACCUCGGGCCCCCCAACAAGCACAUCCCUGCUCCCCAUAAGUCAUAACAUUCUGGGCAGUGGUCAUGGUUUAAGCCUGUGGUUCCCAAAUCUUUUUCGGGCCACUGUCUCCUUGGUUCCAUAAACACAUUCCCAGUGUCCCCUACUCUCUAAAGAGGGGAGCGGGAGGUGCUGUGGUCUAAACCACGGAGCCUCUUGGGCUUGCCGAUCAGAAGGUUGGCGGUUCGAAUCCCCGCGACUGGCUGGGCUUCCAUUGCUCUGUCCCAGCUCCUGCCAACCUAGCAGUUCGAAAACAUGCCAGUGCAAGUAGAUUAAUAGGUACCGCUCUGGGAACCACUGGGUUAAGCCCUAACCUGGAGUGGGAGAACCUCAGGGCCAGGUGUGGCCCUCCAAACCUCUCUACCUGGCCCGUGGGUCUCUCCUCAGGCCACGCCUUCUCAAGCUGUUGUUUAGUCGUUAAGUCGUGUCCGACUCUUCAUGACCCCAUGGACCAGAGCACGCCAGGCCCUCCUGUCUUCCACUGCCUCCCGCAGUUUGGUCAAACUCAUGCUGGUAGCUUCGAGAACACUGUCCAACUAUCUCAUCCUCUGUCAUCCCCUUCUCCUUGUGCCCUCCAUCUUUCCCAACAUCAGGGUCUUUUCCAGGGAGUCUUCUCUUCUCAUGAGGUGGCCAAAGUCUUGGAGCCUCAGCUUCAGGAUCUGUCCUUCCAGUGAGCACUCAGGGCUGAUUUCCUUCAGAAUGGAGAGGUUGGAUCUUCUUGCAGUCCAUGGGACUCUCAAGAGUCUCCUCCAGCACCUUCUCAAGCUACAUGUCCCCAAGCCACAGCCUUACCUUGCCAAACUCUGCACCCUCUUCAGAUGCUUUUACCUGGCUGCGAUGGUGCCUCUUAUUCACCUGGAUGGAGAGGGAAGUGUUUGUCUUUGCAAAGCUCCAGUGUAGCUCACUGUGGAAACUGCAGAAUAAGAAUCACAUUUGCCCAACCCGUGUUUCACCACUUUCCCUCCUCACCUCCACUGGCGUUCGGCCCUGUGAGACCUGCCCACAAGGGAAUACAACCCUCAGCGUGGUGAAGGUUCCCCACUUCUUGCAUAAGCCAUUGUUUACCGUGCACAAGCAAGAUUUUCCCUUUUGCCGUGCACAAGCAGGUUUUCAGGGCAGGUGGAUGGAAGUCCCUCUUUUUUAUAUAUAUUUAUUAAUUUUAUAAUAACAAAAGCCCCCAAAACACAUCACAAUCAAAAUUUUAAAUCAUACAUCUUCAUUGACUUCGCUCCACUCCCCCAUUAUUUCAUACUUAUUCAUGCACAUCCAUAAAAUCUGAACUAUCCCAUUUUAAAACCUUAUUCAUGUUGUUACAAGCGACCUUUAAAAGUUCAGCUAAUGUAAAAACCUAUACACAAAGCUUGCAAAAUAUGACUUAAACGUUCCCCCCCUUUUUUUAAAAAAGAGAACAUUGUCCUUUUUCUUUCUAGGGUUUCAAAUUAUCUAAUAUGUCCUGCAUAGUUCAUUAGUUGGUUUUGCCAAUCUCCUUUAUUUUCUUUGGCGGCGGCUUCUUCCUUCUAUAGGGAUGGGCUGGUCUUGGCCUGGCGUCCACUCUCAGAUGCAGGAACAAAGUCUUUUGCAUGGUAAACCCGUUAAGUCCUGUGCCUUUCAAAAUCAUAGCUUCUGGUUUUUUUUAACAAAAGUCAUUUUCAACAUUCUCUUCAAAUCUUGAUAUAUCACUUCCCAGGCGGAAGAAAGUCCCUUUUUGUGCAAUGCAGAGUUACUGUGGAAUUCCCUCUGCCAGGAAAUAGUGACGGCCAUCAAGCUAGGUGGAUUUAAAAGAGGACUGGGCGUUCUGGAAUAAAAUCCUAAAGGUUAUUAAUUAAUCUUUUUAAGUGAAGCUUUCAAUAGACCUUGAUUUCAUGACAAUGGAUAUACUUGGAAACACGACUAUAGAGAAAAGGGACCAGUCUACCUUCAAAGCUAUGAUAUUAGCAAGAAAGGCACCAAUAGCUUUAGGUUGGAAAGAUAGAGAAAAAUGGACAGUAGAGGCAUGGAAUAGUUAUUUGUUUGAACUUAUUCAGUCGGACAUUGUCGUAGUCACGUCACAGGAAACAACGUGGAAGGUCAAGUCCACCACGAUAAGGAAAAGAUGGCACCCCUAUCUUCAAUGGAUAAAAGCGACUGGAACAAAAGACAUUCGGUGGAAACUAAAGACGCUAUGCCUGUGGCUGAGGAUAAUUGUUUGAACCCUUCUAAUGGAUAUGGGGGGUGGGGGUGGGAAGGGAGGGAAAGGAAAAAAUUGUACGUGAAAUUUAAAAAUUGGAAGGAGAUAAUAUAAUGUAUGUAAAAAUCCUGAACUCGAAUUAGAAUAGAAUAGAAUAGAAUAGAAUGUGUUGUUGUUGUUUAGUCGUUUAGUCGUGUCCGACUCUUCGUGACCCCCUGGACCAGAGCACGCCAGGCACUCCUGUCUUCCACUGCCUCCCGCAGUUUGGUCAAACUCAUGCUGGUAGCUUCGAGAACACUGUCCAGCCAUCUCGUCCUCUGUUGUCCCCUUCUCCUUGUGCCCUCCAUCUUUCCCAACAUCAGGGUCUUUUCCAGGGAGUCUUCUCUUCUCAUGAGGUGGCCAAAGUCUUGGAGUCUCAGCUUCAGGAUCUGUCCUUCCAGUGAGCACUCAGGGCUGAUUUCCUUAGGAAUGGAUCGGUUUGAUCUUCUUGCAGUCCAUGGGACUCUCAAGAGUCUCCUCCAACACUCCUUCAUGGCCGUGGCAAAGGGGCUUGAAUAACUCAGAGAAGCUAUGAACUAUGCCAUGCAGGGCCACCCAAGAUGGACAGGACAUAGUGGAGAGUUUUGACCAAACAUGAUCCACCUGGAGCAGGAACCAGCAAGCGACUCCAGUAUCCCUGCCAAGAAAACUCCAUGGACAAAGACAACAGGCAUAUAAAAGAAUAGAAUAGGACUGGGCAAAUUCAUGGAGGAGGAGAGGGCACUCAGUGGCCGGUAGCCCGGAUACCUGUGCUCUGCCUCUGCGGUUCGAGGCAGCAAUGUUUCUGAAUACCAGGAGGGGAGACUGCUCCUGUGUUCGAAUCCUGAUCCUGCGUUUCCCUUUGGUCGGCCACUGUGAGAACAGGGUGCUGGACUCAAUGGGUCCCUGGCCUGAUCCAGCCAUCUCUCCUUAUGUCCUUACUGCUUUUGCAUCUUGACGUCUCCUCCCGGUGAGCAGCUGCUUCUUUCCAAAGCCACUGGAAAUAUCACUGUUGUGCUCCUGCUGCUGUUAGUCACUGUGCCUUGCUCUGGAGGCCCUUUGAUGGAGAUCCUAGCUAGACUGAGCACCGGGGACCCUUGUCCUCUUCCUUUCUGGCAGAUCUGGAUCUUGCCUCUUCCCCAGCCCCUGGACACAUCGAUGUGUCAGCGUCGCCCAGAGAUCCCAAGAAGCAGAGGAAGACAAGCGGAACAAACAAGGCUUUGCCAAGACAGCCGGCACUGGGGGAGCUGACCCCUUCCGACCCUGCUCACAAGGAGACCUCUCUGGCGAACUCCAGAUAUGUUUUGUCUGUGGGGAAGAUGUCUGGAGAAAGAACUGUCCCGGAUUUUCAAACGCCCAAGGAAUUUUAUGUGGUUCAGAGCAGGCGAGGUCUCUUUCUGCAUUUCUUUUCCAGAGCAAUGGUAGAUCUGAGGCUAGGGAUGGACAGAAUCUGUAUUCUCUUCUGCAUGGAACGGACGUCCUGAUGAGAGCACAGGGUUCGGGAUAUGGGGUGAGAUGGGCUUUAUUGUAUCCUGGUCUGAAGGUGCACAGGGUUUAAUGUACCCUAUUUAUGGGACCGCCUCUCCUGGUAUGCCCUGCAGAGGACCUUAAGGUCCAUAGUUUAGAGGUCCCGGGCCCUAAGGAAGUCAGAUUAUCCUCCACCAGGGCCAGGGCCUUUUCAGUGAUGGCUCCGACCUGGUGGAAUGCUCUGUCCCAGGAGACCAGGGCCCUGCAGGAUUUAACCUCCUUCCGUCGGGCCUGUAAGACAGAGCUAUUCCGCCUGGCUUUCAAUUUGAACUUAGCCUGAUCUUUUAUUCCCCUUCCUUCCCCCCCUCCCCUUUUAUGAAGAUCACCCGCUCUGAGACCCCACAGCUAAUUCUUCCCUGGUCUCCUCGCUGGCCUAAAUAGGACUAAUUUAGCCGGCUAGCUCUGAUGAUCACCUAAUGUUUAUUGGAUGGAUUUUCCCCCUAAACUGAUUUUUGAUUUGAUUGUUAUUCACGUUUUAUACCGUAUUUUAUGCUGGUUUUUUUGUAGUAUCAAUUAAAUGUUUUAAAUUUGUUGUUAGCCGCCCUGAGCCCGGUUUUCUGAACUGGGAAGGGCAGGGUAUAAAUAAAAAUUUAUUAUUAUUUAUUAUGAAACUUAGCUCAGUAGCUAAUACGGCAGCCGCUGCAAGUCUUCAGAACUGGCAGUGGCGAUAAUCUUCCCCAGUCAGCAGUGUGUGUUAAACUGUGGAACUCCCUCCCACAGGUGAUGGUCAGCAACUUGUACAGCUUUAAAAGAGAAUUGGACAAAUUCACAGAGAUGGAGGAGAGGACUAUCGAUGGCACCUGUAGCAAUGCCAGCGCCACCGAUCGAAGCGGAAAUUAAGAGCCCCGGCCUUGCCCAAGGCUUCCCUCGCCCUUUGUCACCUCGCUUCAGAUCUCAACUGUGCCUUCGGUCCCCAUGAGAAAAUUGAUGUGUGGUUGCUUUGCAAAUAUUUGCCUCUCUGGCUGUUUUCUCUUUCUGCCCACCUCGCCUUUCCAGCUCUCCUAGUUGCAUCCUAAAGGGAAAGGAACCGUGACCUUGGCUGUUGAGGUAGGGAAAAGAGACACAAGAGUGCUAUGCUGGUUGGAUUUGACUAUCCCAAAAGAUCCGCUGUCUCUCUGCAUUUUCCCACACCCCAGGAAAUCCACAGAAAUCGAUUUGCACAGCUUUCCUGCUGAGGUGGAAGAGCUGUCCUGGGGACUCAUCCUCCGGGUGGGACUUAACUGGAGCCCCAAAGCUUCUCCUUUGUUUUUAAAAGGAACCACCCCCUCCUGAUUUUAAAUAUUCACUUAAAGGUAAAGGUCCCCUGACCAUUAGGUCCAGUUGUGGCCGACUCUGGGGUUGCGGUGCUCAUCUCGCUUUACUGGCCAAGGGAGCCGGCGUACAGCUUCCAGGUCAUGUGGCCAGCAUGACUAAGCCGCUUCUGGCAAACCAGAGCAGCGCACGGAAGCGCACUUGGCCACGUGACUUCUGGGAGUCAAAGGGUCCCUGCCUGUUAGCUGCCGCUGCCGCCACCACACGGCAUUUCUGUUGCCCAAGAUGCUCCUCUGUGAGCAAGGCUGUGUCUUUAAUUGGAUUACCAGUCCCAGGGGGCCUGUGCGGCCAGCAUAUUAAUAGCCACCCUUUCAGGAAGAUCAGAGCUCUUGGUCACAUGCUCACAGCCCUCCAGGGUGACUUGAAGGUCACUCUGUGGAUGGAUUUUGUCUCGUGUGGGAUUUGGCCAUCCGAAAUCCCUACGGGAAUCUAGCCACGGUGCUUUCCGCAUGCUGGGUUCGUGAUCUUCCAGGAAAUGACAUUCCCAAGGCAGCUUCUGGGCCUCAUUGCCUUGUUGGUUUGCAAGAAUUUGGAUAACCCGUUCCGAUGAUUGCAUAGCAGGGUAUCAGAGAAUACAGAGCCCCUCUUGCAUUAUUUAAGGUUUCUCCACCAUGAACUUAUUGGGACGCGGGUGGCACUGUGGGUUAAACCACAGAGCCUAGGACUUGCCGAUCAGAAGGUCGGGGGUUCGAAUCCCCACAACGGGGUGAGCUCUUGUUGCUCGGCCCCUGCUCCUGCCAACCUAGCAGUUCCAAAGCACGUCAAAGUGCAAGUAGAUAAAUAGGUACCACUCCAGCGGGAAGGUAAACGGUGUUUCCGUACGCUGCUCUGGUUUGCCAGAAGCGGCUUAGUCAUGCUGGCCACAUGACCCGGAAGCUGUACGCCGCCUCCCUCGGCCGAUAAAGCGAGAUGAACGCUGCAACCCCAGAGUUGGCCACGACUGGACCUAAUGGUCAGGGGUCCCUUUACCUUUACCUUACUACCAUGAACUUAAACCAAUGUGUUUAAUAUUCCCAAAGGUUCUUGGGAAUGAUAAGGAGCUAGUGCUUUGAAAUGAAGGCACAAAACUGCCUUUUUUGUGGAGGGGUAUAAACUUACUGCUUUAUUGAAUUUUCAUAGCAGGUAGUACAGAAAAAAACCAAAGAAAUACGUAGCAAAAAUAAGUAUGCAGGUUCCCUCCCUGGUUGCUCGCUUGUAUUUUGGUUAAAUUAGCAUUAAAAACGGAAAUCCGUCUCAUACUACUGGGGCAGUCAACUCACUCACACAAUGACAAUCACACAGCGCUUGCCAUUCACAGCAACUGUCAUUCGGACGCAUCCUGCCUCCAGCAGUUCCCUCCUGUAGGUGCCUUGGUAGAGUUCCGCUUUUGCACGAUCAGUAAUUGGGCAGUUGUUAGCAAAUUACUUCAUUAUAAUUGGGGUCAAAUACCAUAGCGUUAACACUUCAAAUAAAAUCCCUUUGCAUUUACACAAAAAAUGAGCAGGUUGUGGGAUCUUUUCCAAUCCUUUUCUGACAUUUGCAUUGCUACUACCACUCCCGAUUUGGUCAUAUAAGUCGUCUUAUUAUCACAUUGUUUCUUCAGUAUUACCCGGUAUAUCUGCAGAACUACUCCUCUUUUCGCUGGGGGAGCCUAGGAUGUUGUUAUCACAACGCACCAUUUUUCUUCAUUAGGCAUUGUGUUUAGUAAUAGUAAUAGUAAUUUAUUAUUUGUACCCCGCCCAUCUGGCUGGGUCUCCCCAGCCACUCUGGGCAGCUUCCAACAAAGAUUAAAAAUACAUUAAAAUGUCACACAUUAAAAACUUCCCUGAACAGGGCUGCCUUCAGAUGUCUUCUAAAUGUCAGGUAGUUGUUUGACAUCUGAUGGGAGGGCGUUCCACAGGGCGGGUGCCACUACUGAGAAGGCCCUCUGCCUGGUUCCCUGUAGCUUUGCUUCUUGCAAUGAGGGAACCGCCAGAAGGCCCUUGGAGCUGGACCUCAGUGCUUGCAAGUGUUCCAGCUGUGGUCGAGGGGCUUCAGGCAGUGAUGGCUGUAGCCGUGUGGCCUGGGGCUGAUGGGAGUCUAGAACAUCUGGAGAACAUCUGGAAGGGUAGCCUGUCCAGUGGUAGCUAAUUACAGGUUUAUAAAGUGUUUUAAAAGAUCUCUCUUAAUCCAGGGCAGAGAUGAGUUGAAAGGAAAGUAAGUGUGCACUGUAAGGUUGAGUGCAAUAAGAGCCAGUGAUUUUCCUGGUGAGGUUUGCGUAUAAUCUCAGGGUCGUGGGUCCCACAUUGGGCGUUGCAGGAGUUGGACUGAAUAUCCCUUAUGCUUCCUUCCCAACUCUACAACUGCAAUUCUACGACUUUACUCUCUCCCUUAAGUGUUGUGGCAAAGGGCGAUCUGCAAUGGAUGCUUUAGUUGCGAUACCUGCAUGGUUAAUGGGCAAAAUUAGGCCGUAACUUUUAUUGGUUACAGCAUGUGAGUAGUAGUGGCUUAGGCAUUGGAUGAAACAGCAAUACAAGACUCCACCCUGCACAGCCGGGAGUCAUAUCAGGGUUAACAACCAGUGGGAGGAGCUUUUUGAUGCAAAUACAGUGAUACCUCUGGAUACGAACAGGAUCCGUUCCAGAGUCCUGUUCGCAUCGUGAAGUAAACGUAAGACGCGUCUGCACGUGUGCAGGCCGUGUUUUGCCGCUUCCGCACGUGCACGUGACGUCAUUUUGAGCGUCUGCGCAUGCGCGAGCGGUGAAACCCGGAAGUAACGCGCUCCGUUACUUUUGGGUCGGCGCGGAGCGCAACCCGAAAAUAUUCAUCCUGAAGCUACUUCAACCCGAGGUAUGACUGUACAACUGGAAGCUCCCCCAUGACGUCGCCGGGGGUCGUGCCAUGGCCCUAGCCACCAGCAGGGCAUUGGACAGGAUCCACGACUGCCGGAUUCCUUUAAUGGAAUACCCAAAAGAGGAGGGGUAGAUGAUGGCCCAUACCCCAUCCUCCAACACAGCACAGCUAUUCCAAUGCCUAACCCCCAAUACCAGAAGUUGUCAUGAGUUGCUGGGAGGUAGGUGGAAAAACCAAGAGGCUGGUGCCAGUUUGCCAAAUGGAUAAAGAAGUCCUACCAGGCCCCUUGGGCAACCAAGGUGACCAACCGAAGUCCAUAGCAAGGUCAAGAUGCAAAAAGAAGCUGACCUAAGAGGGAUGGAGGGCGGGAGAUUCGAAGGAAGCAGGAACAGGCUGGGAGCUGAGCGCUACCGCGGCCGUUUAGAUGCGGCUAGCCCCGCCCUCCAGCCAGCCCUAUUGGUCGGCCGGAAGGCUUGGCCGCGGCAGCAGAAGCAAUCAGGAGCAGGGAGCCCAACACGCUUCCCUGCUGCUGCGGGAAGCUGCUCCCGCUCACAACCCCUUCCCUCUGGGAGGAGGAGAGGCCAUGUCAGGGCGGGUUUGGUAAUAACAAUAACAAUAAUAAUAAUAAUUUAUUAUUUGUACCCCGCCCAUCUGGCUGGGUUUCCCCAGCCACACUGGGCGGCUUCCACAAAGACCAAAAAUACACUAAUAUGUCAUACAUUAAAAACUUCCCUGAACAGGGCUGCCUUCAGAUGUCUUCUGAAUGUCAGGUAGUUGUUUAUCUCUUUGACAUCUGAUGGGAGGGCGUUCCACAGGGCGGGUGCCACCACCGAGAAGGCCCUCUGCCUGGUUCCCUGUAGCUUGGCUUUUCGUAGCGAGGGAACGGCCAGAAGACCCUCAGCACUGGACCUCAGUGCCCGGGCAGAACGAUGGAGGUGGAGACACUCCUUCAGGUAUACUGGGCUGAGGCUCUUUAGGGCUUUAAAGGUCAGCACCAACACUUUGAAUUGUGUCUGGAAACGUACUGGCAGCCAAACGUACUGGUAGCGGCGCUGGAGGCAUGGGAGGGUGGCAAGUGGCUUCGAGGGAGACAGCGAGUCCUGCAGGAGUCCGGAUGCCAUUGCAUGUUGCUCUCACGCGGUUCUUGCCGAGCUCACGGCCGGAGCAAGGGGUUCGCCGGAGGGGUUCUGCCAAGGUCCGUCUCGGGUCGCCGUGGCCGGAAAUGAGCUUCUCGAAGGAAGGCUGAGAGGGGCUGGUUGGAAAAGGCUGCUCUGAUGGCUUCUCUUGAGGACGCUGCUGGGGUUUCUCCUGUCCGGGUCUCUUUCUUGUUGGGGUGGCCUUGUGGGUUGUCCUGGCUCUGACUUGCUGCUUUCUUUCUCUCUCUCUCUUCUCUUCUAGGGGUGGCAAUAAGCACUUACGCCAAGUACUGUUACAGCAAGCUCCAGAAAGCAGCAUUGACCGGCGCCAAAAAGGUACUGCCAUCCUCUCUUUCUGUCUAGUUUUUGGGUGUGGAUUUGAUCUACCGAUCUGUGAAAUUUUGUUAGAGUAUAAAGAAGAAUACAAAGCUUAUUAUCGAAUAUCUUUCCCCCUCAAACUAAAACAUUAAUCUAAACUUCUUAUCAAAAGAAAGAGAUUAAGAAAGAAAAAAGAUGAUAAUAAUAAUAAUAAUAAUAAUAAUAAUAAUUUUUAAAAAAAGGAAAAUAAGGUACUUCUGCUUCUCUCUCUGCCAGUUAUAUAUAUAAAGGAAUUGUCCAGUAGCACCUUAAGUAAAGGACUUCUGACCAUUAGGUCCAGUCGUGGCCGACUCUGGGGUUGCGGUGCUCAUCUCGCUUUAUUGGCCGAGGGAGCCGGCGUACAGCUUCCGGGUCAUGUGGCCAGCAUGACUAAGCCGCUUCUGGCAAACCAGAGCAGCGCACGGAAACGCCGUUUACCUUCCCGCCGGAGUGGUACCUAAUUAUCUACUUGCACUUGACGUGCUUUCGAACUGCUAGGUUGUCAGGAGCAGGGACCGAGCAACGGGAGCUCACUCCGUCGCGGGGAUUUGAACCGCUGACCUUCUGAUCGGCAAGUCCUAGGCUCUGUGGUUUAACCCACAGCACCAGUAGCACCUUAGAGACCAAGUAAGUUUGUUCUGGGUAUAAGCUUUCGUGUGCUUGCACACUUCUUCAGAAGAUAAUGAUGAUGAUGAUGAUGAUGAUGAUGAUGAUGACAUAAGAUGAGCCUGCUGAAUCAGGCCAGUGGCCCAUCUAGUCCAGUCUCUUGUCCUCACUGUGGCCGACCAGGUGCCCCAGUGGGAAAUCCACAAGCAGGAUCAAGAGCAUUGCUGCCUCCAACUGGGGAGUCAGAGCACGGCCAUUGUGGCUAGCAGCCAUCCCUAGCGCUGUCACCCACUCGCUGGAUUAGGAAGACUGGCGAACUAAUAUCAGUAUACUGGAAGAAGCAAAGAUCACCAGUGCUGAAGCCAUGAUUCUUCAACAUCAGCUUCGUUGGACUGGUCGUGUUGUGCGGAUGCAUGAUGAUCGUCUUCCCAAGCAACUACUCUAUUCCGAACUUAAAAAUGGAAAGUGUAAUGCCGGUGGUCAGCAAAAGUGGUUCAAAGACUCUCUCAAGGCAAAUCUAAAUAAAUGUAGUAUAAACACCGACAACUGGGAAACACUGGCCUGCGAGCGCUCCAGUUGGAGAACAGCCUUUACCAAAGGUGCCAUGGGCUUUGAAGACACUCGAACUCAGGACGCAAGGGAGAAAUAUACUAAGAGGAAGGCACACUUGUUGGGAUACUGCCAGGGAGAAAAGUCCAUCAUGGCCCCAAGCCGUCUGCCGGACAAUCCAUCGAUCUCCCGUAGGCACGCAGUAUCAGCAAUUAGCGACAUGAGUUUCUAGAAAAUAUCUUGCCACAUUCCAGAGCUCAUGCACACUCUAUCAGCAGAUAAUGCACAGCAAAAGUCGCACUCAGGAGAGCAUUAUUUACAAGUUUUAUUCAGCGUUGAUCAGAACAAAGAAAGACAUGACUGCCUGCGUCAGUGUCUCCAGACACACAGAGAGAAACGAAAGCAAUAGCAAACAUAAACAUCCUGUGAACAGGACAUGCGCAGACUCUGACUCACAAAGCCUGCUCCCUUUUAAGGUGGAACGGAAAUAUCCUAACAGGCAAAUCCACACCAUGAUCAACUCCCGCCCGGAAAACUAUGUCCCCAUUGUGAAAGGAUGUGUGGAUCCAGAAUUGGCCUCCACAGUCACGGUAAAGGGACCCCUGACCAUUAGGACCAGUCGUGGCCGACUCUGGGGUUGUGGCGCUCAUCUCGCUUUACUGGCCAAGGGAGCCGGUGUACAGCUUCUGGGUCAUGUGGCCAGCAUGACUAAGCCGCUUCUGGCGAACCAGAGCAGCACACGGAAACGCCGUUUACCUUCCCGCCGGAGCGGUAGAAAUAAAAAAGAUAAUAAUAAUAAUAAUAGUAAUGAAAAUAAGGUACUUCUGCUUCUCUGUCUGCCAAUUAUAUAUAUAACGUAAUUGUCCAGUAGCACCUUAAAGGUAAAGGGACCCCUGACCAUUAGGUCCAACUCUGGGGUUGCAGCGCUCAUCUCGCUUUACUGGCCGAGGGAGCCGGCAUACAGCUUCCGGGUCAUGUGGCCAGCAUGACUAAGCUGCUUCUGGCGAACCAGAGCAGUGCAUGGAAACGCCGGUACCUAUUUAUCUACUUGCACUUUGACGUGCUUUCGAACUGCUAGGUUGGCAGGAGCAGGGACCGAGCAACGGGAGCUCAACCAGUCACGGAGAUUCGAACCGCCUACCUUCUGAUCGGCAAGUCCUAGGCUCUGUGGUUUAACCCACAGCGCCACCCACAUACCUGUUACUUACGGACUCACUGUUAAAACCGUGUUUAUGGAAGAAAAUCUUACUUGGCUAUGAGGGAUUGCCAAAGAAAGAAAGAAAGAAAGAAAGAAAGAAAGAAAGAAAGAAAGAAAGAAAGAAAGAAUAGCGGUGUCAUCCUCUUCACUCCAUGGUGUUGGAGAGGACGGAGAAGGGGCUUCUGAGCUCCUGUCCCAUCACAUCUAGAGAUGGGAGGAAGGGCUUGAAGGUCUCCUUCUGCAGACCAGGCAAGGUUCUUCCCCCACCCCCCGGAACAGGAAGAAGUGCUGAGACGCUGGCAUUCCUGUUUCCUGCAUCCGGCCAUUUUAAGAAAGGGCUCCUUUCAUAGCAGGAGAAUACCCAGAUCUAGCCAGCCUGAGGCUCCUUUGUGGGGGAGAGACCCACAAGGAGGUGGAACCACAAAGAGAGCCUUUCACGGGGAAGCUCCCCCCGCUGACCUUUCCGCUUGAGCCUGAGUCAAGGAAGGAGUGAAGCCGCUUAAAGGGGCAGCGGGUGAGGAGGAGACGCCGGAAGGUUGGCCCAGCCUUGAAGAGCUGGGACAGCACUGUGGGGCUACAUCCGGACUGGCCUUGUUUCCCUGGAGCUGUUCUAGAUCCAGCAGGUUCUUCUCAUGUUCUUACAGGUCCCGUUUGCACAGCUCCCGUUUGUAGCUCUAGAGAACGCCGUGCUUGAUUACUCCCUAAGUUAAUAAGUGGAAAGUGCAAUUGCCCCCGCAUGUUCCUUUGCAGGGGUUCAACACAGGCAUGUGUGUGUGUUUGUACACACACACACACACACACACACACUAGGGUUGAGCGAUAUCUGGUUUUCAACAUUGUGAUAUAUCACCCACUAAGCAUCACGAUAUAUCACAAUGACUGAAACAGAAAUGGCGGUAGGGAGAGGAAUUGGCUGGCUUCAUAGUUUUCCCCGCAUUGUGUUUUUUUUGCAUAUAGCACAGAAAUAAACGUCAUGAUUUGUGAUACACUGCCAGGCCGAAAAAUUAUGAAACAGGUAUCACGGUGUGGACUUCAAACCAGUUUUGGACGAUAUAUAUCGCCCAGCCCGAAGACACGCUUCUUUUUCAAGUUGCUUCCUUAGUUAGUUAGUUUCCCCCCGACUUUUUAGAAUUUGCAGGUUUUUAAAAACUCCGAAACAGGUUGAACUGCAGUGAAGAAUUUUGCAUCGUCACAAAGCGCACAUCUGAACCCACGUGUAUGUCCAGCACUCAGCCCUUUCCCAGCACACGCUACUAACAGGUUUAGGGGAUUUUGCUCACGUUAUUAACAUGCAUUUGUCAUGAAUAUGUGUUUGCCUUUAACCUUAUGCCACUCCCAACCAUAGCUGUCAACGUUUCCCUUUUUUUAAGGGCAAUUCCCUUAUUCCGAAUAGGACUCCUCGCAAGAAAAGGGAAAAGUUGACAGCUGUGCCCCCAACCCAAGUCCUCCCACAAGAGGAAUAAAGGAAGGUUGGCAUAUUGCAAGAAAUGAAAGUGACAGAAUACAAUGGUACCCCGGGUUACAUACGCUUCAGGUUAUUUACACUUCAGGUUACAGACUCUGCUAACCCAGAAAUAGUACCUCGGGUUAAGAACUUUGCUUUAGGAUGAGAACAGAAAUCGUGCUCCGGUGGCAGCGGGAGGCCCCAUUAGCUAAAGUGGUGCUUCAGGUUAAGAACAGACCUCCGGAACGAAUCACUGUAUUUUUUGCUCUAUAAGACGCACCAGACCAUAAGACGCACCUAGUUUUUGGAAGAGGAAAACAAGAAAAAAAAAUUCUGAAUUCCAGAAGCCAGGACUCCCACUGCCCUGGCUCCCACUGCCCGGGAGAGGCUGCGCACGGCUAAGCCAGAAGCUGCGCUGCAAUCCCACUGGCUGUCCUGGCUUCUGGCUUAGCCAUGCGCAGCCCCUCCCCGGCAAUGGGAGCCUUCAUCCCCUGGCCGGGAAAGGCUGCGCUCGGCUAAGGCUCCCCCAAGAGCUGCGCUCCCUUUAAAGAGCGCACAGAGUGUGUGUGCGGCUCUUUAAAGGGAGCGCUGACAGAGCCUCCCACCUGCAUUCGCUCCAUAAGACGCACACACAUUUCCCCUUACUUUUUAGGAGGGGAAAAGUACGUCUUAUAGAGUGAAAAAUACAGUAAGUUCUUAACCCGAAGUACCACUGUAUAGAGGUUCUGCUCCCACAGUAUCCAUACCUUGACACGAAGAGUAAAAGAAGGAUCCCUGUCCAGGUUGUCUUACCCAUAGAGGCUAGUGGUGCGGGGCGCCAGGGCGUCAAGUUCUGGAGGGCUCCAGGGAAGAGGCGGAGGCUGGACAUCAGCUCGCCACCCUUGCCCGCCUCUGCCAUGCCACAUCGAAGCAGCGUUGUGCCGCGCCCGGAGCCUCCGUCUGCCAUGGCCACCGCAGCGCGAAGCGUCCAGCUGAGCCAGAAGUCGCCGCAUCCAGCCUCUGCCUCUUCCCCACCGGAGGAGCCCCCCUCCAGCCACUGCCCGCCUCCUCCAGCCCCACCAGCAGCGCCGUCCUCCCUAAAAAACUCUGGGAAACGGGGAGCGCCGGAGGGAGCUUUGCACCGCGGCGCCGGAUAUGUUUAAGACGGCCCUGUCCCUGUCAAAAGACUGAAGAGAGAGGGGGAGUGUGACAUUUGCCACUGACCCAUACUAAAAGGAAGGCAAGAAAGGGAUGGGUUUAUGUGUCCUGAAGAAAAGCCGAGUGUAGUAGUAGUAGUAGUAGUAGUAGUAGUAAUAAUAAUAAUUAUUAUUAUUUAUUUAUACCCCGCCCAUCUGGCUGGGUUUCCCCAGCCACUCUGAGCGGCUUCCAACACAAUAUUAAAAUGCAGUAAUGCAUCAAACAUUAAAUGCUUCCUUAAACAGGGCUGCCUUCAGAUGUCAUCUAAAAAUCUGGUAGUUAUUCUCUUUGACAUCUGGUGGGAGGGCGUUCCACAGGGCGGGUGCCAUUACCGUGUCAGGCUGGUCCUCAAGAACAUAGAUUGAAAAGGGAGUCCACGGUGAAGCUUUGAGAGCGAACCAACCAUUGAAAAGUCGGGGUUUAAGUACAGUGCUGUUUUGAGCCAAUAUUAGGAGAUCAAGAAACCUUCCAGGACACGUUCAGGAUAAGGAUCAAGAAAGCUCACUGAUGGGGGAGGGGUGCAUUUUAUAUCAAGGUUUGCCAGCUUUUACUCUGGCCUUGAUCUACAGGAAAAUAAAGUUUUGAGAAAGUUCAGAUUGGCACGGCGCCAGGGACUUUCCUUCUCGCCUCGUCCGUUUGAGCUGCUCGGUCUCAAGACAUUCUGAGCCACACCUGCAGCUCUCGGGCCUCUUGAACUGCACCUGUUGAACAACGUCAUGCUUGUUUACGACAGGCGCCCGCAAGAGGGUCUGCAAGGAACUUCCGGCCCCUUCCUUGCCACAGCUGUUCCGCGCUCCCGGUUUGCUAAGCUCCUUGCAAGGGGCGGCAGAGCAGACGAUGAUGACUCACUUGAUCUCCCGCUUUCAUUAGGAUAAAUGGCUGCGGCUCUUGUUUUUCCACACGUUGGCAAGGCGGCCGGUGGGGGAAGAUUGGGGGGGAGAAGGAGAGAACGUGGUCUGCAAAAACUCGGGAGACAUCUGGAGAAAAGAGCAGAGCGAGAUGGAACGUGUGUAUUCAGGCCCAGGAGAAGGAACCGCUCUCAAAGGCAGCUGGGUAGGGGCCUGUUCCGGAUUCAGGGCUGUGAAGUCCGAGCGUCCACAGAAUCUACUUUUAUUUUAUCGCAUUUGCAUCCUACCAUUUCUUCAAUGAAGCUCAGGGCGGCGUGCAUGGUUCUUUCCCUCUCCGUGUUAUCUUCAAAACAACCUUGGGAGGUAGCUUAGGCAGAGAGACUGCGGCUGGCCCAAGCGUCACUCAGUUUCGUGGCUGGAGGGGGGAAUUUGAACCCUGGUCCCCCAGGGUACGGUGCUCUAGGCCACAACUAGCUCCCCAGAUGGGUCACAAUGAACAAGACGGAUACAGUGGCAGGACAGAUAUCAACCUUUUCUGCCAUUAUUACUAGACGAUAAACCUAGACAGCAUCUUAAAAAGCAGAGACAUCACCUUGCCAACAAAGGUCCGUAUAGUUAAAGCUAUGGUUUUCCCAGUAGUGAUGUAUGGAAGUGAGAGCUGGACCAUCAAGAAGGCUGAUCGCCAAAGAAUUGGUGCUUUUGAAUUCUGGUGCUGGAGGAGACUCUUGAGAGUCCCAUGGACUGCAAGAAGAUCAAACCUCUCCAUUCUGAAGGAAAUCAGCCCUGAGUGCUCACAAGAAGGACAGAUCCUGAAGCUGAGGUUCCAAGACUUUGGCCACCUCAUGAGAAGAGAAGACUCCCUGGAAAAGACCUGAUGUUGGGAAAGAUGGAGGGCGCAAGGAGAAGGGGAGGACAGAGGACGAGAUGGUUGGAUGGUGUUCUCGAAGCUACAAACAUGAGUCUGACCAAGCUGCGGGAGGCAGUGGAAGACAGGAGUGCCUGGCGUGCUCUGGUCCAGGGGGUCACGAAGAGUCAGACACGACUAAACGACUAAACAACAACAACAACGUCGGUUUUGGACCGGCCUUUGCUGCCCUGCUGCCCUCCAGUUGUUUUGGACAAGCGCACCUAUUAGCCCGGCCAGGUUGCUACUGGUUGAGUCUUACUUAAUUUGCAUAGCAUUGCAGAAUCCAGGAUUCUUGACCGCAGAAUUUUAGGCUACAACCCCCUUCUCCCUUCUGAGUCGCAGAAAUAACUUGUAGGUUUGCUCUGGUGAUAAUCCUAAUGUGGACAUAGCGCUGUAUAUUCGAAGCAUCCUCAGAGUUUGCCGCCCAAGUAAGUGCAACAGAAACAAGUUCAUCUGCUUCUGGAGGGGGGCAGCUCACCCACCCCACGCUGGCAAUGCAGAAAAUUCCGGGGGCAAGGUGGCGGCUGCGUGGCUGUUUGCACGGCCACGGGGGAUGCAAGAGGCUUUUGGCAAAGGCAGUUGUUGUGCCAUAUUUGUGUGUGUGUGUGUGUGUGUAUGUUUGGGGGGAGAGAGAGCAAUUCGAGACCAGCAGGAAUUAGCACCCUGUGGAUCUGAAAGCAGGGUAGCUCCUCUGCCAUUUUUCCCCAGAGGUGGUGUUUGCAGCAUGCAAAGGGUUAAAGCAACGUGUGCUCUCUCGAAAUGCCAGGGAAGCCUGUCUUUCCCCAUCAAUAAUGGAAGAGGAUGAAAUUUUAACUAGGGCCGAAUGUUGGCACGUGGGCCUGGCUGGGCAGGCACAUGAAAGGAGCAGCGCGAGACGGGUCCUCAUUUUGUGCAGCCCCACCUGCUCCCCCAAAACCUUUUUGGACCCUCUCCUGCUUUGCUCGCUCAUCCCUAGUGCCCUCUACCCUAUAAAAAGCAUCAUUCAGCAGAGUAUUUUCCCCGGCCCACUAAGGAAGGCGAUAACACAGUUGAAUUCAGAGCAGUGGCAAUGAUUUGGACAAAACCCAAUUCACACUUAUUCAGUUGAAUUCUGAAAAACCGAUGAACUGGCAAUGCCAGCUUUUCCAAGUCUAAUAGUUGUUUGCACCUCCAGCGCCCCCUGCUGCCCCCUUGCCCCUUAGCAGCCACCCUGGUAAUCCCACUGCCUGGUGGGGGUUGCGACCCCCUUUGGGGGAACCAUCGAUCUAGGUCUUUGGCCACCAUCUGCAGUCAUGGCACUCCCCCCUAAAACCUCCCAACCCCAAAGAGUCGGACGCAGGAGAUCCCAGGGCUGGGUUUCUGUUCUGGAUUCAGGGCUGUGAAGUCCGAGCAGCCACAGAAUCUACUUUCAUUUUAUCGCAUUUGAAUCCCACCUUCCACGAAGCUCAGGGCGGCGUGCGUGGUUCUGUCCCUCUCCGUGUUAUCUUCACAACAAGCUUGGGAGGUAGCUUAGGCAGAGAGACUGCGGCUGGCCCAAGCGUCACUCAGUGAAGAGCAGAAUUUGAACGCUGGUUACCCAGAUCCUAGUAUGGUGCUCUAGGCCACAACGAGCUCCCCAAAUGGGUCACAAUGAACAAGACGGAUACAGUGGCAGGACAGAUACCAGCCUUUUCUGCAAUCCCUCUGGGAUCUUCUUCUGCACCUGGGCUGGAGGGGCAGCCUGUGGGUGCCGGUCCACGAGGGUCCAGUGGGGCACUGCCUCUCCAGCAUUCCGCUCCCAGUCAGCCCCCACCUGCUGCCAACAAGCCCAAUGGGUCGCCCUGCCUGUCGGCUUCCUCCACCCUCGCCUCUGUGAGCUUAAAGUCGAGGUGGAAGAGACAGACAAAUUUGGAAGUAGCAGACUCCGGCUGUCUUUUGCUCUGCUGCCCCCUACUGUCGACCUCCCAGCGCUCUGCCCUACCAGUCUGUCUCCCAAGGGCACCAACCAGUUGGCAGGCACUGUCAACCUCUCCUCCGAAUGAUUAAUUUCUCUGCCCGUGGUAUAAACUAUAGCGAAAUGAGGAAGAACAUUCAGAAGGACUCUUUCUGACUGCGAGAGCUGUUUGACAGUGGAGCGGACCCUCUCAGAAGGUGAAGGCUCUUCUUUCUUAGAGGUUUUGAAACAGAAGUUUUUUGGGGGGCACCUGCCAGGGGUUACCAGUAUUUAGCAAUGAUUUCUGCACUGCUAGGGGUUGGGCUAGAUCAGGGGUCCCCAAACUAAGGCCCGUGGGCCGGAUAAGGCCCAAGGGACUCGUUUAUCCGGCCCGCGGCAACCCCCGCCGCCUGCUGCCGCCACCCACUCUUAGUGGUGCUGCGCUGUGCGGCUGCCCACUUCCGGGUCGGAGGAGCACUGGAAAUAGCUUAUGCGCAUGCACAAGCGUUAUUUGCGCAUGUACAUCUAUUAUUUCCGGUGCACAUCCGGAUCAGAGGAGGCCCGUGCACAUGCGCACAAGCUAUUUCUGGUGCUCCUCCAACCCGGAAGUGCGCCGGAAAUAGCGUGUAUGGGCACACGCUCACCCGCCCUCCGGCCCGCUGCGUUAUCAGCGCUGGAGACACCGGCCCGAGGUGUGGUAAGUUUGCUGACCCCUGGGCUAGAUGACCUGGGGUCCCUUCCAACCCUACAAAAUUAUUUUUAAAAUAAUAAUAAUAAUAGUAAUGUUAUUUCUAUCCUGCCCAUCUGGCUGGGUUUCUCCAGCCACUCUGGGCGGCAGACAGCAUAUAUAAAAACAUAAUAACAUUAUAUCCUCCAUUGCUGCCACACACACCCUUAUAAGCAGCCAGUUUCCACUCCUUGACCUUGCUUUCUGUCCUUGCCUCCUUCUGUUCACGUGGACUGUGUUGACCUCUCCCAGCAUGAGAGUGUUGCCCUCACUCUGUCCCCCUGGAGGUUUUGCAUCCAUGCAAAAGAUGCCCUUGUUGUUUAUUCCCUCCUCCAGCAGCACCCUCUCCUCCCUGCCCUUCUGCAAAGCAGCCCUUUCGCCUCUUCUGAACCAGCCUUCCCAGCUCCUCCUUCCUCCUCCUUCCCUCCCAGACCACUGCUGCCCCUCUGUGGCCGAAGGCUGGAUGGCUGCGCAGAGAAGGCUUUUCUCACACGCCUCAAUCUGGAGUGUGCUCAUGGAGCUAAUAAUUGCAGAAUCGUAGAGUUGGAAGUGUCCCCAAGUGUCAUCAAGUUCGACCCCCGCGCACUGCCCGGGGUGGAAUUCGAACCCAUGACCCUAAGAUUAAGAUUAUCAUGCUCUACCGAGUGAGCUGUCCCAGGUCCAUUGCAGAUUCUCAAAGAGUUUUUUUAAAGGGAUGGGUGAAGAGUUGGCCGUUGACUGCCCUGUUUGAGCCUCUCCCCAUGACCUGCUUCUGCAAAGCCUCCAGCAACCCCAUAAAGGUAAAGGGUAAAGGGACCUGUUAUGUACUGAGUUGAAUAGGACCCAGAAUGCAGCAGUCUGAUUGGUCCUAGAACAAUAGGAUCCAGAAUGCAGCAGUCUGAUUGGUCCGCAGGAGCCACCCAAUUCAACUCCAGGUGGAAGUGAACCCGCAACCUGAUUGGCCUACAGGAGAAUCCCAUAAUUAGCCAAUCAAGUGGGGCCCAUUGUGUAAAUAAUGUAUAUAAAGCAGACAUUUCAGGGGAACUUCCAUUCCUCACUACUCUGAGCUGAAUAAAGAGCAUGAAAUCCACACUCCGAGUAUAUUUCAGGACCCCUGGCUGUUGGGUCCAGUUGCGGACGACUCUGGGGUUGCAGCACUCAUCUCGUUUUACUGGCCGAGGGAGCCGGCGUACAACUUCCGGGUCAUGUGGCCAGCAUGACUAAGCCGCUUCUGGCGAACCAGAGCAGCACACGGAAACGCCGUUUACCUUCCCGCCGGAGUGGUACCUAUUUAUCUACUUGCGCUCUGAUGUGCUUUUGAACUGCUAGGUUGGCAGGAGCAGGGACUGAGCAAUGGGAGCUCACCCCGUCAUGGGGAUUUGAACCGCCGACCUUCUGAUCGGCAAGCCCUAGGCUCUGUGGUUUAACCCACAGCGCCACGCGCAUCCUUCCCAACAACUUACCAAGGUGUUAAACAGGCUCCUGGCAUCUCCAGCUGUUUCAUGAGUCUCUUUGAGUUGGGGGGAAAAAACCUAUCCCCAAACCACUAACGACUUCUUUGGAGGUCUUUAAGCAGAGGCUUGACAACCAUAUGUCAGGAGUGCUCUGAUGGUGUUUCCUGCUUGGCAGGGGGUUGGACUCGAUGGCCCUUGUGGUCUCUUCCAAUUCUAUGAUUCUAUGACUUCAAUAAAUAAAACAAAUAAAGGCAAAGGUGGCACACAUAGUUUACCCCUCCUCAUUUUAUCCUCACAACAAACCUGUGAGGUAGGCUAGGCCGAGAGAGAAUGACUGCCCAUGGCCACAUGCAGUGAGCUUCAUGGCCAAGCGGGGAUUCGAACCCAAGUCUCCCAGGUCCUAGUCCAACACUCUAGCCGCCAAGCCAUUGCUGGCUUGCAGAUUUCUUCCUUGAGCGUUUCCGCUUGGUUGAAAUGUGUCCUGGAACUUUGAAAAAGGUUGUUCCCUCCUCGUCCUUUCCUAUUCCUCUCUGACCCUUUCCUGGCUCCCUCAGUGUCAGGAUUCUAGUUUGCAGCCCGAUAGACGUCAUGCGAGAGGACGAGAUGGCUGGACAGUGUUCUCGAAGCUACGAACAUGAUUCUGACCAAACUGCGGGAGGCAGUGGAAGACAGGAGUGCCUGGCGUGCUCUGGUCCAGGGGGUCACGAAGAGUCAGACACAAGACUAAACGACUAAAGAACAACAACAAGGCAUCAUGUGUCUCCAAAGAGUCCAGCAUGUCAAGGGCACCGUUAAAAGCGCCUGGGAAUUAUAGGGACAGAACUACCUAAAUUGUAUAAAAAAUGAUUUAUUUUAUUUUAUUUUCCACAAAAAAUUAUUGGUUUUUCAAAUUUGUAACAAACAUAAACAACAUAAAAGAAAAAACAUUACAAUAUAAAAAACAAACAAACAAACUUACAUUUAUCCUAUUAUCCUAUUAUAAUAUAUUUUUAUAACCAUUAUUAAAUGACUUCCUCAAAUCCCUCAAGCUGAGUUUCCAUGUGGCUCAUUGUAGCAGUUUUCCAAUACUAAUUUCCAAUAAAAUUAACUUAAUCAAUCAACAUCUUUCUUUCUUAUUCUAUUCACUUAUAUCCAUCAUAUUAUUAAAUUGUAUAAAAAAUGAUUUUUGUACACGACUACAGCGGCAAGAAUGUUACUUGCCCAAAAAUGGAAACAAGUCCUAGCAAAGGAAGAAUGGAUGCAAAAACUUAUGGAAUAUGCAGAAAUGGCGAAAGUUACUAGAAGAAUAAGAAAUCAAGAUAAUAAACUUUUUAUCAAAGAAUGGCAAUGGCUUAUUGAAUAUUUACGGAUAAAUUGUAAACAGAUAAAAACACUGGCAGGAUUAUUGUAAAAACUGGCAGGAUUAUUGUAAAAACUGGCAGGAUUAUUGUAAAAACCUGCAGCCGUACAAGAGUAUAUAUAUUUGAGAAAUAAAUGAGCAAGUUAAUUUGGAUAUGCAGAAGAUAUUAAAAAUAAAUUUAAGGAACCGCAGAAAGAGGGGGAAGUGAAAUGUAUAUAUCUGAAAAGUAUAAAUAAAAUUUAAAAAGAAGACGAAGAAGAGAAGCGCCAUGAUUAGGUCGUAUCCUGCAUUCCAGCGCCCAGGGACAUCUCUCUGAGCUGGGUCUUGUGCCUCCGCUCACACCGACCGCCUUCCCUUUCAGGGCCUGAAGAAGCCAAACAUCGAAGAGAUCCGGCACGCCAAGAACGCCGUCUUCAGCCCUUCCAUGUUCGGCAGCUCCCUGCAAGAGAUCAUGAACAUGCAGAAGGAGAGGUACCCUGACCGCCAGCUCCCAUGGGUGCAGACGCGGCUGUCGGAGGAGGUGCUGGCCUUGAACGGAGACCAGACCGAGGGCAUCUUCAGGUAAGGCCCCCCUUGCCCUGGGGCAGCGCCCUUGGGGCAAACAGUUGAGCCGGCUUCCAGUCUGCUGGCUCCUUUAGCAUAUACUGUAUUUUUGUGCAUAAGACGCACAUUUUCCUUCCUAAAAAGUAAGGGGAAAUGUGUGUGCGUCUUAUGGAGCAAAUGCAGGGGGGACGCACGCAGGGAAAGCCCCCAAGAGCUCUGCGCGGCUCCUGAGGGCUUUUCCCCGAGGAGGGAGAAGGGACUGACGCAACCAGUCCCUUCUCCCUCCUCGUAGAAAAGCCCGCAGGAGCAGCAUGCUCCUUAAAGGGUGUGUGGCACCUGUGGGCUUUUGUGGGAGGUGGGGGUAUUGCCAUAGCUGCGUGCAGCUCCUCCGGCCGGGAUCCAUCCCGCUCGCUGUCUUGGCUUCUUUAGCCGCGCGCAACCUCUCCAGUCAGGAUGGAUCCCGCUUGCUGUCUUGGCUUCUUUGCUCUUUGGGCCUGGCGGGGGGGAACCCGGGCUCCCCCCGGCAGCCCCAGAAGCUCUGGGAGAAGCGGAUUUUUUUUCUUGAUUUCCCCCUCUAAAAACUAGGUGCGCCUUAUGGUCCGGUGCGCCUUAUGGAGCGAAAAAUACGGUAUUUUAGGGCAAACUCCAUGCCCGGUGGUCUGCAAGAGCCUUUGCCCCUUGAGCUUUGCCCAGAAGCCAUAAAAUCCACCUUAGACCAAGUUAGAUUUGGCACGCUUUCUCCGUUACAUAAAUAGCAGCCUUGGGGUGGCGUGAGAUGGGGAAGGAGAAGAGUUGAGUUGAGCUGCAGGAGUCAGCCCCCAAAAUGCAAAUAGCAGCUUCAGAGAGGUGAUGGAAAAUGAACAGGUCAUCAUGCCUGGUUUGGCCCUGAGGCUGUGAGCCGUUUCGCAAGCAGCCCUAAGCCAAACACAGCCACUGCCCAUGGUCUUUCGCUGGGUAGACUACAGAAACAAAUAUUAACACAUUUCCGUUGGCUAUUGUUAGCAUCACAGUGAAUCCUGAAAUGGCAAUGUGACCGGAUUGGAAUUUCUUACCCCCAUCUCGUCUCUUGUUUUAUUUAAUUCUAUAUGUGUUUUUCACGGUUUCCGUGUUGUUGCAAAUAAAGAAACAGAUUAAAAAGCAAUGCUAUGGUCAGAGGAGAUUUUGGCCAAUUUGCUCCUCUUCCUGCCCUGCUGUUAACUAAGCCACGGUUUCGCUUAGCACGCUGUCUGAAGCUGGGGUUGUGAUUUCUCUUGCUCCAGACAAACCACAGGCUCUAACCAAGGUUUGUUGCAACCCAUGGUUGAUAUGGCAUUCUGAUGCACCCCAUGGUUUAGCUCACAGCAGUACAGCAGCGGGGGACAUGGGAGAGGAGCGAUGAGGCCAUAACCUUGGCUCUGGGAAUCCUCACACUCAUGCAUUCAACCUAAACAAUGGUUUGGCCUUGUGUUACAUGCAAAGCAGUUCUUGAGCGUAAGACGAGAACUGGAUCAGGCCAAAGACCCUUCUAGUCCAUCACCCACUGUUCUUAACCUUGCGAGUCUCUCUCUUCUAUUUCUUUGGGGUGUCCCUUUCUUCCCUUCUGCAGAGUCCCUGGAGACAUCGAUGAGGUCAACGCCCUCAAGCUGCAGGUCGACCAGUGGAAAAUCCCCACCGGCUUGGAAGACCCUCACGUCCCCGGUGAGGAGAAAGGACUCCCCUCCCUCCUUGCCUCCAGCCUCAAAGCCCCUGGGUAGCCUAGGACAGGGGCUUGGGGGCCCGGUUCUGCUCUGCAGAGGAACUUAAGGUCCAUGAAUAACCAUAGUUUAGAGGUCCCGGGCCCUAAGGAAGUCAGACUAUCCUCCACCAGGACCAGGGCCUUCUCAGUGAUGGCUCCAACCUGGUGGAAUGCUCUGUCCCAUGAGACCAGGACCCUGCAGGAUUUAACCUCCUUCCGCCGGGCCUGUAAGACAGAGCUAUUCCACCUGGCUUUUAAUUUGAAUUCAGCUUGAUCUUUUAUUUCCCUUCUCUUCCCUCCCCCUCCCCUUUUAUGAAAAUUACCUGCUUUGAGACCCCACAGCUAAUUCUCCCCUGGCCUCCUUGCUGGCCGAAGUAGGACUAAUUCAGCCAGCUAGCCCUGGUGAUUAUCUAAUAUUAAUUAGAUGAAUUCCCCCUAAGUUGAUCUCUGAACUUUGGAUUUCAUUGUUAUUCGUGUUUUUAUACUGUACUUUAUGCUACUUUUACAAUUAAGUGUUUUAAAUUUGUUGUUAGCUGCCCUGAGCCUGGUUUUUGAACCGGGAAGGGAGGGGUAUAAAUAAAAAUGUAUUAUUAUUAUUAUUAAGAGCUGGCACGGCAUAGUGGUUAGGGUGCCAGACUGAGAGCUGAGAGACCAGGGUUCAAAUCCCCACUCGGCUAUGAAGCUCACAUCAGCAACCAAUGCGCCCCAUUGGUUUCAGAUGAUACAUGUUUAGACAGGUCCAAAAAGCCCGGGACUCCAAUUUUCAUGACCCACUAGUGAUUGUGGUGGCUCAUUUACCAGAAGUAGUAGUAAUAAUAAUAAUAAUUUAUUAUUUGUACCCCGCCCAUCUGACUGGGUCUCCCCAUCCACUCUGGGCGGCUUCCAACAAAGAUUAAAAAUACAUAAAAAUGUCACACAUUAAAAGCUUCCCGGAACAGGGCUGCCUUCAGAUGUUUUCUAAAUGUCAGGUAGUUGUUUAUUUCCUUGACAACUGGUUCCACAGGGCAGGUGCCACAACCGAGAAGGCCCUGGUUCCCUGCAACUUUGCUUCUCGCAGGGAGGGAACCGCCAGAAGGCCCUCAGCGCUGGACCUCAGUGUCCGGGUAGAACAACGGGGGUGGAGAUGCUCCUUCAGGUAUACUGGACCAAGGCUGUUUAGGGAUUUAAAGGUCAGCACCAACACUUUGAAUUGUGCUCGGAAACGUACUGGGAGCCAAUGUAGGUCUUUCAGGCCCAGUGUUAUAUGGUCUCGGUGGCCGCCCCCAGUCACCAGUCUAGCUGCUGCAUUCUGGAUUAAUUGCAGUUUCCGAGUCACCUUCAAAGGUAGCCCCAUGUAGAGCGCAUUGCAGUAGUCCAAGCGGGAGAUAACCACAGCAUGCACCACUCUGGCGAGACAGUCUGCAGACAGGGAGGGUCUCAUCCUGUGUACCAGAUGGAGCUGGUAGACAGCUGCCCUGGAUACAGAAUUGAACUGUGCCUCCAUGGACAGCUGUGAGUCCAAAAUGACUCCCAGGCUGCGCACCUGGUCCUUCAGGGGCACAGUAAUGCAUUUAGCGUUAACUCUGAAAGUGUAUACUAAACUUCCUGAUGUGUACUGUCCUCUAGGAGGCUUAGUUUUGUCAGAAAUGGGCCUGUGUGCGUCAUUGAAAUUCUACUCAAUAUGAUUCAGAUCCCAACAUAUACUUAGCCGAGUAACAACUUAAACACAUUGCAGGAUUCCCAAAAAAAUAGACCAAAGGCAAUUGUAUUUCAUCCAGCAGAGCUUUACUGCAUAAUGGGCACAAAUCCAAUACAUUCAGGAUUGGCCCUGUCCAUAAGAAAUCCAGUUGCAGCAGACUUAACUCAAAGUUACAACUCAAACCUGACAUUCAGAAGACAUCUGAAGUCAGCCCUGUUCAGGGAAGUUUUUAAUGUGUGACAUCUUAGUGCAUUUUUGGUCUUUGUUGGAAGCCACCCAGAGUGGCUGGGGAAACGCCGCCAGACGUGCGGGGUACAAAUAAUAAAUUAUUAUUAUUAUUAUUACUAUUAUUAUUACAAGAACUUAUAAUAAGACUAAACCUUAACACUGUAUACAGAACACCGCACCAGAAGGAGAAGAGAUAGAAAGGGAAAGAGUGAAACGCAGGCUCCUUCUGGCCUCUUAUCAUAGUCAGCAUGACCUUGAAGAUAAGAUAGCAGGACCAGCUGUGCUCAGCUUCUCUGAAGGAAUAACCCAAACAUCAAGAACCUUCUGCUUGCUUCUUUCACACAGAGAAGCGUCCAGAACCCUCUUGAAUGAAGCAGAAUAGGAACGAUCUCUAGACAUCAGAUCAAUACUUUCUGCACUAAGAAAUGCAAACUGACAGUGUGGCUCGGCCUCUUUCUCCCCUGACCGACCCCCCACCCCCACCCAAUUCCCCUCCCCUGCAGCCUCCUUGCUGAAACUCUGGUAUCGAGAGCUGGAGGAGCCCCUGAUCCCCCAUGACUUUUACGAACAGUGCAUCACCCACUACGAGAACCCCGAAGCCGCGAUUGCCGUCGUCCACUCCAUGCCCAGGAUCAACAAGAUGGUGCUCUGCUACCUCAUCCGCUUCCUCCAGGUAAGGAGGAUCCGGCCCGGAAGAGGAUCGUGGGCCUUGGCAGAGGGUGGCCCAUGGAGAGUUACACAGGCUCUUGUCCCGAGUCCUCUACCAACCUUGGUGUUUUUUUAGUCCCGUGGUUCCCGAAGUGGGCACAGCUGACCCUCUGGAUGGGGGUGGGAAUACCCAGGGGGUGCCAGACAUGGUGAUUUAAGACCCCUGCUCAGUGACUUUAAACCCUACGUUAGGGAAAUGGCAUCACUUCGUCAAGCCCAUCCAUCGCAUUGCGAGUUUGCUGAGCCGUGAAAGAGUUACUGAAUGUAGUGUCUUAAGACUAAACGACUAUCAGAAUUUGAGAAGCAGACAUCAUUGCGUCAAGUUUAUCAGUUUUGCUGAAUUCAUUAAACUGAAUAGUUUUAAUUGGGCUUUGGAUAAAUGCGCAAUGAAUUGUUACUCUUUCGAAUUGGAUUGUGUUGUCUUCCUUAGCGGGUUGUGCAAAUUGCUAUUCUGAAUAAAGCUUUUGAUAGGAUAGAGUAGGAUAGGAUUGGGUAGCAGGCACUGGGGACGAGUUUAUGGCCCCGAGGAAGAGAAGGUUGGCCAAGAAAGAUUGGGAACCACUGGGUUGGGUCAACCUUUGCCAACCAGGUGCUCUCCAGCUCCUUCGCUCUGGGUUUUCUGAUGCACAUUCCUAGCAGAUAGCCAUUGUGAUUAGUAACCACUGAUAGACUUAUCCUCAGCAAACCUCCCUUUUAAAGACAUCAGAGCCACUGGCCAGCAUUAGGGCUGGGUGAUAUAUCCAGAUAUAGUCUAACACUGGAUUGAAGCCCACAUUGUGAUAAUUUCUGACCUGGCGAUAUAUUGCGAAUCAUGAUGUGCGUUAAGGCUGGUUGAUAUAUCGUGCAAAACUGGUUUGAAGCCCAUAUCCUGGUACAGUCAAAUGUAAUCUCUUCUCAAGCGUGAUCUGUUCUGGAAGCCCGUUCGGCUUCCAAAAUGUUCGACAACCAAGGUGCGGCUUCCGAUUGGUUGCAGGAGCUUCCUACACUCAGGCAGAAGCCGCAUCAGACAUUCGGCUUCUGAAAAACGUCAGAAAACCGGAGCAUUUACUUCCAGGUUUGUGGCGUUCUGGAGACGAAACGUUCCAAAACGGAGGCGUUCGGUACCCGAGGUUUGACUGUAUUGGUUUUACAAUUUUUGACCUGGUGAUAUAUUGCAAACCGUGUGUGUGCCAUGCAAAAAUCACAAUGUGGGAAGCCAGCCAAUGCCUAGCUCCAUCCUUAUUUCAGACAUUGUGAUACAGUGGUCCCUCUGGAUGCAAACGGGAUCCGUUCCAGAGCUCCGUUCGCAUCCUGAAGAGAACACAACCUGCAUCUGUGUGUGCCGCGAUUCGCCACUUCCGUGCAUGCGCAUGACAUCAUUUUGAGCGUCCGUGCAUGCGCGAGUGGUGAAACCCGGAAGUAACACGCUCCGUUACUUCCGGGUCGCCGUGGAACGCAACCUGAAAAUGCUUACCCCGAAGCUACUUCAACCCGAGGUAUGACUGUAUAUCAGUAUGUUGCGAUAUUUAGCUGGUGAUCUAUCGCAAUGUUGAAAACCAGGGGUCACCCAGCCCUGAUCACCACGAGACCUUUCUUAGCUUACAAACAGGACGGGUUUGUGUUUGCCUACCGUAACGCCUCUCCUUUCUCCCUCCCCUCGCCCCCCCCCAUCCAGGUGUUUGUGCAGCCGGCAAACGUGGCGGUCACCAAAAUGGACGUCAACAACCUGGCCAUGGUGAUGGCCCCCAACUGCCUGCGCUGCCAGUCGGAUGACCCGCGCAUCAUUUUCGAGAACACCCGCAAGGAAAUGUCCUUUAUCCGGGUACUGAUCCAGCACUUGGACACGAGCUUCAUGGAAGGGGUCCUAUAGCGCUGGUGCCAGCGAGCCCAAACAGAACUGGGCGUAUCGCCGACCCGUCAAAAGCCCCACCACCACCACCACCCCAAACCUCCACCCCAGAGCCAGACGGUCCGCAAGAACUGUUCUUGACGCAGCAAAGGAAACGUCCUUUCGGCACCCGGGCAGAGAGAGAGAGAAAGGGAGGUCGCUCCGGGUUUUGCCCGCCUGGCCUGCCUCUCUGGCGAGCCGCUGGGGUGCACGGCGUUCCCCUGCUGCUUCUGCUGUGGACAAAAUGACCCACAGUGCCCCACAGCAGCCCCCUGCCUGGAAACAGAGCAGCCCAGUCGUUGGGACGAACAGCAGGCCUUCCUCGCAGGAUAGUUCUGAUCCGGAGAGUCUGCGUUAAUGGGCAACCUGGCAAGAUUCAGGUGAACUGUGGGGUUGAGCGGGGAGAGGCAGGGGACUGCCUUUCUCCUCCCCAACCUGCACUUUUCGGGGGGCGGGAAGGGGUCAGGACAGGAGUUGGGGGUUGGCAUGGAGCAUAAAGGCAGCUGAGGGAGUGUUUGGGUCCAGCACGGGGCCUCUGAUUUCCAAGGUGGCCCUUUUGAGACCAGAGGAGAGGCCCCCAGAGGGCGAGGGCAUCACGCAGAAGGUGGAAGGAGGGUGCCCCCUGCCCGCAGGUCAGAUCCCCAUUAGUCCAGACCCUCUUGAGGUGAAGGAGGCUGGCUGCCAGGCAAGACAGGUACUUCUGCUGCUACGUCAACCGGAGACCCCUGGGCCCAUCUUCCCAGCCUGUCUCCCACACUGGACGUGCCUCGCAGGAGCUGUAGUUCAGGCUGGCCACCUCCCACCCAAGGCUCCGGGUUGAACGAACGCGAGGGACGGAGCCACGCAGACCCGGGCGCCCUUUUUGGCGCAGUCCUCCCGCCCCGUUUCCCUUCCCUCUUCCAGCACAGUCACUGCCAAAAGGGGCCAAAGCCAUGGUCUCCCCAACACUUUCUCCCCCCUCUCUCUUCCAACGCUCCAGAGAAUGGGAUGGUUAAGCUGUCAGGCCCCCGCCGUGGGAUUUCGGAGCUGGCUACUGAGAAACAUUCUGCUGUGUUGCUGCGCCCCGUCCAGAACCCUCAGCCUCCUUUGGCUAUCUGUGCAGCCUGCCCCCAAUUUCUGCGGGGGGCAGCCAAGGCCCACAGACUCUCCUUUCUGCGCCUCUCCUGGAAUGGCUGGUUAA